AGUGACAGAUUAACUCCGUGUGGCGCUGAGAUGUCCGAGCUUUGUCGGAGCUCCUGAAGGCAGCAAAAGUUUUCUUUACUUUAGCAGGCUGAAGUUUGGAGUUGGCUGAGAUUUUGUUUCUCUUGUGGACAGAGUGAGCGUGUUCCUUAGUGUUGGUUUUAUUUAGGAGGAGUGUGAGUGAUCGUUGACUCAGGAGGAUGAAGAAAUUUCACAGCUGAUGACGUCUCCGGGUGAUUUCCUCUCUUUCUUCACUCGAUCACUAUAACGCGGAACUUUGACAUGAAGCUGCUCACACUGACAGAUGUGAACCAACUCCUCAGCUGUCCCCGCACACUGUGAAACUUUGGGAAACUUAUUUAUUUCUGUCUUCAGACAACAGACUGUUGUUGUUGUUGUUUUUGUGGUAAAAAAAAUGUUGGAGAAGUUGUCCCGUCGCCUUCCCGCGGAGGGUGAACUUUAUCCCGGGAGGAGUCGGUGGAGCUCGGCGGUGGUCGCCGUGCUCCUGCUCGGGCUGUUUGCGUCGUCUUCCUGGGCAGAAGAAGCGUCCUGUCACGGAGCCUACGACCUCUAUUUUGUUCUGGAUAAGUAAGUGAAGUUUCUGAGCAUUUUGUACUGUCAGGCCAUUGUCGCCUCUUAAUGAAGCGGGAUGGAAACAAAGCCCCGCUGCUCUGUUCGUUCCUGCUGUAUAACACAAUAGAUUGUUGGGUGGGUGUGGGGGUGAGAUAGAGGUGAGGUAGGGAAAGGAAACGCCAGGCUACAGCUCCAGGUUUGACACACUUCACUGUGACCUGGUUUGGACAUCCGGUUUUACCAAAAAACUGUGUCACCACAUUUCUUGGUUGGGUCCCGAAAUAGCUAGAAGUGUGAGGACACUUGUCUCUUCAUAUGGCAAACAUGUGGACAGGAGUCUCCACCAAGCAGCCACAUCUGCUGAACUGGUGAAUGGAGAAGUGCCGCUCAUCAAACACUGCAGUAGUCUUGAGUGUCCACUAGAGCCCAUCUCCUGCAGUGAGCCAGCCUCAAUGAAACCCCAUGUUAAACGGUUUUAUUAAAGUUUAUAUAUUUUUUUAACACACUAUCAAAAAGAAAAGGUGAUUUUUGGCACUGAGGCAAAAAAAAUGAAACAGAUGUCAAACACUCAUAAAGUGCUUUGAGAUUAACUACAAUGUGUGCCACUGGGGUUUUUACUGGGUCCUCUGAUAUCCACUGCCACUCACAUAUGCUGUUAUGUUAAUGAUUCAAAGUUAAGAUACGGCGCACAUGAUAUUUUGUUUACUUUGAAAAAUUAUUGUUAAUGUAAUAUUUCUUUUUAACACGAAGUCACCGCAGAAGUAACAAUAGCUGCAGUUCUUCUAGUGUCCACUCCGAGUUCUGUCCUACAGUGAGCUAGCCCCCACAGAGCCCCAUGUUUAACCUUUGGUCCAUGGUUGUGUUGUUACUGCCUUUUAUAGAGAUAUCUAAUGUAGGUACUGGGGGCAAAGGCUGUAUAUCUGUUUUAACUGACCCUUAUUCUCCAGCUUCACCCUCUUAUCCAAAUAUGGUAACUUCCUGCUCCUAAAUAAGGUUAAGGCCCACAUGAGGAAUAAAGCUCCAAAACCUAAAUGUCCCACAGAGGUGCUACACCCCACCACACUUUGAGAUGUGUGCCCCGAACUGAGAGAAAACAAAAGUUCUGGUUUCACUUCAUUUAACCUUAAUAUGACAAACAACUGUGCUAUGUGAUUCUUUCCUGGUGUUUUACUGCAAUGCCUUUAAAAUCGGUCUGCUGAGUUAGCAACUUUGGAAAAAGACAAGCAGACAUGGCUCUAUUUGGAUGAUUUAGCAGAGUCAUUUAAAGAUUCGAUAGUCUCCAAAGUUUUCUGGGAGUUAGUUUCAAGCAGCAGAAGAAAUGCAGAACUUUUGUUAAGUACAGAAAACUUUUAAAAUAGUUCAUAAUUCAUAAAGUUAGUUCAGCAAAUUAACGAUGAAACAUCCAUGCAGCCUUCACAUGUUCUUCGAACAGGGUCAUGUUAGACUUUUUGUCAGACCUGGACCUGAUUCAAACCGGGUCCUAUUUGUGGUCUCUUGGAUCUGAUAGUGGGCUGUUACUGAACCCGAGUGAUGCUAAGCAGUUGUAGAGUUUUCUGACAUGCUGAGUGGAACCACAGCAGUGUAACCUCAACCACAGCCUUAACUGAACCCUGACCGCUGAGUUUCAUCUGCCUCAUGGUAACCCAGCUGUGACUCUGCUGUCUUCGUGGGCGUCUUCCUCCCUCAUCAUAUCAAAGAUUGACUAGAUUUUUUUUCAUUAAACAGUGAAAUAAUCAGAAGCUGUAAAGAAACUGAGGACUUGUCAGGUGUAGCUCAGCUCGCAGACCCUCCAUCUGCUCUUUUUUCUGCUCCUCGUCACUGUUUAAAAUGAGUCCCCAGCUCUUAUUGUUUUGGAGGGGCAGAGAUCUCUGUUGUUAUCCUCUCUCUCCAAAUAGUAAAACUGUUAAAUCUGUUGAAAGUGGACGCUCAGCUCUCAGCCCACAGAAGAAAAACUGUUUUUUAAUGGUUUUGAUCACCCAUCCAGUCUGUUUUGGAGAAGAUCAGAUCCUUUAUGUGAGGACUUGUUGAUGAUUAAGGCUCACUAAGGACUCUGUAAACUUAGCUGUCAUGCUGAUGCUUUCUCAGUCUUUGAUUACGCUAGUAACUGUUAAUCAAUACAGCGAGUGGUCGGAAAAAAACUGAAAGAAGAAUAGGUCAGGAAAAGAAAAAGGAAAAAGGAAGGCAAAGAAAGACAAGAUAAGGAAAAUAAAUAAAGCUGGAUUUGAGAUUUUAGAAAGCCAAGGGGAUGUUAUGAGACUAAAACAAAGCUGUGAGGAGGUGGCAGUUGAUAAAAAAAGGUCUAUUUCCUGCCUGUUUUUGGAGGUUCAGCUGUUGCAUCAUUGCAGCAUUUCUACCUGAUCUACUUCCACUGAAAAAAUCUUCCAGCUGUGCGUCACUGAAAGUAUAUGCAUUUACCAACUCUCUGAAGUUUGCAUAACUCUUUUGAGACAGCUGCAAUAAGUCCAUUUAUAGCACUUAGACUUAGAGCUCACAUAUUUCAGAGAGCUUCCCCAACCUGUGUGCAGAAACAGUUGCAUCACUGUGCGUUUCCGGCCUGUGUUAUCUUCCACUUCCGUGUGUGCAACCAAAGAUCAUGCACACACAGAUUCAGUGCAUUCAGCUAAACAGUAUUGUGCACAAAUACCUGCAGUCCUUUACAGGGAGUUUACCACUUUGACAGGGACUGUUUUUAAUCCUGUCUUCUUCUUUUGUUGGAGAGGGGCCAUCAGUUAAGGCUAGAGAGUCCAGACUCUGUUCCCCUGACCCAAUUUCAAAGCACCACACCCUCCAUAUAAUGACUAAAUGACAGGAUGAUGACGAUUACUGCCUCAAGUCAGAGCAGAAAUUCUGAUCAGAAUUUCUUGUCUAAUUUAUGAUGAAUUGCAUUAUUGAGGUUUGUUUGGUUUGGACAUGCACAUUUAGGUGUGUGAAGCAGAAAGGCCGGAGCUGCAGAGAUGGUCGGUCUGCUCAUGGGGGUGUCAGAAAGUUGCUGGUCUCUUUGUUCUUUUGUUCAUUUGCAGAUAAGAUGUCUCCUCAGUGGGAUUUCUUGGUAAAUCUGAUAAGACUGAGGUCUGAGGUCAGCAGUUUGUGCAGCAGAAAUACUUGAGUGCAGAUGUAUUUACGGGACAAAGCUAAACUACCAUUAACAAUCAUGAGUCCUCUCUGGUGUCUGUCUGUGCAGCAGAGGGGCCUUAAAAGGAGCCCUCCCCCAAUGGUCCAGCUCCUCUGUCUUUGAACAGUCACUCUGGGUUCAGCCUCACAGCCUGAAGGAUGGAGUGGCUUCAGGCAGGUUAACACACAGAUGGACUGUCCUUGGUCACAGCCUAUGAACAUUGUGAUAGUUUAUUUAUGUAGAAGCAAAUCAACUUCAAACAUCACCUUUUGAAUCUACCAUCACUGUUGUUCUUUACAAAUACACACAUUCAUAUUGACCUCCUUACAGCCAGAAUGUGUGAGCUGUGAUUGCAUGCAUCACCUUUGAAUGUCUGCAGAAAUCUGCUGGUAAGGAUGAUGAACUUUUUGAGCUUGUAUCUGCUGAGACACAUUCAUGAUGUAAAGCUGUAGUGCUGUAGAAGUGUCUGUGAGCUGGUCCUCUUUAUUGUACUGUGAAUUCUGAUUUCUCCUCUGUCAGAUGGAGAUAAUUUUUCUGUCCUUAUUUCUGGGACUAAACUCUUUCUGCUGCAGCCAAAGAGAUCUGCUGAGAGACAGCACUCCUGUGAACAUUUGAGGUUUCUAACAGCUUUAGUGGCUGCUAUAGAUCACAGACUUCUCAGCUCAAUUAUCCAGCAUGUGGCUGGUGUUAAUGUCCAACUGUGGCUGUGCGACAAAGCGCACACACUGUACAGUUAGUGUUUUACUCCCCAGCACACAAUCUGCUGCGGCUGAUGAGCUGCAGACUGACUGACUGACUGACCCACUGUUGUUUUGUCCUCUCAGGUCUGGAAGUGUCGCCACUGACUGGUAUGAGAUUUACUCCUUUGUGAAGAACCUGACCGACAGAUUUGUGAGGUGAGUGUGCAGAGAUGUCUCUGAAACUUUGCUUUUGCCAAUGUCAACUUUCUGCAGAGAUUUCCUGGGGCCUUACUUCCCGCUUGUUUGGGGUUCAUGUCUAAAAUUAAAGAGCUUACUUUCAGCCUGCAUGUUGCUCAGAUUUAAGCUUUUCGCACCUGUUUUACAAAUUAUCCAACUGCAAAAUCAAAGACAUCCUUUUUUACACAUAAUUCAUUAAAGCGUCUUGAACGUUCAGCUUGUAUAACGUUUGAGUCAAACGUUUCCUGCCAGCACAGUACAGACGGCGGCGACCCAGCCAGAAUGAAGUGGCUGGUUGAAGAAAAUAGCAAAGGCACCAGGUGGGAGUGGGUGGCAGAGAGGAGCAGUCUUCUGGGCUGUGAGAAUGGCCAUUUGUAUCGGGGGGGGUCCGGCUCCACACGUCCCCCCCGCCUCCGGCACGGAGCGAGCGGCCGGCGAGCAAGCAGACAAUGUACAGUAAAGACCAAGAACACACGACAAUCUGCUAAACAAUGCUCGCUCACCAAGAGCUCUUCUGUUCCACCAUGUGGAUAGGACCGGACCCCCCCACUCCCGCAGGAGCCCACCGCCCCCCUCUGAUGUCCCUGGCAUCUCUGCAUCUCUGUGCAGCCUUUAAACAUGAAUCUCUGCACCAUAAACCCUCUGAACCAGACAAAGGAGUCUGCAUGUGCACGGGCUCCUAUCUGUGCUCACUGUGAAGUCUUUCCCCUUAUUGAAAGGCUUUCAAAUGAAACACGAAGAAGAAAGUGAAGAAAAACGUUCAUCCUCAGAGGGGAUGGGAGGUUAAAGUUAAACUCACGGUUAUUCGUCAAAAAGAAACUCAGAUUCUUCCUACAACAAAAACCAAAACCACUUAAUGUUUGGGGUUAGACAUGUUUGACGAAGCAGGAGGACCAACUCACUUGACGGUGUUGCAGCUCAGGGGUCAGAGAUAUUUGACGAGGUAAGAUAAGAAGAACUUUAUCAAUCACUAAAGGAAAAUUUAAUCAAUGAAUACAGCAAAUAUAAGCCUGUGAAGAGAGGACUCCAGAUGAUCUCUGCUGAUGGAGUGGCUCAGAGUGUUGAAUAGAAUGGAAUCAAAUAGAAUCAAAUAAAACACAGCAGAAAAGAACAGAACAGAAUAUAAUUGAAAAGCAUAGAAUAGAACAGAAAAGAUUUGAAAAGAUUAAAAAAGAAUAUAGUAAAACAGAAUACAAUAGAACAGAAUCAAUUUGAAAAGAAUAGAAUAAAACAGAAAAGAUUAAAUAAGAAUAGAAUAAAACAGAUUAGAUUAAAAAAGAAUAGAAUAGUAUAGUAUACAAAAGAAUAAAAUACAAUAGAAUAGAAUAGAGUGGAAUAGAAUUAAAAAGAAUGGAAUAAAACAGGAAAGAAAUGAAUAAAAAAAUAAUAGAAUAUAAAAUAUAAAAUAUAAAAAAAGAAUAAAUCAAAACAGUAUGGAAUAGAAUAGAAAAGAUUACAAUAGAAUAGAAUAGAACACAAUUAAAUGGAAUAGAAUAGAAUAAAAAGAAUGUAAUAGAAUAGAACAGAAAAAAUAAGAAAAAAAUAGAAAAAGAAUAGAAUCAAAUAAAACAUUAUAGUAAAGAAUAGAAAAAAAUUGCAUAGAACAGAAUAGAAUACACAUGUGCAAACAUGCUUUUAUGCAAAUUAGUCCAUGAGCCAGACCACUGAUUGCAAUAAAUCGGGUGGGCAAUUUCUAGUUUAUAUUUUGAGUUGCUCCACAUCCCUAGUUUAUGGUUUGGCAUGAUAACCCUUGCAGACUGGUAGCUUAGUGAUGGUUAUCAUGCAUUUAAUCUAUGGAGUCCUGUAGCAGAAAUACCUUAAUUUCUUAUGGUGCUUGUUUGCUAUUAUGGGGCUUGUGGACUACUUGUUGACUGCUCUGCCCCCCUAAAUCAUUCUCAUUUAUUCCUAAGUCAUUGGAGAACUGAAAAAAAUAGUUUGAUUUGUUGUCCAGAUGAAAUUUAAAACUUUUAUAGCCUUUUUAAAAAAAAAUAUUCAUUGGCGGAAAUAGCAUUUUUAUUUUUCUCUUGUGUAUCUUUUCUCAGCAGAGCAAUUGGGUAAUAUUUGCAUCAUUUUAGACACUGGAUUUAAAAUCUGACAAGUCUUACCUUUCAGCAAGUACCAAUUGUAGUACCAGUAUUUAUGCCUGUAGCCCUUAUAGUUUUGGAAAUACACACAUUUUUAUGUUCACACAACAUGCACAACAAUGUUAUGCACAACAAGAUUUUCUGGCUUCUGCCAAUUCCAAGCUGUUACUCUGAUCUCUCAAUCACUCAGGUAAGAAAAAUUUUCUGUUUCCCAUGUGAAUUAUUCAACCUAAAUUAAUCAAACACAUCUGGUGAUAAAAUAAAAUAUUUGGGGGCGUGUUAUGUUGUGAUAUGACUAUUACUGGUGAAGUGCGGCACCAAGGGCGGCAGUAGCUCAGGAGGUAGAGCGGUCGUCCAAUAACUGGAAGGUUGGCGGUUCGAUUCCCCCCUAUCCCAAGUCUGUCCGUUGUGUCCUUGGGCAAGACACUUAACCCACCUUGCUCCCAGUGUGUGUCCUCCACUGGUGUAUGAUUGUGAGUGUUGUGUGGUGGUGGUCAGAGAGGCCGUACGCGCAAAAUGGCAGCCACGUUUCCAUCAGUCUGCCCCAGGGCAGCUGUGACUACUAAGGUAGUUUACCACCACCAAAGUGAGUGUGUGAGCGAAUGAAUGAUGUAUCCAAUGUAAAGCGCUAUAUGAAAUCUGAUGCAUUACAAGUGAUGCCACUGGGGGUGUGACUGCUGCUACAGCGCUAGCUAGGUUUGCUGAGACAAAUGAUGGGGAGGGAGAUUUAUAUUGUUUCAUUAGAGGAGGAGAUAGAACUGAAUUUGGUGAAUUGAAACCACACAAACAAUGAACCUGCUGUCACAAUGAUGUACCAUAAAUGUUAUGUUAUGGGAAAAAGCCAAUAAAUGUAAUGCUGAUCAGGAUGAUAGUUGUGUUAAUAAAUGCAAGUCAGCAAGCUAGCUAGCUAGCUUGUUGAUCUUUUAAAAUACGUUUUAUCUCAGUGUUUCAGAAACUUGAUGGAUGGCCUAGGAAAGACAUGGAUACUGAAUCCAGUGAAGGUGACGAACACAAAAAAGGUAAAGAAUGUGCUAUCCAUUGCACUACUAGGAGGUGGCGAUAUAAACCCUUUCUUCCAUCAAUCAUCAUGGGAAACAUCAACUCUAUGCCCAACAAACGCGAUGAGCUGGAGAUAUUGGUGAAGUCUGAGAAAGCAUACCGUGAGUGCAGUUUCCUGUGUUUUACUGAAACCUGAUUAAAUCAAAACAACUCGGACUCCUGUGUGGAUUUACCUGGCUUCACUCCCAUAAGGUCAGAUAGAGAUGCUCAAGCUAGUGGCAAGAAGAAAGGAGGAGGUCUGGCUUUAUUUGUCAACCAGAGAUGGUGUAACCCUUCACACAUAACUGUCAGGAGAAGUUGUGUUGUCCAGAUAUUGAACUGUUGGCAGUAGCUCUUCGGCCAUAUUAUGUUCCAAGAGAAUUUAGUCAUAUCAAAACAGUAGUUGUUCACACUCCACCCAAAUCAACUGAAGAAUGUUGCGAUGUUUUGCAAAAUAGUGUUGCCAGGCUACAGACUCAACACCCUGAGGCACUAAUAAUAAUAUCGGGAGACUUCAACCAUGUCAUCCUCUCCUCUCACCUGACUGUAUUCACACAGUUUGUGAACAGUCCUACCAGAGAAAACAAGACCCCGGAUCUGCUGUAUGCCAACAGCAAAGAAGCCUACAGAGCCACUGCCUUACCACCACUGGGCAAGUCAGAUCAUGACUUGGUCUUUCUGCAAACCAGUUACAGACCUUGUGUGCUGAGGCAGCCUGUGACCAAAGUCAAAAUCAGAAGAUGGACACCUCAAGCCAGUGAAGCUCUAAGGGACUGUUUUAAAUCAACAGACUGGAAUGUGCUGCUGGAAACAGAUGUGGAUAGUAUGAACAGGUUGACUGCUUUACUGAAUAUGUCAACUUCUGUAGAGACACAGUUCUACCCACAAAGACUGUUCGCUGUUUCCCCAACAACAAACCCUGGAUCACAAGUGACAUAAAAGCAAUCCUUAACCAGAAAAAGAAAGCUUUUAAAAUGUCAAAGCACCUGUGCAUUGUUGAAGGUCAGUAAGAAAAGGUGGAUUUGCAAUGAUAAAGAACUGAACAUACUCAGAGUCCAGGUUUUUGCAUACCUUUUCUUCUUGAUUCAUACAAACAUGUUCACAUGGUCCAGUGUCAGUGGGCAGUGCUAUCAGGUCACAGUCAGCAUGGAGGUGAACCACUGAAAAACUUUUAGAAGUUUUCAGGAGUUGUAUUAUUGACAUUUUAUUGAAAUCUCCGUCUCCGACAAGCAGUGAGUUUCCUUGGGAGAGUUUUUCAGUCUACAUAUGACUGCAGACAGGAUGUGGAUGCAUCUCAGGCCGUGUGGCUGUAAAGAUGGCGCCGUGUUUGCGGGGGAAGACGGUGGCUGUGUCAUGUGGGUGAGAAAUAUCAGCACCUCUCCGUAUGCUGCCGCGGCUUCAGAUCUGAGAGGGAGAGGGAGAGAGAGGGAGAAAGAGAGAGAGCGGCCAUACCAGCUAAAGAGCAGCCGUCACAGGCAGACCUGGCUGCCCAGAGAGAAGAGGCUGUGUCGUCUCUGUCCUCACACACAGCUGGAGACAGAGCAGCACUUCCUGUUACACUGUGACACAUACACACACAUCUGGACACAUACACUAAUUUCACACACAUAACACCCAACUUCACCCAACUCACAGACGAGGACAAGUUUAGACAUCUCUUGGGAGAACAAAGGGCCACUGCUUUAGAAGCAGCAAAAUAUGUGAAUACAUGCCAUCAGAAAAAAGAAAAACUGCUCAAAAUAACCUGAACAGCUUCUCCGGAGUUUUUAACUGCAAACAUGACACAACAACAACAACAACAACAACAACAACAACAACAAUAAUAAUAAUAAUAAUAAUAAUAAUGAUAAUAAUAAUAAUAAUAAUGAUGAUGAUGAUGAUGAUGAUAAUAAUUAUUAUUAUUAUUACUGUUAUUGUUGUUAAUAUUGUAAUGCAUUGGUAAUAUUGUACAAACAGUCAUGCCAAUAAAGCUUAUUGAAAUUGAAAUUGAGAAAGGGAGAGCGAGAGAGAGAGAGGGACAAAGAGAGGGAAAGAGAUAGAGGAAGAGAGAGAAGAUGGAAGGGAAAGGGAGAGAGAGGGAGGGAGAUUGGGGUAAAGAGAGAGGGAAAGGGGGGUAUCAGGACUUUUUCUGGCAGUAAACUGAAUCCUGAGGACUUUUCUCCUGAAAUGGUCUGGUUGCCCUAUCAAUAGUGGUGAUCUUUGUGUUUUUCAGAUUAUUAUUAUCAGUUGUGCAUCAUUUUCCUUCCAAACCUAUGCAGAUCCUCAUCGUUUUGUUUCAGCAGUAGUUUCAAUGAGAUUGAUAAUGUAUCAUGAAUAAAACUUUCCCUGCAGACUCCACAGGUUUUUUCUCUCUCUCUCAGGUUUUCUUUUAUUCUUCUUAUUUUUAUGAUUUAAUGAACCGGUUUGAUUGAAGAACAUUUUUUUUUCUAUUUCCAAAAAAAAAAGAAAAGAACAUAAUAAUAAUAAUAAUUUGUGCUCCUGAUUCUGUUCUAAUGCUCAUGAAGAGGUGACACUCCUUGACAUACGUUGAAUUAUCCGGUUAACUAAAGAUGAAGAAAUUAGAAGAAGUGAAGCUUAUUACACUGCAAUGAGAGUGAAACUAGAUUUUACCGUGAACAAACAUCUGCUGAUGCUUCUGGACCCAUCUUCUGACCCCAGCUUGUGUCUAGAUAGCAACCUACUUUGACUCCACGGCUCUCUAUCUCGAGGCUCUCUCUGUCUCUUCAGUGGUUCUGCGAUGGCUCUACUCUUCCUCUCUCCUUCGAUGCCUGAAACACUGAAGGCUCUGACCAGAGACCGUGCAGUCAGUCUCCUUCACCCAACUUCCACUGGGAGACACCCCGCUGUCCAUCCUGCCUGUUGGCAGUUACUGACCGCAUAAUUGGAGAGAGCUUCCUUUCAAAGACUUCUUUCAGACGGUCUUUCCAUGGGACUUCAGUUCCAGCAGCACAACUUCUUUGGUUGAUUUGGACGCAAAGACAAUGUCUGGCCAUUGGAUGGUGGCUGCAGUGAGGCUGGGGAACUUCGACUGCUGUCCAAGAUCUACUAACAGCUGUCAGUCCCUUAUCGAGUUAAGGACCCUUUUGGAGGGCUGGCUCAGCUUUACCCCUUCAAAUCAAUAGCUGUCAAGUACUCCAUUUUGGCUGUGAAACUACUGUAUUUUACCCCUCUUUCCUGCCGUCUUCCCAUAUUAGUAUUCUCCUGUAAAUCUCCUGUGUAAUAAUAUAUGCAUAUAAAAAAAAAACAUUAUUCUGCCUCUCCAAACUGAACUCUGUCACUAGCAUGCGUUAAGUACCCACUAACUAGUAGAAGUGAGUUGUCAUCUGUGAUCACACAGACGGACGAUAAAUUAAAAAAACUUGCCUUAUUUUUCAAACCAAAACAUGACAGGUAUGCUCAAGUCCUGAUGGCUUUAGCAAUGGCCUUCGGGACCUGAUCAUGCCCCUUGCAUAGCAGCUGAGGAUGGGUUCAGAUCAUUAGCUGGAGCACACGGACCAUUAUCACUGUUGUGUUUUUACUUGAAUUCAGAUGAUUUUGUAUUUUCCUUUAGUGAAUUUUUUUCAGUUAUGUGGUAUGCAGAACAUUCAUGCACAUCUACUGACUGCACAUGGGAAAGAAAAAGGGUGGAGAAAAGUACACAUUAAUAGGAAGUGUUACAAUUAUGACAGAAGAGUCUUAGUAGAUAUGUGAACAUGCAGAGUCUGUGUUAAAUAUCUGAGUGUGCAGAAACUUCAAUUUGCAGCAGACAUGAAAUCAUUGUCCUGAAAAUUAAUUACAACAAUCUGCAUGAUCAAAAAACAGAGGCUCUGUGUGUUAGUCAGGGUCUCUGCUCUUGAUCUGGAUCUGUGUUCAGUUUAGAACCAGAACCCUUCCUUUAUUUAGGUGCAGUGUUUGGUUUCAUUGGACAGUAAACAGAGGUUUUAGUAGCUGAAUUUGGAUUAGAUGUCAUGAAUUGAGCUCAGGGGUUAAUUGAAGCUGAGCUGUCUUAGAGUCUUUCUGUAUUUAUUUAUAUACAUAUAUAUAUACAUAUAUAUAUAUAUAUAUAUAUAUAUAUAUAUAUAUAUAUAUAUAUAUAUAUACUAUAUAUAUGUAUAUAUAUAUCUGUAUAUAUAUAUGUAUAUAUAUAUAUAUAUGUGUAUAUAUAUGUAUAUAUAUGUAUUUAUAUAUGUAUAUAUAUAUAUAUAUAUAUAUAUAUAUAUAUAUGUAUGUGUAUCAGUGGCGAUUGCUCUAAGACUGCAAGGGAAGCUCAGCUUCCCUUAAAAUGUCACCCCCGCAAAAAAAGAAAAAGUGGUGAAAUACGUACUGCUGUGUGUACAUUUCAUUAACUAAAUACGCGCUAGAAAGCCUUCAUCUUUUGUUCAGAAUCAGCUUCUUAUCACAGUGUGAUCACAGUGUGAUAAGAAGCUGAUUCUGCACAACUUCGUUCUCAUUCAUCCUCGCAGCGCCUCAGCGCUUUAAACAGCCGGACGCCCAGCUUCUGCUGACUUCAACGUGGAAGCUCAAAGUGGGUUGUUCCAGCAGCGAAACUAGACGCUCAUUGGAUAAAUGCUGGGCUUUGUCCCGCCCAUCGGACGCUCAGCUUCACUGGAGUUCUAUGGCGAGAGGGCGGUCCCGACUUUCUCCCGGACUCCGAGCUUCUGCAUCCAUGAUUGGAUGAGCUGUCUGAGGCGAAAUCCUUUUUUGAUUGACAGCUAAACAAGCGAAUCAGCGAUCUUGAAGAAUAAAACCUCUACCAAAGCAUUUUCCAAGUUAUUCAUUCCGUUGUUCUUAACUGUUUCGGAGACUUUGCCGAUCCUCAGCAACUUUUGUCUUUGUUAAAAACGACUGCCGUUGUGUUUGGCGACUCUUUUCUGUUACAUACAAAUAAACAAACACAAUUAUGAUGUAGGCCAGAAAAAUGAGCUUCCCCUCCUUGAAAGACCAGCAGCCGCCACUGAUGUAUAUAUAUAUGUAUAUAUAUAUAUAUAUGUAUGUAUAUAUAUAUAUAUAUAUAUAUAUAUAUAUAUAUAUAUAUAUAUAUAUAUAUGUGUGUGUGUGUGUGUGUGUGUGUGUGUGUGUGUGUGUGUGUGUGUGUGUGUGUACAUAUAUAAAUGUAUAUUUACAACAUGAGCAGCUGUGUUUGGUCACUUCCUGUUUAUGAAACAUCAGACAGCAGCUUCACACCAUUAAAGGUUUACAGGUACACAGGAUCCAUCCAUGUCUGUGACAGGAAGUGAGUGAGUGAGUGUGUGUGUGUGUGUGUAUGUGAGUCAUUAGAUCUCAACAUGUUUCCUGUCUCAGGCUGGAUAAAUCACAUCCUUCAGCUGCUCCAUGCUCCAAUAUUAGUGACAUGAACUGACCUACGUCCAUCUGCGGCGUCCUUUUAUUCUCUUCAGAGUCUGUCAGUCUACCAAACAGAGCCAGGAUCUGGUCUUUAUUUAGACCAUCAGAGUUUAGUGUCAGGAUGAUUUCAGGGCUCUUACAGAGUCAGAUGUUUCUCAUCUCUGUCUGUUUGUCUCUUUCAGCCCCAGGAUGAGGGUCUCCUUCAUCGUUUUCUCAGCUACAGCCAACGUCCUGCUGCCCCUGACUGGAGACAGGUGACUAAAACACGAUGCUGUGUUUAUAUUAGAGAUAUCAGGGUGGAGUUUUAGGGCCAUGUUAAAGGAUUUUAAAGAUUUUUAUAGGACAAGAUUCUUUAUUUAUUUCUGCCUCAUGGUUUAUUACACCUGCUACACUUACUUGACCUCCUGACCUUGAAAAUGCAACCACCCCUUGACUUCCUGUCUAUAGGCGAAACACAAAAACAGCCCUGGUAGAGUUACAGAAUAAAACAGGAUGGAGCAGGUUAAACCAACAGCUGAAUGUUUCAAUAAAGAAACCAUUCAAAAAAAACCUGCUCACAACAGUCGUUUAUCAUGUCAUGUCUGAUUCAUAGGUGUUUUGGUCUGUGUUGCAGAAUCAGUUCAGUAAUUAACUUCGGUCAUAGUUUUCAAUCACACAGUAGGAGCUUUACCAUCAAGCAUUCUGAUUGGUCAGUGGGCUUUCCACAGAUGGAAUUUUGAGCUCAGCAUCGGUUUCCAUGGUGAUCUACCUGCAGAGAAGUGAAUCAUAAGCCCUGAAGUGACCUUGAUAAAAGCAAAGACUGAGGGUCUGCAGUGGGAGGACAGUAAAUACAUGUUUGCAUGGUGGCAUGGGGGUCAAGUGUAGAGGUUCAAUCCCACCCUGGAUGCCCAGAGAACUCUCUGAACAGGGUCUCAGUGACUUUUUAAAUCCAGAAUGUGGAUCAUGAUGUCAGUUGAUCUCUGUGUUCAUAGGUAUGAGAUUGAAAAAGGUCUGAGGCGUCUACGGGAUGUGAGACCAGCAGGAGAAACGUACAUGCAUGAGGGGAUAAAAGAGGUCAGUGAAGUCUUUUUAAUGUUUUCAUGUAAAAAAGACUGUGAGACUCAGACAUGAUCACAUCUAUUUUAAAACCUGCAGGCUUCCAUGCAGAUCCAGACUCAGGGGGUCAAAUCCUCCAGCAUCAUCCUGGCUCUGACGGAUGGGAAGCUGGAAGUUUAUGUUCAUGAGCUCACAGUGAAGGAGGUGAGAGUGGAAACCUCAGACUCAGGAGUUUAAUUCUUUUGACUUUCUUAACUUCAGCUGUCUACGUUCUGUGAAAUCAUCAGAGUUCAACAUGAUCCUGCUCAGUCUUGGCGUUUAUUUCUCUCUCAACACUCAACCUGUUGCAUGCCGUCUCCUUCACGUGUCUUUUCUGUGCAGGCUGACAAGGCGAGGAGAUACGGUGCCCGUGUUUACUGUGUGGGAAUCAAAGACUUUGAUGAGCAGCAGGUAAGAGAGCCUGAGUCUUAAUGUGAACACGACGUCUGUCUCUGAACGUAUGCUGCAGAAAACACAUGGCCACGCUGGAGGAGGGACAGGAAAGGUAAACACAUGUCAGAGCAGAGCUGUUACCUGAGAGGAAAAUCCCUGUCUUAAAGGGAUAUUCCACCUCAAAAUUUGCGAACAGUUAUCCAUGUUGGCUGUCAAGUCUGUAAACAGACUGAAGACGAACAGAAGUCUUCAUCGGAUUGAUUCCAUGUCUCUGGAUUCAAGUGUUUCUCACUCUGUUUGUGUUUGUGACUCCAAAACAUCCAAACCUGAGAACAACUCUCCUGACAGCUGAGAUAAGCUGCAGUAUUUUCAGACUUUGGUAUUUAAAUUGUUUUCCUCCUAAGGUGAAGUGAACAGAAAAAAUAAAAUAGUACUUAAACCUUUCUGAAAAAGUGAGGAAUAAAAAGACACACAGUCAGAUGAAGGAGGAGCGACAGUGACUCUGUGUUUCCUGUUGUAACCAAACACCCAUCUUUGUUAGUCUGUUGGCUCCUCUGACAUAAUCAGUGCUGCAGAUGAUGACAGUGUGUGUGAACCUGCAGUGACGAGAGGUUUUUUUCUUGCUUAAUUUAGACAUUUUGUAGUCAGGAAGCUGUAUUUUCAAAGUGGUAGAAAUAUGCUUUUUUUUUUUUUUUUUUGGAUUAGCUCAAACUUCCUGCAGUAGCUUGAAGGUGACAGAUCGGACUGAUAACAGUAGUUAGAGAGCACACAUACUCCUCUUAGAAAUCUGUGGUUGAUCUGGAUUCAUGAUAAAUCCUUGAAGAGAGUCUGACUGAGGUUUGUUUAAAUGUUUAUUUGUUAGGAUCCCCAUUAGCUGCACUCUGGAGCACCGCUAGUCUUCCUGGGAUCCACAAUUAAAAACAAUACCUUUCAACAUACAACAUCAUGACAUGAAAAAAAGACAAGACGGGUCGACAGGAACUAAAAUCCGUCUGGAUGCUUCUUCUUCUGCUUCUUUUCCUUCCUCUUCGUCCAGCCUCUUUUUUGUAGAGUGCAGCUACUGUAAAGAUCCACUUCUGCCCAGUGUUUCUAUUUGCUUAUUUUGAGCCUGAUAUCAAUAUUUUAAUCUUUUACAAACACGGCUAUCAUCAGUACCAAUAAACUGUGACAGCUCUGAUCGGGUACCUGUGACACCUUGAGGAAAAUCACAGUGAAAUGGUGAAAAUCAUCCACACCAGUGAGGCCGAGUUCACUGCGGCCCUCAUGAUCAGCUUGUUGAUUGAUUUUCUUCUCGUCAUAAAAAUCCCUAUAAAAGAGUUAGUCAUGUAGUCUGAGCGACUAAAAGCAACAACAUACUCAAAUUCUGUCCUUUCACAUUUAAAAACUGUUCCAAGUCUGAGGAGCAAAAAUCCUAAAAGUGCUUCUUCCUGCAGCAUCAUGAAUCUACAGAGAGGCAGUAAGAGACUGAGAAUGGUCCUGUGACUGUGAGGGUCUCACAGAAACCCUUCAAAAGGAGAGUGAAGAUGAAGGCUUAUAAGGAAGUAAAGCUUUGAAGACUUUCACACCCAGAGAGGUUUUCUCUUCAUAUGAUCGCCAUGAAUUAAAGCCUGCCUGCAUUUUUGGAGCUCCCUUCAGAUACUUUUAUAAAUGAUUCUGGUUUAGGGAGCUGCUGCUUCUUUCAGCUCUGCUCCUCUUUAAAAUUAGGUCAUCAUAAAUCUAAUAAAACAGCUCAUUUGUGUCUCAGAAGACUUCAUAAGUGUGAUAUUUAAUAAACUGAGGGAAGCCUGCAGCUCCUUGUUGACUGUUGCUUGAUAUUUUCUUUUGAGGUGCUCUGAGUUCAGACUCUGUCCUCCUUGUGUCAGAGACUGCUUUUGAUCGCCCAUCUCUCUCACAUGCUGUCCUGUCCCUGAAAAAGCAGCACUAACCAUUCGUCUCUUAUUAAGUCAAAAACAAAGGAAUUAUUGCCUCCAGUUUGUGAAUUUUUUUGAUGGCUGAGAAAAGUGUUUGCCACAGUCAUGCCAUCUGCUGUGUCUCCUCCUGCCCGUGAAUCAAAGCAAGAAGAGACAGAGCUCAGUCAGAAAGAGGAAAACAGAAACAGAAGAAAGCAGCCUGAAAUCUGCACUAAUCCUCAUCUCCAACAAACUCUCUCCUGUUUCCCACAGCUCGCCGCCAUCGCAGACACCAAGAACCAAGUGUUUCCUGUCAAAGAUGGCUUCCACGCACUCAAAGGCAUCGUCAAUUCUGUAAGUUUGUCCUCUUCCUGCUCCUGCAGCUUUUCCAGUGUGUGUACCUGCAGCUAUUUCACUCUGGAGUGAGCGUUCAUGAAGUCUUAAUUUCUGCUAUAGAGGCUCAGCCUGAAAACUUCCAAAAACUAGACAAACAGAAAUAGAAAAGAAGUGAUGCACUCAUGGAAAGAGGAAAACAGAGAAAUGCACAUAGAUCUGUUGAUUAUGCAUGCAUGGGAUAUUUUUAUAAAGUUCUGUCUGAUUCGUGUGCACACAAACUCCUGCAGGUCAUUUUAGUUCACUGCACAGAAAUACGAGGAGCACAAAAGAAGCAUCACAUGAAAUUUAAUUGAAUGCACAAAGAAAGGAGCAUGAGUGUGAAAUGCAAAGACCAGGGUGAACAAUGGAAGAAAUGAUCGAAAAAAAUCCAAGUCCUGCAGUCAAAGAGUGAGAGAGACGCUUCAAUUACAGUGCAUGUCAGAUACAGUCAGAUAACAAUUUUUAUAUGCAGACCCAGGCCUUACUCCUACUGCAAAUAUGCUUCACACUAUCUUGAACAUGAAACAGCCUGAUGCUGGAAAGUGAUUUUGCACAUGAUGUCAAACUUUGCCUGUUGGAGCACUAAAGCUUAUCUUUAUAUGCCAACAUUGGGAGCCUUGCAAAGAUGAUUUCCUGUAUUGUAUAAGUAUUGAAAGGUGCAAACAUCAGUGCACUGUUGGUGUAAAGGUCCUGUCUCAGCUCCGUUGGUUUGGUCCUAGAUUAGAGCCAAACCUUAGUGAGUGAGUGACCUUUCUGCAGAGCUGCAUGGAAAGAGUGUUUGGAAAUAGCUGCUCAGUGUGCAGACAGAGAGGGGAAGGUUUGAACCACCCUGUCAAAAAUCCCACUGAGUCUCAGUCCCUGUCCUCAUGACGUCCUCCUCUCUGUGUGUUUAGACUGUCAGGUGUCAGAUCUCCAAAACCGUCUGCUUGUUUUUCUUAGUUUCAGAGAAAAAUCUGACUUUCAGAGUAAAUCUGUCAUCAGUGAGUCUCGGUCGGAGUUAAGAGUUCCUUAAACAGCUUUUAUGUGAAGUUUCCCUGCAGCCUCCUUGUCCUCUGCCAGCCAAUUAGCGAUACUUUCCGUUAGCUACAGCUUUUAGCAGAAGCACUGUCAGCCAAAGCGUGGGGGGUUUGUUGGUUUGUGUAGCAACAUUCGUACAUGCGUGUGAGUCCUGCAGGAGCUUUCUGACCUGAGUCGGACUUAUGAGCAUCAGAGCCGACAGAGCGAGCUGUGUUUCCGAACGUGGAGCAAGCUCUGCAGCUAGAAGGACGCACAGCCAAAGGGUAUGUGAGCCAAAAUGUAACAACUGUGACUGAUUGUGUUGCUGUAACCGUCAGAGAGGCAGGUCUGAAAUGGAGGCUCUCAGUCUCACAGCUCACAGACUAAAGUGAUGCAGAAACAAAAAGUCCUCAGGACAAUGUGCAGAGUGAUUUUGAAUCCUCUUCUGAUCAUGGUUGAGGUUUUAAUAGCUGCACGUUCCCAAAACCAUCAUCAGAAAUGAGUUUAUUUGCGUGGUGUUUGGAUGCAUAUGCAUUAAUAAGACGAGACAAAAGCUUCCUACUGCUGAAAAAAAGAAAUGCGUGUGCAAACAUCACAUGACUGAAUAAGGAACAGCCUAAGGAGACAAAAACUGAAUCUCUAAGUAAUGCAUCAUUCAUUUCUUUUGCUGCAAAACAAGUGAAAAAGCAGCUGUGAAUCAUUAGAUAGUUACACAGUAUGAGUAAGCAUGACCAGCAGUCUGAAAAAUGAAGAAAAGAAACAGAAGUUAUUCUGCAACACCAGCCCAUGAUAAUGAACAUGUGAGUGUUGAAAACCUCCAACAGCAGAGGAUGGAGUCAGCUCUGAAAACAGGCCUGAGUUAGCAGAACCAAGCUCAUCUCCCUGUUCUGGUCCUCCUGACAUUCUUCCUGUGCUUUCCUGACACACCAGCAUUCUCCUCAAUGUUUGGAGUACUGCACACAAACAUCGAGCUAAGCUCUUCUCUGGCCAUGUGAUGCUUUCAUCUCACAGAGUGAAACACCAAACAUUCCUCUCUCAUGAGUCAUUCUGGAUCCUAUCCUCUGCUGGAGUCGAAAGAUUUCAGAUCCUCUCUGUGAUUGGGACAGAGACAGGGAUGUUUUCUGAGCUGCAGGCCUUCAUGGGAAAACCCCAAAAUACUCACAUUGCUUUGAUAGCUUCCUUUAGUUUUUGCACACAGUCAGCAAACCUCCACUGUUACGUAUCACAGUGACAACACUGGGAAACAACUGUGAACCCGGAUCAUUUCCCCAAACCAUGAAACCAGAUUCUUUAUUAUAAAACUCCAUCACAGACCAGGCUGGCUAAGGUUUGGAGUUUGGGGGAUAUGGGGGACUGCCUCCCUCCCCCUGCAGUCUAGAGAAGAUAUGUAUCACAAGAUCUCUGAGAAUGCUGCUGUUUUUUUUUUGUUUUUUUUUGCUGUUUCUUUGCUGUUUGAGCUCAACCAAACUGAGGAGAGCUGCAGUCCCAAUAACCCUGAAGAGUCCAUGUCAUGAGUAUCUUCCUUAUCUGUGAAGGCUCCAUUAAUGCUGAACAAUAUCUACAGUUUUGGGAGCAACAUUUGCUGACAUCCAGACAAAGACUUUUUUAGAGAAGAUCUUCAUAUUUCAGGAGGACAAUGACAAACCACAUUCUGACAACAGGGAUUACAACAGCACGGCUCUGUAGGAGAAGAGUCCUGCUGAGAAACUGAGCUGCCUAUAGUAGAGGAAAGAUUUUUGAGUCUUGCACUUUGUAAGGUAAAAAAUGUAAAUGAUUUGCAAACUAUCAAAUGAACUAUGAACUUCCUCCUUCCUGCUGGCUGAUCUCUUCAUGGAUAGACAUACAUCGUCCCUCUUGGCCACCAGUUAUAUUUAAGGACAUCUUUUCAUCAGUCUGUUUUUGCCCAGUUAUUCUCACACACAGACAAACUCAGAGGUGGAAAAUGUCUGCAUAGUGGAGCAGCAGCAGAUCUUUUUUCUCCAGCUGUCAUCCUCGCCCCUCUCCCCUUUAAUGAUCUCAUAUCAGACUAUCAGAUGUAAUAAGUCCUCUGUAAACACUCCCUCUUCCUCUUGCUCUGCUCAGAUUGAAGUUCCUCUCAACAUCAAAUGAAAGCUUCAAGUGUCCCGUAUCUCUGUUAAUAUGCUUCUUUUUACACGUUGUGUUCAAGGAUUUGCAUAGUUUGUCCUCUGUUGAUUUAUUGAAUCUGUGCGUCUCGUUCAGCACGCUGACAGUGGGCUCACUCUACCUCUUUAUAUGAUAAUGCAGCUUCGCAGGGCUUUUAAUAGAAUUCAGAAAUAUAAUAGUCUUGCAUAAUUUUCCCAUAAAGGCCGACACAGCUGCCAUUCCUCCCUCCUGAUAUUCGGCUGCUCUCCUUCAGCCGGCAGGGCUGCGUUGAGGAGCGAGACGUUUCUCAGGUGUUGCUCCCUAAUCUGUUUUCUAAACUUGGCAGAGCCGAUAAUGCUCUGGAGGUGAUGUAUUUAUUCUCCACCCUCAAGUGAUAAUGGAGCGAUUUUUUUUCUGCUCUUCUCAGAUAUUAAAGCAAUCGUGCACAGAGAUCCUGAGUGUGGAGCCCUCCAGCGUCUGUGUGAAUGGUGAGUGGAUCUUUCUGCAGAUCUGUACACAUAGAUUAAUCCUCUGCAGAAACAGAUUCUCCUGCGGAUCUACACACAUAGAUUCAUCCUCUACAGAAACAGAUCCUCCUGCAGAUUUACACACAUAGAUUUAUCCUCUGCAGAAACAGAUCCUUCUGCAGAUCUACACACAUAGAUUCGCCCUGAUUCACUCUGAUUCACUCUGGCCCAUACCUUAAAACCAGCCAUAUUGGACUGUUUGAACUGGACCCUGACUCUCUCUGGUUGUCCUUCACAGAGACCUUUGACAUUGUCCUCAGAGGAAACGGCUUCACACUGGGACGCACUAAUGAAGGUGUGGUCUGCAGCUUCAUCAUCGGCCAGGAAACCUUCAGUAAGUGUUUAAAACUACAGGUACCCAGUCAGUUGAACAUGUUUAGGGAUCUGAGUCACGCUGAGUUGUAAAAGACUUUCCUUCCUUAUGUAGUGUCUAACUCUUACAGUUGUGGUUUUUGUCCCUGACUGACUCAGACUGUUGUUCUCAGAGUCUGUCAGUGUUGCAGUAAAGAUCUCUGUCUGUUGUAAUCUUCUUUUGCAAGAGGAAGGGGAUUUUUAUUGACCAGAAGCAGCUGUUGGAUCACGCUCUACAAACACAGCAGACUACAUGUAGAAAAACAAAGAGCUGAGAUGUUACCGGUGUACUCGGCCCUCUGACAGAAAUGAUACCACACUGAACUCUAUUUAGACUGCCUGUUGAAGUCCAUCACAUGUUUACUGCGUGUGCUCUUUCUCAUUGAUCUCUGAUAAUCAUGAAAUCAGGACAGGAGAGUCAGACCUGCAGGCCAGACCAACAUCUCUGCAGCUCUUUGCACUUUUGUUUACGAUCAGGGCUAGCAAUUAAGUCCCAGAACUGCAGUUCCUCAAAUGUCCACUUGAGGCAGACUGCAGCAGAGAGUCAGUCCCCAUAGAGCCUUGUGUUAAAGGUCAGGUAGUCAUAUUCUAACAAUAUUAGUUUUUUAUGUUGGCAGCUGAAAUACUCUUCCCCAUAUUGUAUGUGUCCUGAAACACAGUGAAGAGUGUCAGCCUCUUCCUCCUCCAUCAGUUUAGAAAUAUCAAAAACACUGAUGCAUCGUCUCGGUGCUGAAUUAUGAACAUUAAAUACAUAUUCAUUGUGUUCAUUCAUAUUUUCAUGACAAUGAAUAAUUCUCUUCUCGGUAUAUACACCAGGACUCCUCUGCACCCCCCCCCCCCCCCAGUAUAUUAACUAGUACUCCUCUGUCCCGUCCUUCCUCUCAGUAUGUAGACCAGGACCCUGCUGGCUCUGGUGGAGACGGCAAUGGUGGUCUGGAGGAAGCCCAUGGGGAAACAAAGCCCAUCCCUGUGUAAUAAUCUGCUCUCUUAUAGCAGCUCCCUGUCUGUAUCUUAAGCAUCUAAAUUGGAAAGAAGAAAGGAGGCUAUGUAGGUCACUGUGCUCCUUAUUUUGAGCUCUCAGUCUGUUCUGCAGAGAAAUCCUUUUUCAGGAAGCUAACAGGAUUUGGCACCCAAAGCCAAUCUUUUAAAGCUCUCAUUUGGCGACGGGAUCUGCAGGAUCGAUGGCUGCCAAUGACAACACUUCUCUCCUUGACGAGUUAUUUUUAUUUUUUUUCCACUUGACUGAAACACUCGAGCAUAUUUAUUUUAUUCGUUUUUAAAAAGGAACUUCGUCUGAAUCAGGAAGUGGCCGUUAGCAGAUGUCUUCCUGUUAGUCCUUUCUCAGUUUAGACCGUCUCACAUUCGCCCACUUGGGGCUAUUUAUUCCCUCAUUGGCUCCUGCAUGUGUUGAGUGCAGACCUUUCGAACAGUGGGGGCAGUUUAUAAUUAUGGACAGGCAUCAUGCUCAACACACAGCACAUAUGUGGAACAGAUGCUUCAGUCGAUGAGCAGACAAGCAGCAAAAAUAAUCAUCUGAGCCACUGCCGCAGCCACCGCCACAGCGGCUGCAGAUGACCGGGCCUCAGUCUAACCUGCUGAUCCAAACGCACACCAACACAUAGAUCUGCUAAAGCGCGCACACAAACACACAAUCCAAUCUGUCAUCUAUCCUUUUUUAAUCUUACGCAACUCCCAGAGUUUAAGAGCAGGCUGACAUCAAACAUAUGACACAUUUCCUCUCAACGCUGAUAUAAAAAACAGAGUUUUGAAAUGAGGAAAACUGAAUCAUGUAAUUCUCCUAGUGUGAUGCUGAGGGUCUUAAAGGUCUCAGUGGUCUCAGGCGUCUCAGGGGUCUUAGACUGUUCAUACAAGGCCUUCAGCAUAUGCAGAUAAAAUGUGCAUUAAAAAUGACAUGUAUUCAGCCGAAGUAAAGGCUGACUUUUCAUAGACUGGAUCUUCCGCUGCCGUUUUAAAGCUGCAGGUUUGCAUGGGAAGUGACCAUAUUCGGACAAGAGGGUGAAGCUAUUUAACUGUCUGUACAUACUGAGUUUGCAGCAAGUUAAACAUUUUGUUUCACUCCUCCACUCCUUCACCCACAAGUCAAUGACAGAGCUGUUUAUUGAUCAGAAGCUUAGAGAGCUUAUGGAACCCAACUGUCAGAGAGGCCAUGCCCCCAAUUCUCCACACCUUAAUUCCAUAAUCACAUGUAAACAGGUGUUCAGAUAUCAUGGACAUGGAAACGAGUCACAGAGACCCAAACUGUUUCUGUGCUAGGCUGUACACAGGUUUAUUUUUGCUGUGAAGUUUGGCAUGGGGCUCUAUGUGGACAGACUCACUGUAAAAGACAGCCCCUAGUGGACAGAAGAGGGACUGCAGUUUUUGCCACUUAAGCUUUGACUUUGUGUGAAAAAUAAAAAAAAUAAAAAGGCAAAAUCAAUGAAUGUGUCCAUUGAAAUGAAAUUUAACUAAGCAUCAUUAACAUUACAACUGAGGUUAGGGAUUAAAAUGAUGAAUAUAAGAGGACCCAGCACUGACCCCUGAGGAAUGCCAUCUGCUGAAUUUCACAGCCAUAAGACACACUACUAAUUUGGUUAAUCUGAGCAUUAUUUUGGUUUAAAUUGGGAAGGACAAACUCACUUCAACACUGAUAAUAAAAAGAGUAGGGGCUCUGUUAAUUGUGCUGUUUGAUCAGUUAUCUGAACCCCUCGGAAUCUGAAUUUCACUCUUUUUCCUUUGGUUUUCUCACAGAUCAUAAACCCAGUGUUGUGCGUAAUGAUUACCUGCUAUGUCCUGCACCAAAGCUCUAUGAUGUUGAACAGUAAGUAGACUCUGAUUAUUUCUAUUGUUUUACAACUGUUUAUAUUGCAGGAUUGCCUCGUGAUCUGUUGCUAAAAUGAUUCAGGAUCUUGGGUGCAAAAGCAGAAUAACAGAUGAAAAAACAGCAAUGUCAAAUGAUUGGAAUUUCAUUAUUUAUUUAUUUUUUUGCAUUUUAGAGAUUUUUAAAGGCAGUGAGUGCGAUUGAAAGCAGCUCUUAGCAGUGUCUUGGUUUGUGGGUCAGACAAAGUUGAUGAGAUGGACUUUAUGAUCCUGACUUUUGGAUUGAUUGCUGCAGCGGUCUCAACACAGUCAGCGUCAGAAAAUUUAUUCUGUCAAAUAUACAGGCUUUAUUAAUUUAAGGGAUAACACUGGUACACAUGAAGCAAUAUGCAGGAGAGUCAGCGUGGUAUGCAAUCUCUCUGAGGUCAUUGGGCCCAGGGAUUUCUGGUUAAUGCAGCAGGGUUAGUGCUUUUCAGGAGAUCCAGUUUGGUUGUUUCUUGACGAAGAGAUUUUCUUCUGGAGAUGGAAAUAACAUCUGACUGAACUGAUCAUGUAGGGGUGGUUCCUCGUCAGAGAAGUGAUGCAGGAUGUCUGAUACUGACUAAGAUUGCAUGUUGAUAUCUGUCUGAAAUACAGUGAAACAUGAGUGAAGGAAGAACGUUCAGCCCUGAUAAAGGAAUGGUAAGAUGUUCAGGAGAGUUUCAAUCUGGGAGCGUCAGAACGUCUGUGUGCUCAGCUCAAACUUUGGUUUCAUGAAACAGUUUUAAAGAAGAGCCUCAUGUUUGAGCUCCGUCCAGACCUUUCUAUGGUAUGUGCCCAUGCAGAGAAAAUCUAAAGGACUGUGGAUCAAUGAAAAUGUAGAUGGCAUGCAAAACGCAUAUGAAAGAGUUUGAAUCAAGUGUGUGAAGAUGGUCGCCUGCUAAUUUUGGACCUUUAUCUAAUUGUAACUAACCCUUGAAGCCCCACAGCCCUUAAAAAGAAAAUAUCCUCCUUUAUUUUAUGCACUCGUUUAUUUUGGUUAAGUUUUGCAGAAAUUUGUGAAAAACAGUAAAAAUAUGUCAGAAGACUUUUUCAGUUUAUCCUGAUGUAAAACAGCUUGGUGAAACAGCUUGCAUGUAACUGCUUUUUAGGUAGCAGAUCUGGAGAAAAGAGACAUGAAGAUUUUUAGGGCACAAACACCUUCACCCAAGUAUACAUGUACGGCAGGAUGCACUUAUUUCUACUGUAUAUAUAAGGGAAAGAAACAGUUAUAAUCUACCUUCAGAUCUGCAGACUAAAGAUGGAUUAAAACUCCUUUUUGCACAAAAGUUCUGAAAUGUCUGAUUUGGAUCAUUGGACAAAGAAACAUGAAUAUUUAGUAAGAGGCAUUUCUCUCUCUCUCUCUCUCUCUCUCUCUCUCUCUCUCUCUCUCUCUCUCUCUCUCUCUCUCUCUCUCUCUCUAUAUAUAUAUAUAUAUAUAUAUAUAUAUAUAUAUGUAUGUAUGUAUACAGUGCAUUCGGAAAGUAUUCAUACCACUUCACUUUUUCCACAUUUUGUUAUGUUACAGCCUUAUUCCAAAAUGGAUUAAAUUCCCGUUUUCCCUCAAAAAUUCCACACAAAAUACCCCAUAAUGACAAAGCGAAAAACUUUUUUUAGAACAUUUUGCAAAUUUAUUAAAAAAAAGAACACUCAAAUGUUGUAUAUAUAUGUAUGUAUGUAUGUAUGUAUGUAUGUUUAUAUAUAUAUAUGUAUAUAUAUGUAUGUAUGUAUGUAUGUAUGUAUGUAUAUGUAUGCGUAUAUAUAUGUAUUUAUAUAUAUAUAUAUGUAUGUAAAUAUACUGUAUAUAUACUGUAUAUAUAUAUAUAUAUAUAUGUGUGUAUAUAUAUAUAUAUAUAUAUUUAUAUAUAUAUAUAUAUAGUCCUUCACAAGAACUCAAACAGAACGGUUGUGUUUGGUUUGUAAGUAAAUCAAGUAUACUCAGCAGUACCUCUCUUCUCUCCAUGCUCACACACUUCCCCUCUUUCAUAUCAUAUCAACUCUUCUCUUUCUCUCCUUAAACCUUAGCCUGUUUUUCUGCUCCUCCUUCUCGUUUUCAGAGGUUUGUUUUUAUGUGAUUUAGCUGUGUCUCUCUUAUUUAUGGCAGAAGUUUCCAUCCUGUUAAACAUGUACAAGCUCAGAUUUAUCUCUCGUUUCUUUUAUCACUCAGAUCAACACUCCUUAAUCUGUAAAUCAUCUGUAUGUUAAACAGCAUCUGAGGGGACAAGGUGUCAGUACAGACACUGUAAACAUUGUAGAAAAACCCUCCAUACAUCCAGCCCUCAGAGAUUUAAGUGCAGCAGUGUAAAUAUGUGUUUAUUCUUGGCUGCUGAGAUAUUGUUUGAUUAAAUGUCAUCUUCUUUUAAUCCCUGAGUGCAGCAGAUGAUCGCUAAGGCCUUCUCCAUGGAACAACAGAUUUUAAUGUUCCAGAUAUUCAAUAAUCCAAUCAAAAAUGUCUGAUGAGGAUCUCCUGCAGGUCCCUGAGCUCUAAAACGGAUUAGGUUGAAGGGAGGAUCAAACUGCAGCACACCUCAGAUAAUCCCCUUAAUAAUAAUAAUAAUUUGACCCUUCAUGCCCUGCUCCAUCACAAAUUUUCUUUACAGCACAGAGAAGGUUUUUAAAGGACCUAUAUGUGACGUAUUCCACUCUUCAGGAUACACACAAAUGUGAUGACAGUUUUUUCGAAACACAAAGAUGAAAGAUAGUCUGAAAAAUAUUAGACACAAACUAACAAAGAGCAUACACUCCAUUUCUAACACAUUUUCUGCCUGUUUCUAAAACCAUUUAUUCAAAAGUCCUGAAAGCCAAACAAUCAUUAAAAUAUCAUCUAAAAAGUCUAUUUUAAAAAGGCUAAAUUAAUGCCCAUACAACACAGCACAACAAAGGAUGGGAUUUAAAGGCUGGUUUUAAAUGAUGAAUAAUGAAGAAUGACAAUAACCAUAAAAAUGAAGAAAAAGAAAAUGUAAUUACUUUUUUAAUAUUCAUGAACAAAGAAGACAACAUUUGUUGGGGAAAAAAAACAGAAGAAAAAAAAAGAAAUCAUUAAAAAUAAUACUUGUGAAUAAAGAAAUGAUCACAAUUUUUUUAAAAUCGUAUCCUUAAUUUUUUUUUUUUGUAUAUUUCUGUGAAAAUGAAUUAAACCUUAGAGGAGAAAGAGUGAGGGGCUUUUAUCAUCAUCAACAUGUUUUUUUUUUUUCUCCACACUUACAAAGACACUCAUGUUUUUAUUCCAUCCUGUUUUCCUCUUCUGUUCUGUGACUCUUAGUGGAUUUAAUGAGCUCUGUCUUUUCUCUCCUUAUUCGGUUAUUUUGGAUUAUUUAUUGUGAGUCUCCUGAUGACGUGGGGUCUGAUCUCUGACAGCCCAUCAGAUACAGAUACCCUCCCCAUAAAGGUUUUUGAGACCCUCCUUGUUUUCUGUCACGUUUUCUUUCAUUCAUGUGCAGAACGUCUGCCAGAAGGAGGGUCAACAUGUUUAACUGGAAUAGUCAAGUCAAGCCUUAUUUCCACAGAACAUUUCCAAAACAGACCAAAGAGCUUCACAAGCAAACAAAAAAGCCCGAUAGAAAACCACAAGCAGCCAGACACGUUGAUGACAAAUCUGUCAGGAGAAUCACAGAAAUGAAAAUGCAUCCUUUUCCCCCGUCACAGUUUUAAUCAGCAGGUUUAUGUCUUCUCAGCUUACACAUAUAGAGGGGCAGCUUUUAUGGUCCCAGCCUGUUUCUUUUUCUUUUCUUUUUUUUCUAGCAGGUCUGCUUCGAAAAAGACAUUUUGAUGGAAAAACAAACAGCUUUAUGUUUUUAAUUUGAUGCAUUUGCAGUUUUGAAUUUCAUGUAUUGACCAGAAUCAGAAAUCUGAUUGUCCUCAGAUGAAAUUUUGACUUUCUUUUUAGUCUCCCAUCAAACUUAAAGAAAGAGAAAUAUUUUAAAAAUCUUUUUUUUUUCUUUAAAUUACUGUUAUUUUAAAUUUUUGUGUGAAUGUUUCGUCUUUGCUUCGAUUCUUAAGCUGCUUGGACUCGUGACUUUGGUUCAGUGAUUUUGCACUUUAAUGAAAACCCUCCAAUCUCAGAGAGUGUUUUUGUUUUGUUUCUGGUACAAAUGUUUCAGCCAAAUUGACCUGAAAAAUCUCUUCUUUGAAGAGUUCACAUGUCUAAACUGAGACCUGAAGUGUUUCUAAAGAGUUCAUAAAUCUGCUUGUGGCAGAAGGAAAAAAAAAUCUUUCAGUUUCUUUGAGGUUUUUUUUUUUUUUUUUUUUAAACCAUGUUAGAUAUAUUUCCCUUCCUAUAAUAAGCAGUUCAUGUUUGAUUUCUGAUGCAUUCUAUCUCAAAUUCAGACUGUUGCUUGGACCUGUCAGCUGAAUUAAGCCUGAACCAAAACACUUUCUCAGAUUUAAGUUUCUUUUUUUAAAUAUUUGUAGCUUCAAUUUUCUGCUGCAUGUUUUUUUUUUUUUUUGAUGAAUGUAAAUAAAUCCUGAACUUGGCUGCUAUCUCUGCAGCAGGUUCUGUACAAGUCCCCUUUCUGUCUUUCCUCAGCAGCAGAAUCAGAAGGUGGACCAGGAUCUGUGCCUCCUCAGCUUUCUCUCUGAGGCUGCAGUAAAAGGUUAAUGGGAGUGUCUACAUCUGUAAACCUGCAGCUCUGCCUUUUACGCUCCGUGCUGCCAUUUGCAGACGGCCUGCUUAAUUAACUCUUGGCUGCCGAUGGUGACCCAUUAAGUAGUUAGCUGCUAAGGGCGGUGAGUAAACACAUCUGCUGGAGGGGCUCUAAAAGGAUGUGCGACAGAUGCAGCCAUUCCCUUUUCUACGCUCCCUAUUUAAAUAAUUCACCACACGCUGACAAUCCCUGCACCCAGGACCACCUGCAUGGAACGAGGAGCCCUGGAAACUUCCGUCUCCGUCCAUCUGUCUGCUUCUGCUCCAUCACCGCUCCGGGCACACAGGGCACUCUGCUAGCACGGCUCUACUCAGCCGGAGAAGAAUCUUGUUUUGCUGCACAUUUCUGAUAGUGUUCUGGUCCACGUGAGGCCUCCUCCUCCUUAGUGGCCUGUCCCCCAUCUUGACCUCUCAGAGAUGUGCUGCUGGGGAACAUAUUUUAGCUUCAGCAAGAGGAGGGGAGCUCAGCUGCAGCUCCUCGUCCCGAUGGGGGCUCCACAUCCAGCCUGGCUGUGCAGGAAUCACAGCUUCCUUUUGCUUGCUCGUGUAGGAGUACUCACAGCAGAGGCAUCAUCUGUGCUGACAGCUGCGGCAUCAGGCCUGAAACUCUGGCAUCUGCUGAUGCCCCCCCCCCGGACUUCCCCGUAAGGAGACCCUGCGCACCCUGCUGGGGCUGAUUGAGGGGUUAAGUGGCUGCACUCAUGCAGCAGCGUGUCCUCACCUGGUGUUUUCACAAUAACGGUGGAGGGGAAAAAAUAACUGAGGGGGGAGUCAACACCUGCUAUACAUUGCAGGUACACUAGCUAAUGCUAAUGCUAGUCAAUAAUUAAACAGGCUGUCCCAGGAACAUGGCUCCAUCUGCUUCAGCGGGGAGAUGAUGGGGUUGUCCCUGCAGAGCGGCCUCAAUGUUUAGAUGCAGCAGACAUGAUGAAUGUGAUCUGAUCGGCACAUGAUGAAGAUGGAAACUAAAGGAUGAGGGACUAAAGGACAUGGAGAGCCUCCUGUCUGGUCUUUAGUCUGCAGGGUCAAUGAUUCAGGCUCAGGCUGUCCUUUCCAGAGUUCUGCCAAAGUCUCUGUCAAUUUCAGCUGAAAUAGUUUAGAAUUAUGAUCCCAAACAAACCACAUUUUCACAACUACUGUCAAAGAUCUGUAGAUUCAGCUCCAAGAUGUGUCUGUGGCUCAGGUUCAGGUUCCCAACAUUUCCUAAAACCCUUAUAGAAACAGUCAAACAACAAAAGUGGAUUUUCAUACCCACACAGGAGCUGAGCAUCUUCUAUAGAGGCUGCCAUCAAGACAGAAACAAUAAAAAGCUGUGAAGAAGAGGAGGAGGAGGAGAAGGAAGAGGAAAAAGAAAAGGACAAAGAUGAGAAAGAGAAGAAGGAUAUAUAGGAAGAAGAAGAAGAGUUCAUCUUUGAUGGGGAAAGCUUGACUUUCAAGGAUCAGUGUGAUUAACUGGAGCUCCUGGUUCUUCUGGUCUUGAUGGUUAAGUCUGAGGUCUUGUGCUUCUCUGAUUUGAAUCAUCUUUUGAAGCGCGCUUUAUGACAUAUAUGAUAUAACAAAGUUUAGGUCAUAAAACCAAUUUUAUAGGGUCACAUUUAUUUCACAGGAGAUUUUAGUAGAGGAGUCCUCUCAGUAGUUCAGAGUCUGACCCCGGGUCCAGCUGCUGUCUUAAAGCUUUGGUUGAAUCAGAGUAUCUUCAUCACACCAUCCUGCUGCGGUGGGCAGCUGAGUCUGGGUUUUAAAGUGCGUCCCAUGCUGAUCUCUCUCUGUGGAGCAGAUCGUCCAUUUCUUUGAGUGCUUGUCUCUUUUUACUGAACGGUGGAUGUCUCACACUGGAGCAGAGCUCCUCAUCUGGUCCCCAGGCCUCCUGCGGCACCGCUCCGCCAGAACUUCUGCCUCAAACUCUGCAGAGCGAUGACUCUUGGAUGCCAAGUGACAGCCCUCACAUAUGCUUAGCUGUGAAUUAUUCAGCCUCCUCAAUCUUCACAUCUUUAAGAGAAGUUUGAAAGCCAUUAGCGUCAUCAUUGUCAGCUGCUCCAGCUGCACCGCAUCAGCAAAGCUUAGCAUCAUGCUGGUUUUGCUUUCUGACGGCUUCUUUGGCGAGCCAAAGGGAACAAAGUUUCUCCUCUGAGGGUCAGAGAUCUGCUGCAAGACGAAGCCUGACGCCAUUCAACUGGUGGCCCUGUGUGGCGAGUGGCUUUCUGCACGCUUCCUGACUGAUCCCUGAACCCCGUGACAACCCGCCCUCUCAUCUCCAAUUAAUUCAAACAUCACCAUCCGCUCGGCGAGAAGCUGCAGAUCGCUCCCCUGCUGUCACUCAGUAGCUUUCAGCUGGAUUAAAAGUUAAAUGACAGAGAGACAGGUUUUAAAUCAUUCAUCCACAGCCUUUUAAUGUCACUGUUCCAAUCCUCUUUGUCUCCUGGUGUCUCACAUUUGGCUUUCUGAGUCUUCACUCAGUGAAAUGGCCAACAUGGAGACAAAGUGACAGGGAAUCAUCCAGAGAGGGAGAAUCGUCCAGAGAGGGGGAAUCUUUUAGAGACAGGGAAUCGUUUAGAGAUGGAGACUUCCUGAAAGUCAAUUAUUCAGAUCAUCAAUCAGGGAUUAGUCAGGGAGAGAGUUUGAUUCUCAGUUUUCACAGUGAUCAUCAUCACAGGAGAAGCUGGAGGGCUGCAGAGUCUAGAAAAAAGGUCUGAAGAUGAUCCUGAAUAAGGUUUAAGACUGCAAUUCCAGGCCUCCCCUCAUCCUCAAUUAACAGGGCUGGUGAUCUCAGUGUUUCAGGUGGGCUGCAAGCUGAGUUGCUGCUUUGGUUUGGGAUCUAAGCCUAUGAUGAAGUGUUAGUUCGGUCAGGUUAUCAGUUACAUGGUUUAGAAUAGUACUGAAGACAAACAAACUUCAGUGAUGAUAACUUGUUGGUGCAUAUUUAGUGUGUGUUGGACUUCCCUCCUGCUCAGUGCUCACUCUGUGGACAGUUCUCAGUCUGAGGAAGGAGAACCUUGAGCCAAAGGAAAGGAGGGUCCUCCCUCUCCCUUUUUUCUCUCUCCCUUUCUCUCUCUCUCUCUUUCGCUCUCUUUCCCCCUCUCUCUCUCCUCUCGAGGCUGUCUGGUGAUGUCAGGUUUAGCGGGUGAAUCAGUGUUACUCUCUUGGUAGUUCUCCUCCUUCACACACACUGAGGUCUGCACCUCUAGACUGAUUAACAACCUGCCCACCAUUAUCAGUGACUGAGGGUGUCAGCUAAGUUCAUUCAGCUCUUCAUCAACACGCACAGACCUGGAACGCCUCGCUAAGCAGCAGAGAGCGAGCAGCUUUACCUCUGUGCAUGCAAGGACAGUUUACUGAUAAAUACAGAGGUUUCAAAUCUCAGCAGGAGUAACUCUCCUAACAGCCUUUCCCUUAACGUGACAGAACAUUUCGAACAAGAUAUCCCCACUCUUACAAUAUCAAACCAUAAUGCAUCUCAAUGCAGGGCUUUACACACUCACACACUGGGAGGGGCAGGGGCGGGGCUCACUCAGACAGGUGCUCUCUGAUGCUGGUAUUUACUUCAAGCAGUUUGCUGUUUAUUUCCAGUCUGAAUCAUGGGGAUCACUUGUGCAGCUGUGAUCUAUCACACCACAAGUGUUCACACCUGCAGCUGACCUGAAAAAAUCUGAUAGAGUUAAUGAGUUUUGUGUAUGUGUGGGUAUUCUAAAGACCUCUCUGAUAUAUGCUGUCUGUGCUCUCUGAGUGUAUUCUGUUUGCCUGUAAUGGAGGGAAAUACCUGGAGAUGAACAGGUGGAUGACAUGGACCAAAGGGCAGUAAUGAGAAAUCAAAUUCAGGUCAUUUCAAUAAAAAGCAACCUGAAAUAAAAACACUUAUUUAUUGAGCACAUGAAAAAAAGUUGGGGCAUGCAUCAAAAAGACCAAACAACCUGAAUUUUUCAGUACAUCCUCAAAUAAGAGAAACCCAGAGAAACUUGAUCUUCAUCAGUCAGUGCCUGAUUGGAUGAUUUUCUGCCGGAUGGCAUCAAAACAAUCGUCAUAUGAAGAAAUAACAUCGAUCUCUCUCAUCAAACAGAGUCUCUCUGUGCAAAGUGAGACUGUGUCAUUUAACAGUAAAAUCCUGUUAACAGUGACAACAAAGUCUCCUUUGGGAAGGAAAUAAUGGGUGCAAACAGAGUGGUCAGACUCCAAGGGGGGUGUCCUCUCAUUAUCAAAGCCGUCUGUGUGUGGACGGACAGAGAUGAGUGGCAGAGUAACAAGGACCCUGAACUCCAAUGACUUAUUUAGACUGAGAAAUUCAGGCCCAAACGGGCGCAAUUAAAGCCCUAAUGAUGAACGGCACUGCAAUUUCCAUAUGUCUAUUACAGCCCAUCCAAUUACUGCAGCUUUAAUGAGAAUUCAGGAGUGAAACGCCUGAAAUCCUCCGACUCGGAGAGUCGCAGCAGAGGAAGAAGUGCAGACCUGUGUGUUACUGUGUGUGUGUGCGUGCAUGCGUGCAUACGUGUGUGUAUGUGGAGGCCAGCUGUGAGUGUGUGGUAGCAUACAGGAGGCCUGGACUUAAAGCUGCUCCUGCAGAAUAAUAAGCAGAGCGCUCUUUGCUGAGCUGUGGAUGUAGCCCGAGGCAGUGCCGUGGGCCGCCGGUCCCCCUGCGGCUCAGAACAGAUGAGCAACCAGACCGUGUGUCCAAUUCUCUGCAGAGUAUUCAGAUUAUUCUGAAGUGACUCCUCUGCACCUUUUUGAUUUACUCCUGAUGAAUAUUUCACUGGGUAAAGGGAACGCAAACUCUGAGCUCUCUGACUUGUGGCCUCACUUGUUGACACCUCGUCUCUCCUCGGUUCAUUGGUUUACUCCAUUAAGCAAAAUCAGAGCAGACUUUUUCCUAAAGUAAAGCUUGGGGAAGGGAGAUAAAAUAUUAAAAAGUAGUUCUGUCAAGUGCUGGAGACUCAAAAGUCAACAUCAUUUCACAGCUUCUGGGUAGAAAACAGGAAUAAAAACCAGAAAAGACAUUUGGAGAAACCUGAAUUCAAAGAACAGAAUUAAUCAACCAUCACAACUGAACUGCAGCCUGUUCUGGCUUUGAUUCCAGUCCUCUAUCUGGGCCUCACACAGGAACAAAACAAAUCAGAAAAAUGACAUUUCCACCAAACCGGAACAGAAACAAACACUCACAUUAAAAGCAUACGCAUAAACAGACCAAUGCCCUAUUUUUGGGAAGAGUUGGAAAAACGAAGGCACGUCUCACAUAUCUUUACUUCCAUGAAGCGUCCCUAGAAUAAGUCUUGGAUUCAUUUAUAUUUACAUUUUUUAACAAUAAUAUUUCUCCUUCUUGUCUUGUGUUGUGAACUGUGAAGGCAGCUCUGUCAUGUUUUCUCUCUCAGGAGAAACCUGAACUUGAACUCUUACUUAAAGUAUCAGAGUGAAGUUUAUUAUGUGCUUUUUUUGUCUUGACAGGAAGAUGGACGUCUUGAUCAGUCUGAACCACGGGAAGUCCUUCAUCUCCAGCGCCUACACCAUCCAUGCCUCCACCUGUGUGAGUCUGAGUCACCUCCACCUUUAACAGGAAUCUGAGACAGUUUCUCAUGAAACAUUUCAGCCUGUUGUGUUUAUGUUGUGGUUUGAGUUCAUGUGACCAUCACAGUUUGACAAGCAGAACUGACCCCUCCAUCAUCAUGUGAGCACAGAUCACUUCUGUCUUCUCCUUCACUCAUAGUUAAACCAUCAUAGACAGUUGUUUUCCUGUAAUAAAAUGAUCUAUGGCUCCUAAAGCUCCUGCCAGUAAUUUUCUGUCUGUGUGGAUGUUGGAGCCCCGCCCUCUGAAUGAAGUCUGAAUUUCAGGCUAUUUCACUGGAGUCCAAAAAGUCCUUACACAGGUGUGAAAGACCAGAAAUAAAUCAUCAAACACUUGAUAUAAUAUGUAUAAGAUAUAGAAAAAACAAACAAACAAAAACAAAAACAAGGAGUCCCUUAAAGUAAGUGACAUCAUUGUCCCUUUACUGACCAAGUGUUUCAGGUUGUUUUUUAAAAUAUUUAUAACAUUGAGAUCUUUUUUGCAGCAAAUGAACAAAUUUCUCUACAGCUGCAAAAAACAACAGCAACAAAGGGUUGGAUCGUUUUUAACCAAUUUUUAUUUUGGUCCUACUGCAGUCAGACGGGUUAGCAGUGGCAAUUACCUUCCUGGUUCUGUUGAUCCUGGUCGCUCUGGCCCUCAUGUGGUGGUUCUGGCCUCUCUGCUGCAAAGUGGUGAGUUUCUCAACACACACGCACACAUGCACACAUGCACACAAGGACAUAUUCCACGAGGAAUAUGGAGAGCUCCUGCAUAGACUGAAGUGUCCUGGAUCUGAUUUGGAUCAUACAUGCAGACAAAUCUAUGUCCCUGUAUGGUUAUACUGACCAGUGCAUGGUCAGUACUUGUGUCCUGCUCUCUGAUUACUGCAGCUUGUUGGUGCAGACUCCUGUAAUGGUUAUUUUUAAGAGACUGACUGCUGUGAUUUAGAAAUCAGAAAAAAUGAAACUACUGUGGAUUGUUGUGAGUUUAGCAUCUUUAAAUACCACCCUGGGUUUGCAGAUGUGAGGUAUUCACCUCAUUUAAGCAAUAGGAGUGACAGCUAAAAUAUGACCCCACCUUGAACAGGACAGCUUCUUAUCUCAGAUGGUUCCUGGUUCUUCUGAUCCUCCUGACAGAGCAGACUGAAACUGAAAAAGGUUUUAGGGUGCAGGAUUGAAGAUUUUUUCGUUUCAUAGUCAUGCAGAGCAGUGGUCAAAUGAUGGGUUUUGAGAAACUUGCUCUGAUGACCUCACCUCCAGCCAACCUCGAUCACCAAGUCGGUUUAGCAACACCACAGAAGAAGAACCUCAAGUAGGAAGUGCAGGGCCCACAUCCUGUAUGUGAUCACAUUGCUGAGGUCACUGAAUUAAACAGAGUUUAAAACAACAAGUGGAUCUGAGAGGAAUGGGAGGAACUGUGCGGGACAGACUGGGUCUGUGUUUGAUCAGGACUAAAUUAAGUCCUACCUGGGGACCACACCGAUUAAUAAUAAUCCAACUGAGUCUUUACGGUCUGAUCUCAGCUCUAUCUGCAGAGUCCAGGCUGCAGAUUAAAAUCCUUCUUCUGUUUUUGUCAACACAAACUCUGCUGUUCCUAAUCCAGUCAGAGUUUGUUUUCCAGCCUUUUCUCCUUACUUUGCUUUUUGUCACUGUUGUUAUAUCCUUUAAUGAUCGUUCACUUCCUCCUUUUAUAAAGAGUGAAGGAGUGAGGAGGAUGUUUUACAUCAGCAGAAAAUAAACAAAUUAGGUCAAUGAAUUGCUCCUGAGACAGAUGGUAAGGCUGUGAAGGAAGGAAAUGUUUCUGCACACGUCUGAUCACAUCCAUCAGCUUUAAGAAAAUGAAUGUUGUGUCUGUCUGAAUUUGAGGCAUACAGAAUUUUUGAAAAACAUACUAUGACUGUGAAUAAAAAAACCUGUUUGCUCCGAUGCUUGAGUCAUUAACUGUGCCCCCUGUUUGGUGUUAAGAGGUAAAAGAUGUAACUUUUAUCCAUCUCAGUUUUGACAACAUUGACAGAGUGAAAAAGUUGAAAUCUCUGCUGUAAAAGGAUCGGCUCAGUGCUAGGUUUGAUCCUGUAUCGGGCUGCUUUUAUCAGGCUGAAGAUGUGAAUCAACAGGCUGGUUGUGCAGUAAAUCUGACACAUUUCUGAACUUGGUCUUCGUUGUGUCACCAGCCUUUUUUGUCCAUACCAGAUGUGAUGAUUCUAUCACACUGAGAGAAGAUAGAGGUGUGUCAUCCACAUUUAUGCAAAGCCCAAAGUAUCAGGAGGUUGCAUGCUCUGUGUGCAUUAUGAUCACUGGACUGAUGAGACCAUCUUUUGUGCGGAGUGUGUGAACAGCCUGUGACUCUGCAGAGUGAUGGAUGAAUAUGAGUAGUUAGCACUAGAUCAUAGUUGAACAGUCUUGCAGAUAAAGUCUGAAUUUGUCUCGACUCUUGGAUGGCUGAGUGAGUGAAUGUGGACUCAGAAAAUCCUGCAGGUACUCUUGGUUAUUCAGGAUAAUUUCUUUAUGAGGUGUAAAUGUGUUUCCUCAUGGUGUCAGUCCCCUCUGACUCUAAAUGUGUUUGUUAGAGAGGAACUACGGGCUAAUUAAUGGAGCUCAGACCUGCUCCUCACUCCUGAGCUCUGCUUUUUUUCCUUUUGACAGCUUCAUCAUUCUUUGUGGGUUUUUUUUUCUUUUAAUCCAUUGUUGAACUUUUUCUUUAGUGAAAUUUUAAAGCUCUGCCCUCCUCCUCCUCCUCCUCCUCCUCCUCCUCUUCCUCUUCACUCCAGCGUUUACUAAAAUCCACAGCAGAUUCUAGUUUGGGGCUAUGAGCGAGGGGCCACAGAUGGUGCUCCCUGCACUUUUUCUGUCUCUGCUUUUUUAUUCGGAGAUCUGAUGAAGGCAAAUUUACCCCCACCUCACUCCCCCCGCACUGCCCCUUAAAUGAUAGACGUCACCUGGCUUUGUGGACCUGAAGGGAGCCCGUCCAGUAUGAGAUGGAAGCAUAUUUUGGAAAACCAACAAAGGCAUUAAAAUGUAAACCCCCUGCAGCAUGUCUGGCUGCGGACGUGUUUGUCUUGGUGGAGAGAGCUGCUGUUGCCUUCCAUCGAGGGACGAGGCACAAGAGGAGGGCCAUGUGUGGCUUGUUAAUAUUUAAACCCCCAGUCUGCCAGGUUUCAGCAGCCGGGAUGAGGACACACACACACGCACACACACACACACACACACACACACACACACACACACACACACACACACACACACACAUCCAACCUCAUUCCCACAAUCCCCUUGAUUGCCCCCCCCACCCUCUUGGUUCCUUGGUUUUUGAUCAGUGUGGAAAUUAAACUCAGUUUAGCACUGAUUUUGAAUCUUAUUAAGGACACAACCUUAGAGCAACAUCUUCAGUGCUGGAGAGUGAAUAAUUUUGGAUAAUGGAAAUAACAGAAAAACAAAGAAAAUAUUGGAAAGUUUAUUUAAAUCCAGGGAUUGAGGACUAAAGAUGCAGUGUUGAAUUACAUCUCCAGUUUAUCCCGAUGACAAAUGUUUCUCUGCUUCAUUGGAAGAACUUCUGGACAUUUUUCAGACUCCAUUUGUAUUUCAUAUUUGGAUUAUCUCUGAAUAUUUCAGAUUCAUGUUGUCAGUGUUGCUCUAUAAAACUGAACUGUUAUCUCUUUAAGGAAAGACUUUAGUUUCUGUGUUUUUGAUCAGAGAUGUAAAACUUCAACUCAGUUUGUUUCUUUUUUGCAUUUAAAAAUAAUUAUGUCAGAAUGUAAAGAUUUCAAUUAACUUCAAAAUUGGAUUCAACAACACAUUUAUAAAAAGACGCUCCAGGUUUAUGUCUCUCAUUGUUAGUCAUCAGCUCUAGUAAACCCAAAAUCCAACCAGGUUCUGGAGUCUGGGUUCACUACAACCCACUGUUGGGGUUGUUCCUCUAUAACAACUUUUUACCUGUUUGGUUGUCUUUCUCUAUAACAACUUCUGACUGCUUUAUUGUUUCGCUAUAACAACAUUUUAAUCACAGUUUUCAUCAUCAUUUAAAAACAUCUUCACUUUUUUUUUGUAACAUAUUCAAAUUGUCUGAAAAUUUUUACAUCAAUUCUACAUCAAUCCUCCUCUUAGUUAAACUUUUUAAAGUAGCAGAACAUAAAGCUAUCUCAGGUUACGAGUCUUGGGUUGACAUUUUCACAGCUAAAGGACUCGGAAUUAGAAAUCUGGUUUGUAUAAAAACACUUUUUUGUUGUUGCUGUUCCGACUCCCUUUCAGACUCAAGUUCUUGGUUGCAUUAUGAGUAAAUUCUGUUAAAACAGAGGUCAGUUCACGAGCACCUGUCUUUAUCAGAUAUGCUCUCCAUCACAGAUCUGUGAGAUUAAUCCUCCUGAAACAGACUGACACUUUGAGAUUUGAGCUUCAGUUUUAGAGUAGAUAGAUUAUUAAGAUAUAGGUUACCAUAUGUUUUUGAAAGCCUCUGAUUGGUCAGUAUUUUGUGGCUAAAUCCCAGCUGCUUUAGUUUUAGUAUCUGUCCAUCAGGUAUCUGGGAAAGAGCAGCAGCCUCCCGUCAUUUGUUUAAUGCUUUAGUUAUCCCACAAUAUGUCCUCAAAAUCUGCUGCAUAAUUACUUAAUAAAAAGGGAUAAUCCUUCAAACGUAAGGUGUGUCUGCAAUGAUGUUAAUCAGCGUAUGGAGAGGCUAACGGCAGACCUUUCUGGAUUUGCUUGCAGCCAGUUUAGUGUCAAAGAGCGAUGAAUUAACCCUAAUUGAUUAUUGUUCAUUAUUCUAAUGAGGAGAGUAUGUGCAGAGUGUGAGGGUAUCUCUGAGCUUCACACCGGCUCAAACAGCUGCCAGGAUCCAUGAUAUGCUUUCAUUACAUUACAAACCAAUUUAGUAAAUGUAGAAGCAGCGCAAUGUGGUGACUCAUGGACCAGGAGCAGGUUCCUCACAGGUCCAUGAUUUACAGUUCUGGACUGGGUGUGAAAGUCCAGGGAUGUUCAGGAGGGCUGCUGUUUUUGAUUAGACCUUAUAAAGUCAUUCAGAUAACCAAACAUGAGCCUGCUAACCUGAGACAGAGGAGAUCCAGAAGAGACUCCUGUGGUCCUUUCAGGGUUGCAGAGAACCAAGAUAACAGGAGGGAGACAAGGAAGAAGGGGCUCAGACUGGACACUGUAAGAGAAAAAAAAAAAAAUAAUAAUAAAAAAAAAUAAAAAUAAUAAUAAUAAUUAUUAUUAUUAUUAUACCUUUAUUUUUAUAGCACUUUUAGAAACAGAGGUUAACAAAGUGCUUUGACAAAUCGUCAUGAAGCACAGGACGACGGCACACUGAAAUAAAAACAAAUAAAAACAAAAGUUCAGUUAAAACAAGGCCUCAGAAUUAUCGGCCAUUUUCAUUUGUUAUAAUGAACCCUGCAACAUAAAAUUGGACCAAGAGGACCAAAAUAAAAACAUACAAUUGGUAAGAAAAAGAAAAUACAAUAAAAAAGUGGAAGCAGAAAACAGGGUAAAAAAUAAUAAGACAAUAUUUAUCAUGAUAAUAAAAUAAUAACUAAAAAAUAAUGAUAAUAAUAGUAAUGAUGAAAUAGAAUAACAGAAAUGAGCAAGAGAAAAAAACAAUAAAAAGCCUAAAAUGUUCUAUAAGAAAAGAUUAUUUGUGUAACAAAAGCUAAAACGUCAAUAAAGCCAAAAUAAGUAAAAGAGAAAAGAGAAAACAGGGAUGAAGGGGACUUUCAAACUUAUUUUCCAAAAAUAUGUAGAUAGAGAGAAAACAGACUUUAAAACCGACCGUUUAGGGUAUCCUAACGCAGGUCAUUGACAGAUCCUGAUCUCUGUAAGUCUGAAAAGACUGUUGGACUGAUGUCAGUUUUUCUGAAACUACAGUGUCGUCAGGUUUUAUCUGACUGGAGCUGCAGCUUGGCUCUCUGAAGACUCUGUGAAACCUGUUUCAAGUGAAGGAUGGACUAGUCCUGCUCAGCCUGAUUCUCUCUCACUGAUGGACAGAGUGUCAGCCCGUCUCCAGCUGUCCUGCAGGAAAAAGUUGGACAUCAGUAUGUGAAGUGUCUGACACCUGACAAAUGUCCCUGUCAAUGUCCCUGUCAGGCUCUGCUUCGCUCUGCACAUCUGAAAACCCCGGUGGAGGCAUCUUGUCUUUGAGUGGAAUCACAUUGUGGACAACCUGCUCCUCAGGUGUCAUGUCACCCACUGUUGUCAUUGGCGACCCUGUCAGGGAGAGGUGGAGAUGUGCUGUGUUUAUCAGUGUGUUUUAUUCCUUUAUAUCUAUGCGUGUGUGUGUGUGUGUGUGUGUGUGUGUUUGUGUGUGUGUGCAGUCACUGAUCUUCCUCUCAGACGUGGCUUGAAGCCGAGCCGAGCCUCCUCCUCUGCAUCUCAUUGGAGCUAAUUAACUCCUCAGGACUUUAUGAUUGGGGGGAUUGCUUGGGAGCGCUGAACCCCAUCCAAUUAAUUAAGAGCUAAACGGGCAGCGGCACUCGCCCCAAAGACUCCCCUGUCAACAAGUUGACUUUCAGCUUUUCUUUAUUUUGCACGUGGGGCCCCUGAUGUUGGUUUACAAGCAGAAUCCUUGUAAUCAGUAGUCGGUAGGGCGAUGGGGGCAUGUCUCAGUCACAGAGCAGCCUGGCAACAGCAGCAGCAGCAACAGCUUCUCCGCCUUGCAACCAGCUCAGGGACGUCUCUGUUUGACUCAGUCACCUGUCACGAAUCACCUCUGUCAGCCUGGUCUCCACAUGAUCUGAGCUUGUGUGGAUAUUUGUGUGUGUGUGUGUGUGUGUGUGUGUGUGUGUGUGCAUGUGUGUGUGUGUGUGUGUGUUUUUGUCCCUUGUGGACUUUGUGCUGACACUUUUUUGUUUUUAAUGUUUAUCUAGGUCAUCAAAGACCCGCCGCCACCUCCUCCACCCUCCCGUCCUCCUCCACCUGUGAGUACAUCAGAGUGCUUUUAUGAUACCUGAAUACUCAUGUUUACAGGGAAACAGAGUUCAGAUUUGGAGGGUUUGUUGGAUUAAAACAGGCUUCAGUUUGAUUCACGCUUUCUAAACCUGAGAUCUGGUUCUUACUGUUUGGGUUUCAAACACCUGGAGGAUACUGAGAGUUUGGAUUCAGAGUCUGUUUCAGAGGCUGGCAGCAGGAAAACAGGCUGUCAGGUCUGCAUCAUAAUCCUCUAAUCAAUCACAGUGUGACGUUCUGGUUUUGGUGUCUGGCAGGCUUGGAUUAGACCCCCAAAAGCACCAAAGUUCUGCAUCAAAACAAUGUUUUUUUAAAGGUUGAGGAUUCGAAAUGGUUAUCAAGUCUCUUAGGAUUACACUGGAACCAGUCCAGUAUUUUUAAGGUAGACUUAGGUGGUCAAGGUACCUAAAAACAAAGCACAGAUACAGCCGUGUUUAUGAAGCUGAGAUAGCAGACUCCUGUCCACUACACUGAAGGAAGAUAGGCUCAGAGAGAAAAAAAAGACCUUUCUAUUGUCAUGUGUAAAAAAGCAGCUCACAGGCGAGACCUGAAAAAGACCGGCUCUGAUGAAAAGAGUCAUACACGGUUAUUUUAGAAAAGCAGACCAGAUCAGAGAGGAGAAUGAACCAGUGGUGCAGGUCUUCAAGGGUCGGCAUGUUUCCUCCAGAAUCACUCUUGAUGCUAAGCUAGGCUAACUGACUUCAAACGUCAGAACUCAAAGGACAGAAAUGACACAUUCAGGACACGUUCAACUAUUAGUAAUAAUAAUUAUUAUUCCAAACAAGAAAGAGAGAAAUUUUCAAACUGGGGGUUAUUCUCCUGAAACAGGUCUCCAAGUUUCUGUCGGUCUCUCAGAGAAAUUGACACACAAACAAGCAAUUUUUUUUUUCUAUGACCUUUUAUUUGUGUGUUGCAUAAGCUGUUUGUUAUUUCAGGAAAAUUAUAUCACUCCAUCAUAUAAAUCUGACUCAUGUAUCUGUCAUCACAAUAUGCACCAACAGGUUUUAGUCUUUAAUAAGCACUCGCUUUAAGAAGCUCCCUCUGUGAGACCGGAUUCAGCAGGAUUAGAAAUGCUAAAGUAGAUCAUUGAGGGUGUUUUUUAUGAAGUGAUGAAAUCCUCAGAAAAACAUUCAUCGUCUUAAUUCUGCAGCCGCCAGCCUGUAACUAAGAACAGUAAUAUACAUGAUUGUGACUGUCCCCUCUUCCUCUCUCAUUUUUCACUCUGUUCAUUUCUCCUCUGAAGGAACCAGAGCCGCUGUCCAAGAAGAAAUGGCCGACUGUGGAUGCCUCAUACUAUGGAGGACGAGGAGCAGGCGGGAUCAAACGGAUGGAGGUAAGAGCCUGAAUAACAUGCUGGGUUGAGGAGCAUGCACACUUGUAGCACUGGCACAAACACACAUUAGGAGCAUCAGCUUUGACCCAGAAACCUCCCUUAUGCUGUCUCUGUGUGACAGGGUCCUGACCUGAGUCCAUCAGCACUUUGAGAAGUCUGAUCAGUGCGGCCUCGUUAUUGAGAAACUGCAGAAAGAACAUGCACACUAGGCUGCAGUUUUCUGCUGACAGGUUGACUCUGACAUAUAACUCAGCUCAUUUAUGAAGGGGAUUAUUACAUCCUGCUGCAGGAGAUUGUUUUCAUACCUGAGCUAAAAACUAAAACAACUGGUGUAGAGAUUUUAAAACCACUGAAUCCUUCGGCACCACAGACUAAAUAUUUAAAGAUGCUGAAUGAGUUCCAGCUCUUUUACACAUCAAACUUAAGAGCUCCUGCUGCUCACACAAAGAUUCACAUCAAAGUCAAAACUGCAGACUUCACAAACUUUCAAUGUUCAGAACUAUCUCCACUGUUUUAAGCGAUUUGAGUCCAGCUUUGUUGUGAAAUUAAAAGAGUUAAAUGACCACAGGAAUCAGGUAUCCAGGGUUAAACCACAGUUAAUGGAUGAGAUCAGAUCAGACCCAUCCUUCAGAACUGAACUCAAACUGAAACCACAGAUGGCCUGAGGUGGAGCAGGUUUUGUGAAACCUGCUGACAGUCUGAAUUUCUCUGAAGCUACAAGUUUGUCGACUCAGAGGAAGAUGAGGAGGAGGGGCAGCGGCGUGAUGGACAGAUGGACAGACCCGAGCCGCUGUCCUCGUCAGUCUGCCGAUGUCUCUAACAUGACAGGCCCUGCCAUCUUGUCCUUGGCCGUCCGGCUCCUGAUUGGAUCAAGUCGUAGCUGAGAUGAAGGAUUGAGUGCUGCUGUCAACUUGAUGUACCACCUCCCCCCCCCUCCUCCCUCUUCAGCUCCCAAACCUUGGCACAGUGUCUCUGAUCCGCCUCCUCUGAGGGGAGUCCAGCUUUAAAGGCGAGCUCCCUCCUCUUUCUCUCCUCACUGUUUGUUGUACCCCUCUUGCCGCUCCUUAGCCCUGAGGAUGUUAGUGGUGAUGCCGGGAUUUCCCAGAAUCCUCUGGGACUUCCUACCUCUUGACUUUUCCCUGUGGUGUUGGUGAAGCGUGAGGCCCCCUGCUCUCUUCUUCUUGCAGCAGGUUGAUUCUUGACGACACUUCCAACGAUGUGUUAGAUCAACCUGCUCUCCUCUGAAGCAGCAUUUAAGAUGCCACGCUGAGAGGAAACCACCUCCGCUGCUUUGCCACUGCCAAUAUUUCAAAUGCAUACCCAGGUGACAAUGUUAUCUUUUAUUCAUGGCUGCCCUCUUUCUCUCUUCUUGAAGCAGCAGGCCAACAAUGGAUCCAAGGGAUGAUUCUGAAAAGCUGUUCUAUAUUGUCGUGGCUUAACCUACAGCUUGGAAACGGUGUUGCUAAUUAAUCAGCUCAGCCCGCUCAUGUGACAGAGAGUUCUUUAUCUCCUCCUUCCAACAGAUGUGAUGAAUUCAAUUAAAAAGCAGGACAGCUGAACUGACACACAGAGGCAUGCCUAUGCACACACUAAGGCACACACAUACACUGACACACUCUGAGAUACACUGACACACUCUGAGACACACACUGACACACACGGACACUUAGAUACAGACGCUGACACACGCACUGAUACACAUACUGACAAACAAAGGCAAUAACACUGACACACAUACUGACACACACUGGCAAACACAGACAAUAACACUGACACACAUACUGACACACUCUGAGACACAUACUGACACACACACUGACACACAUGGACACUUAGUUAGAUAAAGACUCUGACACACAAACACACUGACACAUUGACACACACACUGACAAAAACAGCAAAUUUCACUGACACACAUUCUGACACUCUGAGACACACAUGGACACUUAGGUAGCUAAAGACUCUGACACACACACACUGACAAACACAGACAAUUUUACUGACACACUGAGACACACAUACAGAUACACACUCCGACACACACAUACACAUUCUGACACACACUGUAACACAGGCCCAUGUUAACACACACUGACACACUUUAACACACACUGAAACACAUUCUGACACACACUGAAAAACACGCCCACAUUUACACACACUAACAGACACUGAAACACACACUGACAAACUCUAAGACAAAAACUGACACACACAAUGACAUACAGGGCUCUAUUUUCGUGCGCGCCGGUGAGGCGGCGGAGGGCGGCGAGCCCCGCGCAGUUGUAUUUUCGUCUGGCGGAGCCCAGCGUAAGGCCAAUUUGGUAUUUUCGUGGCAUGAGCCGCACGGAGGCGAGCCGAGAUCCGCCAAGCUGGGCGUGGUGGUGUGGCAGGGGGAGGUGUCGACAGAAUCAGCAGGCGCAGUGACAUUUUCGUGCUCGCCAACGGCGUGUAAAGUGCGCUGAAAGCUCGCCGAUUCAAACCUGGUCAGCUUUCAGCGCAAGGCGGAACGCAGCUGGUCUGGUAGUAUUUUGGUAGACCGGCGGCGUAUCGACAUACGUCACUGAUGCCUCACCGGCAGGUUUCCACAGUGUCAGGCACAUUUCUGUGCAAUAAAUAAUCAUCAUCAACUAUUAAUCUGAGUCAGCACAUAUAUUUAGAUCUAUAUCGAUAUAUUCUGAUCUAUAUCUGAUCUGAUUAGCGCGUUUGGCACGCGUUUGGACACACAACCUGACCGAAUCAACACAGCUGAAACCGCAUCAAAUUAAAUUAAAUAUCUAGUAAAUAAACACACAUGAUGAAGUUAACAAGAUAUGUAAUUCGUCUCCCUCCUUUUCUUUCUUCCUCUUCCUCUUAUUUCUCGCACAGCUCGACCUGGACACGUCUCCGUGUCCUCUGUCCGUCUUGCUGCUGCUGCGGCUGAACAGAUGAUUUGUUUCAGUGCUCAGAUGCGUUAUCUACUUUAAGCCGACAUACGGAUAUUAUAAUAUUCUGUUUUGUGAGCCAAAUUUAUUUUAUAUGCCAACAUCUAUGAAAGAAAGAGCCAGGCCACGGAGCGCGAUGCGUCAUUUACGCACAGAUGGUUCCGAUUUUAAUGCCAUUUUUGGAGUUUAUGUUGUGAUCUGUGCGCUCAACCCACCUUUGUCACGUGAGGUUUGAAUAUGAGCAACUUUAUGUGAGUGUCUUUAUUUGUGGAAAAGGGCGUUUGUCUUACCAGUGGGUCCAACAUUACGCACACUAAAUCCAUCUGUGCUCAUAUGAGAGAGUGUGGAGGACACUUGUUGAGGAGCUGCCCUCUGUCGCCAUCUUGUGGCAUUACUGUCUUAAGACAUCUCUUGAUCUCUUUGACUACUUCAUGAAAAUAGUAAUACGCCUCGCCGGUGGUGGAUUUAAAGGCAAGGAGAGGAGCCUAUGUGAUUGGUGAAAACAGGUCUCGGCUGUGUUAAACCCACUAUACGGCCUUUCUCCUCCCAGUCUACGACUUAUGGUGCUGGGAGGAGCUGAGUUAGGGAGGGGGGAUACUUACGCCGGGCUGCGCGGCUCACCAAAAUACCAAAAUGUGCUUGGGAACGCCUUGUCAGCGCGGCGGAUCUGACUGACGCUGCGCUUGCGGCACGUCUCCGGCGAGGCACCAAAAUAGAGCCCACAGACACUAACACUCUGACACACCCUGACAUACACUGAUAUUUUUACACUUACACUUUACACUUACACACACUGACACGCAUUCACACUUUGACAUGUACUGAUGAUCUGAUACAUGUAUUGACAAACACAGACACACACUGAAGUACAAACUGACACAUUCUGACAUACACACUGAACAGUCUAGGACACACACUGACAAACUUUUGUGCACAACCACGGAUAUACUCAGACACACUGACACAUUCACUGAUUUAGACUCACCCACACAAACACACACUGACAAAUUCUGACACACAUAUUGACACACACAGACACACACUCUGACACACUCACUGAUACACUCUAACAAGCACACCGACACACUCUGGCACACACACUGAUACACUCUGACACGCACACUGACACACACUGAAACACACUCUUACACACUCACUGACACACACUGACACACACUCUGACAUGCACUCUGACACACACACUGAUGCAUUCUUUGAUAUACAGGCCUACAUUGACACACACUGACACUCACUGACACACAAACCAAUUCAUACUUUUACACAUAGGCCUACUUUAACAAACACUGAGGCACACUGACACACACAGACACACACAUUGACACACUCUGACACAAGGACACACUGAUGCACUCUGACACACAUACUGACACACACUGAUGCACUCCGACACACACUCUGACACACACACACACACACUGACAUGGUAAUGAUGAGCUGCCCCACUUUUAAACGUUCUCACCUGGAUAUUUUUUUCUGCUCUUUACCUAAUUAUCAUUGUUUUCAUUGGUUCCCUUGUUACACUGAAGCGCCUCAAAAUGAAUGCCUCUCUGCCUGUUACAGCUGUGGUCACAUUAGGGUUCAGGCUGUCUGUAUGUCAAUCAUCUGCCAGUCUUCAAACACGUACAUGAAAAGCCUCAAAAAUACAGCUUCAAAUUCAGCAACUGGAACAAAUCUGCGACUGUGUGAGUCAUCGGCUGUUUGCUUUUUGGUUCAUGGUCAAUGCAGAGGGUCAUUGGUAUGAAAACAGCUGACAGUAUCAGAACCAGCAUAUUAAAAACACUGUGAAACGUUUUUUCCCUAUCACAACAACAACAAUCACCACCAGGCUACAGGUGCAUUUUCCUUUGAAACUCUUAAGGUCUCAACAGUCUCAAAUUUGAGACACUAACAGUCUGAAAUGCUCUCAGAGCUGACAUUAUUCUGAUACUUGUCUGGAAUCAAAAUUAGAAUGAGCUCUUAUUGUCUCCUAAACUGUCCCUCUGGUUUACUUUUUCAGGUACGCUGGGGUGAGAGGGGCUCCACUGAGGAGGGGGCCAGACUGGAGAAAGCUAAGAACGCUGUGGUGUCAAUGCCAGAGGAGGCAGAGGAGCCCAUGAUCAACCGUCCCAAACCAAAGCCUGGCCCCACCUACCACCAGAACCAGAACAAAUGGUACACCCCCAUCAAGGUAAGAGCUACACCCUAACAUCUGCAGGUCACUCAAGAGCCUUUUACCAUGAAGAGACCCUAAAUUUUUCAUUUUGAUGAACAUGUCUCAAACUUUUCAUGGAGCUCUGCCCACAUUACAUCAGCUGUUCCACAUCAGUUUAAGGCCUUGUCCACACAUAGCCAGGUAUUUGCUAAAACAAAUAAAUAUGUAUCAAUUUUGACCUGCCAUUCACAGGAAACCGCAGGGUUACGUCAUUAAAAACUGUGCUUUUGGAAAAAACUCUGGCCAAAGUGAAAAUUUUUGGAAACUCUGGUUUUGUGUUUGUGUGUGGACAUAGAUAACCAGAGUUUUAAAUCCCCAAACAUCAGUGUCUGUGACAACUAAUAGAUAAACAUCAUAUACUAUGCGCCUUUCUUUAUAUCGGGCAGUGGACAGCACAGAUAUAUACAGAAUAUAUAUUUUUGUGAAGAGCAAAGGAGAAGGAACACUUUGCAGUCAGUUAUUCUACACCAAAUAACACUUCCUCCACCUUUCUUGUGUCUUGUUGACUUUCUACUCCAAAACGAUGCUGAAAAGUUAUUCCACCUCUUUGUUGGUCCGAACGAAUGAACUGCAUGGUGCUAUGUUUCAUGUUUGGAGAAGUGACGACGUGAAAGGGAAGCUUCCUCUGAUUAGAUAGAAUUAGAUAGAAACUUUUUGGCAAACACUACCAUCUCCAGGUCUGUCAUGCUUAUAACUGUGGUCAAUAGCACACUUCUACGGUUUUGUGUGGAUGAGAUUUUAUUUGACUACGAUGAUGUGUGUAAGUGACCUUUUUUUUAAAAAGAAGGGGCUGGAUAUUCAUUUAUAAAAAAUACCUGGCUACGUGUGUACAAGACCCAAAACCUCAAGGCCGUCCCUCAGUGAUAAAGAACAUUUGUUGUCACAAGACUUUAAUUAGUACCCUCAAAAAUGUCCUUGAAUUUGAAGGUAGCGCUGGGAUUGGACUACUUUUCUCUAACCUGUACACACUUUAGGACCUCAGUGACUAUGCAAGAAAAACUUGGAUCAGGAGAACCCUUUAAGAUUCUUGUAAAAGCUCCUGUGCCUCAUAGUUCUUGAUGCUUUGAGUGAAAAAAAAAGAGAAAAAAAAGGAGUUGUCAAGGCUUAAUUCAGUAUUUUCACAGCUGAGCUUGAAUAACUUAUUUCUUUCAAUCAGGGUCGUCUGGACACUUUCUGGGCUUUGCUGCAUCGACAGUACGACCGAGUGUCCCUCAUGAGACCCACAUCUGAAGACAAGGUAGGUCACAGAGAAGCCCCUCCCUGUCUUGAAGCUUGUGAUACCUGGUAGAUAUUUACAGCUUGAAAUACUCUGAUGAUGGAGAAAACCUGCAGAGACAUUCAUGGCUUAGUAAAAAUAAGAGUGAUGGUGUUUUUUUGACUGCAGGGGUGUGUAGGACUCAGGAAACCAGAGUCAGUCUUGUUUUUAGAGGCUUCAACUUACUUCUUGCAGGGAAUGAGUCAAAGUCUGUUGGCAGUUUCUCACAUUCAGAGGUAAAAAUAGUUAAAUUUGCAUUAGUCAGCUCUGUGAAUGGUACUAUUAUAAAAGCCAUAAUCCUCAGCGUGACUUCAUUUGAUUAUUUUGGUCUUUGUGUAAAUUCUUUGAGUCACAGCUGAGAGCAGAGCUGAGCUACAGUACAUCUGUGCACAGGAAGCUGCUGGCAGCCCUUAGCAUUGUGUUGUUGUUGUUGUUGUUGUUGUUGUUGUUGUUACCUAACUGUGCCGAUGAGAGCUGCAGCUGCAGAGGCUCAUUGGAGGAAGCAUGACAGAGACAACCUAAUAUGGUCACACUCUGGACAUGUUAACCUCUGAGGAAACAAAUCUACUCUACAAACCAACACUCUGAAACCCGAUGCCCUGCAGGCGGUUAGAGGAGCACACAGCCCUCAAACUACUGCCCAAUCAGAGUUAACCGGAAGAUUUUAGAUGUUUUGAUCCACACCAUCUCCUGCUGACACUCAGAUUCAGGCUGAAUGUGGAACUGAGGGGCGGAGAUUAGGAUUGGUGUUUUUAGAUGUUACUGAGUGAACUAUGGUUCCACCACCGGCAGGCCUGACUGCGGUGGUGAGACUUCUGAUCACUUUCACCUCACUGUGGUCAGAGAAGGAGAAGCAUGAAAGUUUGAGUGUUUCACAGAAGGACUCCAGGCUGCAGAUGUCUCAGGAGGAAGAAUGUUUGCUGCUCUGGAGAACAUGGAAAACACCGAGCUGCAGAGCCAGCUGUGAGCCUGCCAGCUGUUCCUCACAGAGCUGUUCAGUCAAAUCAGAAGGAACAAGUAGAAAUCAACAUUAUUAAAGGGUCAUUUCAAAGGUUAUUUCACUUUGCACUGGGUCAGAAUAUCAGGAGAAAGAGUGGUAAUGGGUCCAGUACAUAUUGUUGUUUCUGGUACUGAAACACUAUGACAUGAUAAUGAGACAGAUUUGAGAUCAGGUUUUUCUUUUGUUCUGGUUCCACAGAUCAGAUCAAAAAUCAGUGUUAUGACUUAAUGGGCACUGUUAUCUUUUCAAAAAAGUGUGCUUCAUCUACUAAGAGCAAAUAACUGCAGUGAUAUACACUUUUCAUUGUGGACAACACUAAAGCUACAGGUUUUUCUGAGGUGGUCAGGUUUAAGGUUCUCUCUUAUGCAGACAGGUUCCUCCAGGUGUGACUCUUUAAGACUCACUGCUGUCAUCAGUGGUAAACAUGUUGAGGUCCAUGACUUACCUCUAUCUAAGUGAAUAACAGCUGACCAAUAACAGGCGUAUAGAUAACUGCUGGUUCAUACGUUUGUCCACCAUGCUAGGUCAGAGGUCACUGAGUGGUUUGCUGAGCUGUGAGCUGUUUCUUCAUUUGCAGGAUUUUUUUUUUUUUGCUUGUGAGUUUUGAUUUGUCUUUAAGUUCAUCUUCUCUGUGAGUAAAGUAGUCUAUCUAUCAGAAGACUCCAGCAGCCAGUUAAGUUGUUCAGUUCACCUGCACAGGUGUAAUCGUGGUCUGACAGAGGAUGACUCGCUGCUGUUGUGGCAGUGGACAUGUUGCUUAUCUCUCUGCAAAUAGAGGUGAAGACUGGUUUUGUGAAAACAUGAAUAACUGACAGGUGUGGGUCUGUCUGAGCAUCAAACCAACAACGUUUCAAACACUCAUAUUUCAUCAUACAGAACAACAAUAAAAAGGUUUCAGUAAAAACAUGAGCAUUAGUCUGAGUCUUCCUUUGUAAGUUUGAUUGAUUCUGGGAUGCAUCAGAUUCGCAGGACCUUUUCCUAAUCACACAUAUGGAUCUAAGAGUCUUCAACUUAACUCCAUUUAAAUCAGACCUGAAAACCACAAACUUUCAAACCAGCCUGGAUCAGGUUUUACCUUUAAAGUGGACAUCUUCAGUAAACCAGAGCACUUUUUGCCUGCCAGUGUCAGACCUGUUUUUCUUCUUGAACUGAGGCCAAAGGGACAAAAGUCUGAUGUGAUGUGUUUCAGCUCCAUGAUGAAUUUUUAACCGUGGGUUAAAUGGGUUGCUGUUGUUUUGUUGUGCUUGGAGACUUCGGGACGGAGCCAGACUUUUCAUUAGGAGACCAAAACUGCAUAUUUUACUCCUGUUUGCUCUAAUGUGUUUCAUGUUGCAAUGACAACAAUUCCCCUGUCUGAUAUUCAUCCAACUGUCUGAAUUAGAAACAAAACAUUCUCUGAACACAUCAUGGCUGCUUCUCCUGCUGUGUCAAGGAUGAUAGAUGUUCCCACACAUGAGGUCACCUCCAUUGCUCCGAGCAAACAUAGCAGAGAGUGAUUUCCUCCGGUGAGAAAGCAGCGUGUCAGAGCUCUGAGGAGGGAGGGGGAGGAGGAGGAGGAGGAAGAGCUGCCAGCGAAGCCCUCCCUUCAUUCACAUGCUGCUCACCAUGCCAAACUCUGCUUUUAAGUCUUUGAUCAAGACCCACACAGCGGACACAAGAGGGAAUCAAACAGGAGGCCAUGGAGCCUGUGAGCAUUUGAAGUCACAUCUUAACAGAGCAGGAGGAAGGACAGCUUCACUUCAUGGAUCUUUAACUGAGUCCUCUGUUUUCCUACAGGUCUGCAUAUUAGUGAGUGUGAACCACAUCUCACUUUGGCUUCACUAACUCAAACAGGUCAACAAUGAAGCUUCAAAACAUCCAAUAUGACAGGUCUGUGGUUUAAGGUUUCAUGGACUAUUGUAAGAAUCUUUUCAGCAUGGGUGGCUGAGUCUAAAUCAUCGGUCCGAUUUUCACUGACCAACUGUUUCCUAACAGACAGAAAGGGGACACGUGUUCAACACAUCCUUCCUCAUAGUGGUCUUGAUAAAGGCUGUGGCCUCUGAUGCAGUUUCCAUGUACCAAUAACAUCACCAAGACCGCUGUGGACUUUGUUAACUGGAUCUCCUUCUUUGGUCCAGACUUAACUGGACUCUUGAAGAUUUGCUGGUCCAGCUGUUGUCAGCUCUUUUCCAGACCUCCUUUCAAGGAACAAGACUUCUCUGAGAUCUCUCAGUUCUGCUUAAUCUUUCAUUAUCAACCAAUCUCAGAAGCAGCAUCUGUUCUGUUUCAGGGUUAGUGUCCGGGUUACCCUUUGACCUCUGAUGUACACCCAAGAUCAGAUUAACCUUAAUUCAUCCCACAGUGGGGAAGUCUGCAGUGUUUACAGCAGCAAAGAAUCAGCACAGCAAACAGAGAAGAAGUACACUCGUCAUGCAUGCAGGCCUCUGUUUACGGGCAGCAUCUGUGUUAAAGCACCCUUUGGCACCAGUUUUUAGGUCUCUUUAAGGAUCCAUUUUCAGGUACCUUUUCUUUUUCUACAUUAAUUAGAACAUAGAGGUCUCUGUUCAGAGGUACCCCUAUGCAGUUUUUGUUUCACUGUACCUGGCAACAUUUGUCGAUGGUUAAACUUUGACCUUUUUUCAGGGGACCAUUUUAGCAUCUGUGUCAGGGUACCUCAGUGUCAGGUGACCUUUGGGGGUUUCUGGGUAAUAUUCAAUAGUUGUUGUUCAUUCAGGGGACACCAACUGUUUCAGAGUACCUCUUUAUGUUUUUUGGACACUAUUGUGGUUUUGGGGCACUAUGGGUUCUGUGAGGACAUGGUGCUGUUUGUAUUUGAAGGUGUCUUUAAGUUUGCUAUCCUUCGGGCUGUUCGUACCUAAUUCAGUCUACCUUGGGUGUACGUUUUGGAGUCCCCCUCUUUUUGUAGGUGUCUCUGCUAAUUUCUUCUAUUUCAGGACUUCCAGCCUGUCCAGUGGUGGUGCAGGUGUAUUUAUUUGUUUCAGUUUGUCAGAAAAGCUCGUUCUGUUGCUCCCACAGCUUGGAUUUAUAUCCAUGUAUCUGUCCUGACAUGUUUAUUUCUUAAUCCAGGGGUCUCCACCUUCACCCUCAGUCUUAUUUUGGGCUGAAGCAUCAGACAUAGAGGAGUCCGAACUGUCCACUGGGAGGUGAGGUAUAGAUGGCAGAGUGGGCAGCGGCAGCACAGAGAAGAGAGGAGAGGAGAGGAGAGGAGCAGCAGAGGGAGGGAGGGAGGGAAGCAGUGAGGGGAAGGGGAGGGAGGGCAGUGGUCUUUGAUGGCGGACAGGAAACCUCCAGGGUCAUGAAUUUUUCAGCGAGCUUCAUCCGCUGGGUUACAAGGACUCGUACAGGUGUAAGGAAGCAGGUUGUCGCAGACAUCUGUUCAGCACGGGGACCCUGGUGUCCAUGCCUCCCUCCCUCCCCUCUUCCUCUCCUUCCAUCCUCCCUCCCUAGGCAGUCUCCUCUCCUCACCCCCUCCUCCGUCCCUACCGCCCAGAGCAGAGCUGCUGGAUCGUCAGCAGAUGCAGAAGAGAGACAGAAAAUGAGAGUGGAACAGUUUUUUUUGUGGUCUCACAUUUAGCGCCCGAGGGCCUCCAACACCAAAGGUAGAGCGGGGGUGGACACAGCUGCAGCACCAAACUCGCCCCAGGCACAAAUAAAGAGAUCUGAUGUGGUUUGACUGUGUUGUGGGUGAGAGCGGGGAGCCGGGGAGGCACUUCAGAGCCAACUUAGCACAGCAACAUCUGCCGCCAAGUUUUCCCCGGGAUCGGCUGGGGACAGCAGGUAGAGGAAGGUGGCAGAGAGGGAGGGGGCCUGGGUUGGCCUUAUUCUGGGGCUGGCUCAGCCUCCCUUUGAAGAGGCAGUGCAUGCACGCAUUUGUCUGAAAACCUCCUGUCUUCUCAUUUAUGGCCUCUUGACUUCACACUCCAGGUAUUGUUUUCCGAGCAGCUGUCCACUGACUGUCCAGACGAGUGUGUGAUGAAUGAUGCACAACUUUACAUUACACCCUCUGAGUCCGCCUACAUACUGAGACUCAGAGGGCUAAAGCCAGACUGCUAUAGUCCCUCUAAGUCCGUCCAUUUGUUCCUCUCUUUCUCAUCUUUCUCUCAGUGGGGGGAUGAGUGGGCUGAGUGUGCUGCUGUGUAAAGGUUAAUGGUAUUAUCACAUGGAUCUGCUGGAGCAUAUUUGCAGUACAAUAACAUGUCUUUUUCUCAUUGUUUUGUGGGGGAUUGUUCUUCUUCACUCUUGAAAUUUUCCAUAUAAAAUUGUAAUCAUGUGAUUGUCAUUGAUCCCUCCCACAUCUUGGUCUUUGCUCAGGACUUAAUUUUUUCUUGACUUCUGCAAAGAUCCCACUGAAACUAUAGUAAAAGUCCCCCCAGCUCUUCUGUCCUUCUGUUUCCAACGUGUGUGAAAACUGUUCAGCUAACAAGUGCUGACAAAAAAGGGGGAUCGUGAAAAUGGUCCUCUUGAAGGGAAUACUUUGCUUUAAAUUGCUGUUUAGAUUUCUAUUUUCCUUUUAGACGAUACCUGCUGUCAUUUGUCCUGAUUUAGUAACUACUGCACACAGAUGUCGGUGCCUGCUAACCUGUACAAACAAAGAGUCCCUUUAAUCCACAGAGCAAAAGGUUAAAUGCUCGACAAACCGAUCACCUUUUGUGCAAAAGAGCCUCUGUCUGAGUCUGUUCAUAAUGUUUACAUGUUACUAUUUGAAUAAUAAUCUGUCUGGUGCUUCCUGUGGCUCAGUCUCACAAAUACCAACACAACUAUCACAUUCAACAAUACAUUAGCAAUACACCUCUGAGUCGUGGGCGGUAGUGGUGGGCAAAACCGUUCAUUUCAGUGAACCGGACCAUUCCGGGUCGUUCAGUAAAAAGACCUGUUCAUUUCGGUCAUUUCAGUCAUUUCGGUCAAUCGGUCGUUAGUCAGUCCGUUCGUUCAUGUUGUUCACGUUCGUUCAGACGCUGAACGAACGGACUGACUGCACUUCAGACUCAACAGCGCAACAACAUGUGAUCUUGAAAUCUGAAGCAUUACACCCCUCCAGAUCUGACGUUGCGAGCGUCUCAGCUCCCCGGUCCGACGAUACGACCCCCCCACGGUCCUGCCUUAUAGUUUAUUUUAUUCAGUACAUCCCGUUGCGUUCACAAGUCGGUCGGCUAGUGACAGGCUGACAGCACCUCGCAGAGAGUGAACGCUUGUACUCAGUCAGUCUGAGAGUCGGUCAAUCUCUCGGUCAGACCGAGCUGACUGAAAAGACAGAGACCGAGUCGGUCAUCGGUCCGGGUCUUUCAGUCAACUCGUUCAUCGGUCCGGAUCUUUCGUUCACUCAGUCUUUCAGUCAACUCGUUCAUCGGUCCGGGUCUUUCGUUCAACUCGUUCUUUCAGUCAACUCGGUCAUCCCGGUCUUUCAGUCUGCUCAGUAGUACUGCUUCUGCUUCUCUAAGCCCCACCCACACACAGAGGCGUGACGAUAAGAUAAGACAGGCAAGCACGAAGAUAGUCCCUCUUGAGCCAAUCAAAAGAACUGAACAGACUGAACGGGUCAUUUAGGGGGGAUGACCUCGUUCAUUUUGUUCACCAAAAAGAACUAGUUCUUUUGAUCCGUUCGUUCAAGACCGACACACCACUAGUGGGCGGAGACAGCGCUGCUCCUUACCCUUCUCUUCAUGCUAGCUUGUAGCCUAACAUUGCCGGUAUAGCAGAAGUGGCAGGUAAUAAAGAAACUAUUCUUCUCUCAAACAUGAAGGCAUGGAACCCGCUACCACGCAGACUCUGGCCAGCAGAGCAGGGCUUGGAUUUGUAGAGAGUCCCACUUAAUCCACUCAGACAUGUCUCCAGUAAAACACCCUUGAACAAACCAAACAGUUAAACACAUCUGAGCCUGUUGUCUCUUUUUCAUCGGCUGGUGUAUUCCCCCUCAUCCCUCGGUGCCCAGGCUGCGACACCGUCUUAAUUUAACAGCAGUCGAUCAUGCUGGGAAGCUGCUGUGGGAGUAUUUAAGUAAGUGACUAUGAGCAGAGGGACAAAGACACCAGCCCGGGGAGUCCUCUGUGUUGAAGGGAGGAACAAGGGAGCAUGGAUGGCUGUUAUAAAAAAAGCGAGGACAUGUCUGGCAUAAGCCAAGGGCUAGCGAGGGUCGAGGUGACAGGCUGCUCUCCUGGUGUGGCCUGGCAUGGCUCAACAUGGCCGGGCGGUCCUUGGAGGUCACAGAAAGACAUGCUGGAGUUUGUUUUCUCCUCCUCAGAGGCACCUGAGGUUUGCAGCAGGUGAUAGUUUGCAUGAGAAUGAAGCCAAAGUCAACCGUACAGCAUGGAUGGUUGAGUUUUUCCGUCAGUAGUGGAGGGUGUACGUGUUGCAUUUUCACAGACAUGAGUAUAAUAAGUGUAAAUAGACAGGACUAUUUCUGAGACGAUUGGCAGCUUCUCUCUGGCCUCGACACUGCAAUUUUACAUUCUGACACCAUGUCACAUUUUGUCGGAAGUCUUCUGCAGCUCAAGUUUCUCUGAGUUUCUCUCAAUGGCAGAUGGUUGAUGGGGAAAAAAAUAUAUUUCCAAUAUGUUUAUUAUCUCCAGAAAAGUAAGAGAGUAAAAGUUUGAUUAGUGAAUCGUCCUGGUAACAGAAACCAAGGAGGAUUCUGGGAAAUAAAGUUUUUUUUAUCCUCUUUCUGUGUAAACUGAAAUUAGACAUAAGUGAAGGGUGAGAGUUAACGACCAUUAAAGAUUUCAGUCACAAAUAAACUGUCAGCUUUUAUCACAUUAAACAUCAAUGAUGCCGUAAAAUACGUCAGGUAACAGCGUGUGACCGCGCUGAUGACCAUCCAUGAGAGGAGGACUGUGCUCCUCCUGCUUUUGCUCUCCAAACAGACACUGCAGCCUGCUGACACCUGACUGGUCCAAACUUUGAGGACUAUGAACAGAAACUAGAGCUUCUCUCAGACCCUGACAUAUAGAUUCUAGGUUUUUAUGCAUGCCGUAUGAUCAGCAACCAUCUGUAGCCACCAUACUGGUUAUACUGGUGCAUCAGUGUGUUAGUGGGUGGACAUGUCAUAUGGACUCAAUCCAAACAGAAAUGGACGCCUCUCUGAGAAGUGGAAGACUCAUGCCCUGAGCUGCACAGUCACCCAUUCAGAUGAAGCAGUGCAGAGAUAGCAUGUGGAUGAAGAAGAUGUUGUAGAAUAUCUAACCGUGUACUGAGCUGUUCAUAAUCCAUUCAGCAGACUGUUUAUUCAGCCUCUUACAUACAUUCAGCAGUUCCUUUCUCUGCAGCUUUACUCUCCUGAUCUCUGGAUGUAAAGCGGAGCAAACAUUUGCCGGGUAUUGUUAGAAAAAAGUGUAAACAGAUGCACACAUACUCAUCCUUUCACGCUUCCUGUUUGUUGAUCUUAUCUUGUCGUAUUACAAUGCCACACUGAAUAUGGUGAAAACAUCUUUCCUGAAGCUAAUAAAAGCCGUCAAACUGCGUUGUUCAGUGUUAAAAGCUCUAGAAGAGCCAAAAGAUGACGCAUCCUUUAAGGUUUCAGUGCACAGAAGGCCCACGGUUUUCUUCUCUGCAAAGCCGCUGAGAAGAAUAAUUUUAUUCCUAAACGUCUGAUAAAACAAUAUGCUAAUGUGGUAAUAAUGUAUGCCUAAAGAGAGCCGAGACAGCCACUGAAUAAACACAGGGUGAUGCACACAUGUUGACAUCGGUCAGGACGCUAAGCAUCAUGCUGAAAAACGCCAGGCUGAAACAAAUGUAGCAUUUAAUCUCAUAGUAAAGCCUGUAAUGGAAAGUAAACAACCUGGUAAAUGAUGUUAAGUUGAAACGAAGCUCCAGAUCAGAGAGCAUGAGAUUUCCUAAUUAACAGGGCUAACUGGAAUUAAACCGCAGCGUCACAAAUAAUGAAGUGUCAGGAGGGGAGACAGGGCUAUCAUCGAACUGGAAAUAAAAGCUUCAAGUCACAAUCAGGCUGGACUCUUGCCUGACAUUCAAACCCUGAAACUUGAAUGUCACAGUGUCCGCGCAGGCCUGAGGGGGAAGUAAGAGGGAGUUAAUCUGUCUCUUCUCUGUUUGCAUAGUGGAGAGGACUAAACCUGCUGAGGACUUCAUCACUCUUUCAUUCUUGCAGCUCAUUUCUGAUGAGACUUUCUGAAUCCAUCUCUGUGCACCAGUUUUAACAUUUCAGACAAUAGAUGGAAUAUUUUAGUUUGUUUUUGGGAAAUAAAACCACAUCUUACAAACAGAAUAAAAAUACAAAAAAUAAGCAGUUGUUACUCCACCUUAGAAACACUUUAAUAAUAAUAAUAAUAAUAAUAAUAAUAAUAAUAAUAAUAAUAAUAAUAAUAAUAAUAAUAAUAAUAAUAUAUUUAACAUUAGACCGACUGAUAGCAGGAGCUGAUGCAUCUGAUGCAUUUCACAGAAACUGUCACCACAAAGUGAAAUAUUUCAGUUUGUGCAGAAAAGGAACAUUUUCACUCACUGUGAGCAAAUAUUAGAGUUUUUAUUUCUAAGAGGGCAGAGCUAUGCUGAAGAUGAGCUCAUUUCUACCUCUGUUUUCUGCUCACAAUGUUGAUGUUGGAGUUUCCUGUUAAAUUAGAGUGCACUGAAACACAUCAGGAGCUUUUAUUCAUGUUUCUCGAACACAGCUGCUAUCCUGCCAGAAGGUCAGGUCAUCUCGCUGAGAAUCAAAACUGAAGCAGCAGCUCUUUGAUUCACCUCUUUUCUUCAGUGAUGAUGUUUUUUGGCGAUUUCCUCUGUUCAAAUUCUGCAGAAAAAGUUUAAACUCUGCAGAAAAACACAGCGCUGUUUCACUGAGCCUCGUCCUCCUGCCUAUUUUUAUUUGCCUCUAACAAUCUGGAUUGCUGAAUAUUCUUCUCUUACCUUACAUUAUUUCAUGCAUCAUAAAGCACAUGUCACACCAGCAGCAGCAGCAGCAGCAGCAACUCUAGCCAUGUUAGCAGCAUCAUGGCGGUGGUGGUUAUGGUGGAUGCGGUUGGCUGUGCAGUGAGCCCUCGGCCUCAUUAGUCCUAUGAGUGGACGGCCUUGUUAGCCCUAACAAGUAGCCAGCUGACAGCUACAUUCAGCCCCUAACACACACGCGUGCGCACACACACACACAGGAGAGGUGACAGCUUAAACUGCUGCGGCAGAGCGUUACGAUAUAUGAGCAGUGCCCGCGCUCUCUUAACCAGAUUAGUUCUUUUUACAUUAACUGAGGAAAAAUAGGGCAGAUGUCCAUGUGACUGGUUGUAAAUUUGAUAAUGACUGCCAUAUUAACCCCCCCCACACACACACACACGCCCAACCCUCCCACCCUGCACAGCAAGUCCAGGCUGGGACCUGGCUGGAGACGGGACCCUCACCCAGGGCGUGUGUGUGUGUGUGUGUGUGUGUGUGUGUGUGUGUGUGUGCGCGUUGUAUAAAGGAACCUAAUUGUGUUUGGUGGCGGCUGGUUGGAGGAGAAAAAUGAAGAGUAAGCUAAUGUGGGAAAAGGGAGAAACUGAUGAGUGAGACCUGAGGACUGGAUGCUGCUUAGACUGAGAUCCUUGAACCCCCUUCAAAAAACAUACAGAAAAAACAUACAUUUUUAACACGACUAUCUGCACAUGAGGUUCACACACACACACACACCAGGGUUGCAACAACGCUCCUCGGCAGCUCUUUAAAUGUGAGUUUCUUUGUUUUAGAUGGGAGUCUGAGGGCCUUGGGUAAAUGACAUGAUUUGAAGGUGUAACCUGUCAGUUUUUUUACUUGUCUGACAUUUUUGCCCAAAAAAACAAACAAAGCACAUGCACGCGCACACAACACAAAAACAGAAGAAAAACAGAGGUUUGGGAAAAUACAAUAAAAAAGAUGUUCAUGCAGCCAGAACAGAUCAGAAUAUUUUCUUUUCAGCCUGAUUAUUAACAAGGAUUUAAGCUCAUUAAAUGUGGACAGAAAUGUCAGAGGAGAUUAUUUUCUCUGCAGAUCGUGUUUUUGCCCAUGACGAUAAUAAAAACAGAAAUAAAUCAAAACAAGCUGCUUGCUGCAGAUUUAUAGUCAUUUAUCUGUUGAAGACUCAAAGUCUGAUCUGGUCUCUCCAGGUCUGGAUGAGCCUGUUUUUUCUGGUCUCCUAAUCCACUCUGACAUGCUCAGGAUCUUUACAUCAGCCAGAACUGUUCUUGCUGUUUUUCUCCUGUUGUGGUGCCUUCGCUGUUUUCCUCCUCCGUGUUUGUAUCCCUCCCCCUGCCUCUCUCCCUCCUUUCUGGACGCCGGUCUCCCCUCUUUCUGUCUGUUAGCUGAUCCCUCUUGUUGUAUUUGGGUGGUCUGGGCUGGUACCUGCACCCCCCUGCUCUCCUCCCUCUUUCCUCCCUUAUCCUCCCUCUGAUUCGAUGUGAACUGAUGUCCUGCCGGUGCCUUUUUUCCCAGAACCCCUCAGACUGGUCGGAGCGUGGCGGAGUCACCGCGUGCCGAGCCGUUUCUUCAUCACCUAUUAAAAUCAAAGGCGAGGAGCACUGCUAGUGCGGGCUUUAAUUAAAUUACAUUAUUGUUAACGUCAGCUUUAGCGAGGCGGCAGUGUGGUGUGCUCUCUGCCCUCCUCCUUCUCCUCCUCCUCCUCCUCCUGCUGCUAGCUCACCUCCUGACAGACAUAUAGAGGGAGAGGAGGAGAAUCACACAUCCGUGCAGUAAUGUAUUCUAAUGCUGCGUUCUCUGAAUGGGAGCAUGCAGCAGGGAGUAAUGUUAUGGAGGGAAUAUGUUCACAGUGAAUAUUUAAUCAGCUGGCCUGGAGUUGGUAUACAUGGAUGUGACGGUGUGAUGCUGCAGGCUAAUAUGCAGUGAAGGGCCCUCACAUGUAAUCUGAUCCUCUGUAAAAUGUUUGCGUCUGAUAACAGACGUACGUCAUGAAUAAACAUGUAAACAUGUGCCACCAAACCUCAGUUUAUUAUUCUCAAAGUCAGCAAGCAACAUGACAGCUUUCUACCUCUGAAUUAACCCUGUGUGCAGCUUUUCUGAUUAUUCUGUUUGUUGGAGCCGCUCUGAUGUAAUUAGUCCCUUCUCUUUCACUUACAGUUCACUCUAAGUAAAGGCUAUACAAAAGGUUAUAAUUGCUGUUAUUUUGAGACUAUUUUAGUUAAAAAUCAAGUUGAAACCCUCCGACUGUCUCUGCUCUCAGACACUCUCCUUUACUGUGAACAGAGCUGUGAGCUGUCGGUAAUGUGCUUCCAUUCAUCACUUUGCAGGCCUCAGUGUUUCCUCCAAACACACACACCUCCUCCUUCUCUUUGUAUUCCUCUUUCUCAGUCCUGUUGCUCCAUAAGAACCCACAGUACAUUUCCAGAGUGAAUCAGGGUCACAUGACUCACAAAUGUUUUUAAAGUUGAUCUUCAGAAGUGAGAAUCUUGUUUUUAAUUAAUCUUGAUUUUUAUUUGAGCUGUAACUGGUACAAAUACAUGUCAAUCUUUAUCUGACUGCUGUUAUAAAUUCUGUCUGUGUAGGAUCCCAUCCAUCCAGGUCAUAGUUAUCCGAGGCCUCCUUUAAAAAGCGCAAGUGAGCUUAUUUAAGGUUCUUGAAGACAUUUGGUCUCAAUACAGAAUUCUGUUUUUUUUUUUUUUUCAAUAAUUCUGUUUUUUUUUUAAUUAGAAUUCCAACAUUAAGUAAGAAUUAUGAUUUUGUAAUCUGAAAUAAAAUUUAAAAAAGAAGUUUUAGAUCAAAGCCAAUAUCUACCUCCAAUUUUGAUUUCAGUAUUCUGACUUUGAUUUCAGUAUUCUAGCUUUGAUUUCAGUAUUCUAAAUUUGAUCUCAGUAUUCUGAUGUAAAUCUAGGUAUUCCAACUAGUAUUCUGACUUUUACCAACUAGCUUAGUUUCAGCUUAAACUUUAAAAGGAUUUUUAAAGUCUUUCUGUUGCACGUACGCAUGUGACUUUUGAACAGUAACAACGGCUGUGGUGUUUGCUCUUGUUUCCUAUCUCUCCUCUUUGCCUUCUUAGAAGCCAAAGUUUGGCCUCCAGAAACAAACUUUCAGACAUGUUUCUGGUCAUAUUUUACAGCAGCUGCAGACUGGUUCUAACCAGAAUAAUUCUUGAAGUAAGCAAGCAAAACUUAUCAGGGAAAACUGACUCUCCUCUAAUAUUCAUUUUAUUUAUUUUAUUGUAGUAUUUAAUUUAAUUUAAUUUAAUUUGAUUUGAUUUCAUAGCGAUUUAAUUGUACUUUGCUCUAUUUGCUUUAAUUGUAAUUUAUUUUAGAGUUAUAGUUAAAAUAAGGAACAUAACUGUUAAAAUAAGUUAUAUUCCAUCUUUCUCCCAAAGCUUCAUCAAAAGGAAUCAUGUUUUAAGAUUCAGUAACAAACUCAAGUUGCUUAAUUCAAGAAAAGCAUCUAGAAAAAAGAGUUGCUCUGAUUUCAAGCAUUUGAUGACCAAUGUUUGUGAAACUAGCACAGGGAACACAAAACAGGAAACAGGCAAACUCAGUCACCUAAUACAUAAUACACAACACACACUUAUUAAGAUAUAUUCUAAAAAUGAGGACAGGCCUUAGGUUUUAAGGUUUAAUUUUAAGAUUAAGUAAACCUUGUUUCAAGAUAAGCCUGCUUGGAUUGAGACAGAGUUUAGUCAUUCUUCGCUAAUACUUGGUAUUUUUUCUCUAAAUUUCCAUAUUUUGGUUAAGGUCCCACUCUGAUGUUUUUUUUUUUUUUUCUUACGACUUAAAGUGUUAUCAGUGGUCUUUAAAGUGCGGUUAUGAAGUUUUUAGCCAGAAUCACAUUACCUGUGUUAUUUUCAAGGGCUUUCCUUCUGUAGAGCUCCAGUAGAUCAUUAGCAAUUCACUUCUGAGUUGUGGGAGGAGACAGCGCUGCUCUGCACACUUCUCCUCAAGUUAGCUUGCAGCCUAACAUUGCUAGUGUAGUCGAGAAAAACAGGUGACAUAGGAGCUAUUCGGGCUCUCAAACAAUAAUGUCCUUAGGGGCAUGAUGAAAGUUAAUAUCAUAAUUAGCUUUCUUACGAGCAUUUAAAUCCACUAAUGCAGACGCUUGUUCCGCAAUCUUCCUCUCUAUUUCUCCGAGUAUGGCCUGCACAGUGGGGCUCCAGGGGCGGAGCUUGGAUUUGCUACGUACGAAAUAUGACUGUAUCUGAACCUGCCAUUUGGGUCUGCCAGAGAUUUACAGCAAACUGAAUGCAGAAAUACUCAGAAAUUGCAAUUUCACACUUUUUUUCUCAUGAUAUGUCCUCUAGUAUCAGAAAAAUGCCAUAUAAACAUAAACACAACAAGAAAAACGUGAUUUUCAUCAGAGUGGGUCUUUAACUAAUCUUCAGCUUAAUUUGUUAAAAGUAAGAAAACAAAAUAUGUAAUUGCUUAUAUUUAGUAUAUAUCAUUUAUUUUGAGGCUGUAAAAAAUUCACUUUUAAAGUAAUCUCAUCUCAAAACCAGGGCAGAAUGGUGGAGAAGCAGGAAGUGCAUGUGCCUCACGGUAAGGUUAUAGGUUCGAUUUCUGGGUCGGGCAGGGCUGUAUGAAGUUUGCAUGUUCUUCCUGUGCAUGCGUGGUUCUCUCCGGGCACUCCAGCUUCCCCCCACAGACCAAAAACAUCCUCAUUAGGUUAAUUGGUAACUCUUACUUGUCCUUAAGUAUGAGUGCGAGUGUGACUGGUUGUUUGUCUCUCUAUGUGGCCCUGCAUUUGACUGGCAUUCAGGAUGUUCCCUGCCUCUUGCCCAAUGACAGCUUGAAUAGGCUCCAGCCCAUCUGCGACCCCAAAGGGGAUAAGCGAUACAGAAAGUAGAUGAAUGGAUGGAUCUUAAAACCAGCAUUUUCUCCUUACUUUAUACUUUUAUUUAAUACAUUUUACUUAUUUUAGGGCUGUAAAGGUUAAAUUUCAAGUCAUCUAAUCUUAAAACCAGCAUUUUAUACUUAUUUUAUGCUUAUGUUUAGUAUAUUUAACUUAUUUUGGGGGGCUGUAAGAGUUAAAUUUUAAGUAUUCUUGAAACCAGCAUUUUAUACUUAGUUAUGCUUAUGUUUGGUAAUUUAACUUAUUUUUAGGGGCUGUAAGAGGUAAAUUUUAAGUAAUCUGAUCUUAAAACAAGCAUUUUUGGCUUACUUGAAGCCUUCCAAAUACAUAUGUAGACAUGCUUAUUUCUAUAUUUGACAAUCUUAAUUUAAGAAAUCUUGUCAAGGGAAAUUAUCUUGCUGCAUGGACAGAUAAUUUCACCUGUUUUUAGUACCUUUUCCCUCAGUUUUAGUGUUUUUAUCUUGUUUUUAGACCCCUCUUUUUUUGCAGUGUGUCUGUUGUGAUUGACCUCUUCUGAGCGUUUAAGUAAAUUAGUGGCAUCCCCAUCAGGAGGGUCAGUCUUGUCCAAUUAGGGGCUGCACCUCGUUAACUCCUUCAGCGUUAUCCCUUAAACAUGGUCUUAAUUAUGCUAAUGAGCUUUAACAUGCCAAUGAGUCAGGCUAUUUUAUCCUAAACAGUGAUCUGGAGACUUCAAAUCUGCAACUGACACAGAUUCUCUCUUAGAUGCUGGUGUUCAGAGACUCCAGCUGAGGGGUCUUUAUAACCCUGAGUUUAUAGAUGUGUGUAGUCCUGCUCUGAAAGACAGGCCCCAGUAACAAGCAGAUCUGUGGAGGAACUAAAAGCCACCUCAAACUGCAGAGAACACCCUGAUCCGUCCUCUUGCUUUACUGACUGGUUUCGUGUUCUGGCUGGAGCUGCUGUGAUUUUAGGGAAAUAAGUCAUCUGAAGAAACUCCAGGAGAUGAUUUCAGGAUGAACAGCUCCUGUCUGUAGUUCGGAGACAUCUGCAGUUCUGUGGUCAGAUGGUAAAAAGGGAUGUGACUCAGUGAAAUCAGCUAGUCUCUGUCCGUCUGCUGAUUUGAACAGAUGUCUCUUUUAAGGAUGCCGCUGAAAGCUUUUUUUUCACUGGUUCUCACCAUUGCAGGCUGAGUGUCACAUGAAUAAAUCACACAUAUUCAUUAUUGAUUGAGAGGAAACAUGCAGAUGUGACAAUUGCUAGCAAAACGUCUCAGCGGCUAAUUGAAAGAAGUCUUGAAGGACUUCGAGAUGUGGAUGUCUUUUUCUGCUUCACCUCUUGAGUGUGCAGGAGAUAUUCACACCGUUGGUGAAUUUUCUUUGUCAUCUCCUGUUACAGAAUUGAUUACUUACGCUGCUGAAGGCUCCGGCUGCAUAAACUGCAGAAUUCAACAUUCACUAGUUUCUACCUUUUUACCGCUUAUUUAAAUUUGAUAACCAAAGGGAUAUCUUCAUUGUUUUGCAGUAAUCAGAUUUCUGUCUCCUGAUUCUUCAUACUGCACUGCAUGCUGUGAAGCUAUCGUAUCAUUUUGUCAGCUUUGUGCAGAAAAAAAAGCAUGCAAGGGGAGUCAGAUCUAGAGAACAGAGGUGUAAAGGACAAACAGGUAAGCCGUUUCAUUAUACUGGAUUCUGUUCAAAUCUUAACAGACCUUUAACAGCCCUUGAACACACCUUGAUCAGUCCUUGAACACAAUUUUAACAGACAUUGAACUGACCUUGUGUUUUUUACUGCUGGAAACAUGUAGCUCAGAACAGCAUGCAGGUGAAAUUCAGAUAAUCUUGAUCAGGUUAAAUUAAGAUAAUCUUUUUCCGAUUAAAUUCAGCUAAUCUUGUUUAGGCUAACUUCAGUUUAUCUUGUUUAGGUUAGAUUCAGCUAAUGUUGUUUAGGUUAACUUCAGUUUAUCUUGUUUAUGUUGAAUUCACUAAAUCUUUUUCAGGUAAAAUUCAUCUUAUCUGGUUUAGGUUAAAUUAAGCUAAUGUUGUUCAGGUUGAAUACAGCUAUCUUGGUCAAGUUAUUUGAACCUAAUCUUGUUCAGGUUAUAUUCAUCUAAGCUUGUUUAGGUAAACUUUAGUUUGUCUAGUUCAGGUUAACUUCAGCUAUUGUUGUUCAGGUUAAACUCAAUUUAUCUUCUUGGGUUAAAUUCACCAAAUCCUGUUCAGGUUAAAUUUAGCUUAUCUUGUUUAGGUUAACAUCAGUUUAUCUUUUUGGGGUUAAAUUCACCUAAUUUUGUAUAGAUUAAAUACAGCAAAUCUUGUUCAGAUUAAAUUCAGCUAGUCUUGCUCAGGUUAUAUUAUUUAGGUUAAAUUCAUCUUAUCUUGUUUAGUUUACGUUCAAGUUAAAUCUUGUUUAGGUUGAAUACAGCCAAUAUUUUUCAGGAGAAAUUCAGUUUAUUUUGAUCAGGUUAAAUUCAGCUAAUGUUGUUCAGGUUAACUUCAGCAAAUCUUGUUUAGGUUAACAUCAGUUUAUCUUGUUCCGGUUAAAUUCAGCUAAUCUUGUUUAGGUAAAAUUCAUCUUAUCUUUUUCAGGUGUAAUUUACCUUACCUUUUUCAGGUAAAAUUCAUCCUAUCUUGUUCAUAUUAAAUUUAGCUUAACUUGUUCAGAUUUUGUUCAGUUUAUCUUUAUCAGGUUGAAUUCAGCUUAUCUUGUUUAGACUAAAUUUUGCUUAUUUUGGUUAUGUUAAAUUCAACUUAACUUGUUCAUUUUAAAUUCAUCUUACCUUGUUCAGUUUAAAUUAAGCUACUGUUUUUCAGGUUAAAUUCAGCUAAUCUUGUUUAGGCGAAAUUCACCUCAUCUUGUUCAGUUUAAAUACAGCAUAUCUUGUUCAGGUAAAUUCGGUUAAUCUUGCUCAUUCUUUAUAGCUUUUGAGUUCCUGUGUUUUUUUAAACGGAACAGCUCAAUCUUCUUUCUAGGGGUGAAAGCGUCUCCUCAGCCUUACCUCUCUUUGUGUCAUCGAGGCGCAUGUUUUUAGUAAUUUUUCAUUAAAAAACUAUGACAACAGAACUCAACCUGAUCCUUUAGUUUCUACCUUUUUCUUCGGAUCCUGUUAAAACUGAAGCACUCCUGUAAAAAAAUGCAGUGAUUCUAGUUAGGUGCUUUGUAAACUGGGAUGCUGUGAUGCAUUUCAUGGAGGGCUGGGAGCACAGUUUGUUCAACAGUUUCUACAGAUUUUGCAGGAUCUGGUGAAGAAAGUGGUACAAUGACAGAUGAAUCUUCCUCCUGGAGUUUAGAGGGUUGUUGUGUUGGUUUAGACCAAACUUUACAACCGUGAAACUCUUUCUGUGCCUCAUUUUCACUUUAGAUCCUAAAGUUAAUGAUCUGAACUUUGGGAAACAUCUUGACGUAAUUAAGUGGUUCCUACAUUAGUGCAUAACUGAUCACUUUGACUUAUAACACAGCCAUAAUAAAGAGUUAACUGCUGAGCAGCAGACAGCAGGAGCAUCAGAUGAGCUGUGUGAGAAAGUGAACCUAACAGGCAAAGUGCAGGGCAGCAACUCCCACGUACUCGAUCUGUCUAAUUGACUCAAAUAUUCUGCCCUGAAAUCCCAAAAGGCCUCCGGAGCAGGGCUGCACACGCACCCACACACACACUCGAAGGCUCCUGUCCUCCACAGCCGUGGCUUCAUUAGCAGUGGUUUGCAUCAUCCCCUGUGAAAACGUCACAUGUCAUCAGUGGCUCCAUUCGUUCUCACUCUGCGCGCACAGACAGAGUAACCUUCAGAGACCUGCUGCCCGCAGUUUUACGUCUUCAUUAGGACUCUGUCAGAGACCCGCCGCACCCUGCGCCCCGAUCUGAAUGGACAGAGAGCGAUGGAGACGCAGAGGGAGUGUGAAAGACGAGAAGGAGGGCAAAGUCAGACAGCGAGAAGGCAGACAAAGGAGGCGAGGGAGGAGAGAAAGGGGAGGGGUUGAGGAAGUUUAGACUGGGUGCAAUAAAAGUAAGCAGGAGAAAGAAAAUAGAUGAAGAUAGGAGAGUGAACAAAGUUUGAACAAAAUCUCAGAUUGCAGGAGAGGAGAGUGGCACCUUACACCUUUUGAGUUUAGAGCCAGACCUGAGUCUAUAGCAGAGAUGAAACACUACGAAUAAACUGCUAUAAAUUGGAUGUAGAUCAGACUGAGGUCUGAGUUUCAGCCCACGCUGAUGCUGCAGAUCAGCUCUUAUAUAGAAUUCAUACAAAACUCAUCAAUUAAUUUUCAUUCAUUUGGUUCUGAAAUAAAGACACUGAUAAGAAUCCCUCCACACUCUUAUAAUGGGCCUAAAAAAGAAAUAAUGGUAAUAUUCAGUAAUUAAAUAUAAAUUUAAUAACUCUGAUCCAUGUGUAAAACUCAGACUCUAAUUUCUAUUGAAAUCCUGAUCCAAAUUUCCACAGACUGAAAAAAAUCCAAGAUUUACCAGGUGAAGUAAAAUCUUCAAUUUAAGACACUUUUACACGGAGAAACAAAUAAAUCUGAAAUCACAGCAGAAAUCCAGGCAACCGUCUUUCAGAGCAAAUACAGUAAUUUACAGUCACAGCAUGUUUGGAUUUAAUUAUAGUUCAAUCUAAAAUUAAGAGAAAUCUAAAUCUAAAAUUAAGAGAAAUUUUAGUUUGAAUAAAAAAACUUAAAUUUCAACCCCCAGUCCUCAGAGAUUAAGUGUUUUAACAGGUCAGUACAAAAGAUCAGGACUUAUUCAGUGCUUCAGAGUCUGUAUUAAGCCACUAGUUUAGUACAACCUCUAGCUGCUGGACUCUAAAGGAUAGAUUGGCGGAAGAAAAGGAAGAAGAGGAGGAAGAAGAAGAAGAAAUAAAGGAUAAAAAAGAAAGAGAAAAAGAGGAAAUGAAAGAUAGAGAGGAAGAAGAAGAAAUAAAGGACAGAGAAGAGGAAGAGUGGAAGUCGUGUUGGCGACUGGCUCGGUGAGAGGCAGUGAAAAUCCGGCUGGGCGGCCAACACACAGGAGACGAUUGUGUCCUCAGUUUGGGGACAGCUGACGGGUUAACACUAUUAAGACUGCGGAGAACACACAGGACUGAACGUGCAUCUGUGCUCUGAACACACACACACACACACUCACACACACACGCACUGACUGACUGACUGACUGACAGACGGAUGUAUGAAGCCCAGAGACGGCUGAGAACACAGAUUCUCUCUGUGUGAUUUUUUGUUUCUUUCUGCAGAGCUCGAACAAACAGAUUUAAGAAGAAUUCAGAUUCAUGAUUUCACUGUUUAGACUCGGCUAGUUCAAGCAGUGCCCCUGGCAAUGGACCUGGCUGUAUCUCUGUGCUUCAGGACAUCAAAAUAGAGACUUGUCCAGAAAUUGAGCAUGUAAAAGUUUGUCAAGUUUAUCUGCAGCUGCUCAUUUUCUUUGGUCCUGGUAGUCCAAACAGAAGUGUUGCUCAGAUACAUCUCCCCCUUACUCUUCUUUAUCACAUUCUCAUCUUUACAUGACCAAAUAUUCAGCAGAGAAUAAACAACUCUACUGCAGGAAGGCUGCCGCCCGGGCUCUCUGUUGUAAAAAGAAUCAAGAUUUUAUUUUCUAUCUUUUCUGUGUGGCUCUUGCAAACCACUGCAGUAGAGAGACUACUGCUCAACUGGCUGAUGAAGAAGUUUAAAAAUGAGGAUUUCAGCGCUUACUCAUCAGGAGCAUACUGCAAAUGACUGUGAAGGAUUCAUUUGAAGCUGCCUGUUGAUUGUUUGAAUCACGUUUGCUCUGAUGAAGGCCUGACGACCUGAAAGUUUGACUCAGAGAGCAUUUCCUCCUUUCAAACAUCCAUAAAAAGCAGAGUGAGUGUGCAGAGAUUUCCUCUAAGUUUAGAUUCUGAUCAGUGAGUUGUGUUUCUGAGAUGUUAAGGCAGGUUUCUGACAUUUUAACUGGGGUGCAGACUGAUGUGGGACAUUUCCGAAUAUGACGAAAUACACUUGGGCCUAUCCCCAAAACAUACAAACUUCACCAGAUUCAACAGGUCACAGUUUUUUUUUUCUUCUUCUUCGUUUCAAAAGCAAUUUAACGGUCUGAGAGUUUCAGUUUUCUUUCUUUGACACACUUUAAUUUUUAAUUUUAAAGAUUGGGCCAUUGAGGGGACCUGGCCUUCUGGAUUUCUUCUGGUGUAUGAUUUAACUGCUGAAGUGCACCACCUUUCCUAUUCUGUUCUGCUUAGAGGAAGUUGAUCUGCUGAUGAAGGAGCAUAAAGAUAUAGGAUUAAACUUUCAAGCCUCUGCUCGGACAGGGCUUACUUUCUUUUGCUUAUUUUUGCUGAAAUUUUGCAUCUGGCCUACCUAAAAUGAGGUUUAUGGAUGUAAAGUUCAAAAGACUUGAUUGCAUUUCAAUAUAAAAAAAAAAAAAAACAGGAUUAUGUUAACUGCUGAUAAAUCACAGCAGCCUCUGACCACUUUACCUGCUUCACACCACAGGAUGAUGUAAGUUUAACUUUAAGCUUCAAAAGUAACUUGAUGACUGUUUUUAACAGCAGCAAUAACCUGAUUUAAAAGGGAGAGUGUCUCUUUUCUUUUAAACUUCAAAGCAGAUUUUUUUUGUAGAUCGUUGAAUGUGCUGAGCAGGUUUAAGGGUUCAGACUAAACUGUCAGGCAGUCAAAUGUUGUGGAAAUAUUCAUGAUCAGGUUAUCAAUCAUUUACCUGUGAGCAAAGAUUUCUGCUUUAAAAACAUUUUGUAGUCUACACACACGAUGAUCAGAUAAAUAAUCUAAAAAUAAUCAGAUAAAUAUUCAGAUAAAUAAACUGAAAUUAAUCUGAUAUUAAUAUGAUAAAUAAACUAAAAAUGAUAUGACUCAUAAUCUAAAAAUAAUCUAAAAAUUAACUGAAAUAAAUUUAUAAAAAAGCUGUGAAAUAAACCAAAAAUAAUGUAAUAAAUAUUGUUAAAUGAUAAACUAAGUGAUCUGAUAAAUAAACUGAAAAUUAUCUAAUAAAUGAACUAAAAAUAAUCUGAUGAAUUAUCUGAAAACAAUCAGAUAAAUAAUCUGAAAAAAGGAACUGAAAAUAAAAUGAUAAAUAAUCUGAAAAUGAUCUAAAAAUUGACUGGUAAAUAAUCUGAUAAAUAAACUGAUAAAUAAUUUGAUGAAUAAUAUGAAAAUAUUUGGAAAAUUAACAGAAAAUAAUCUGAUAAAUAAAGUGAUGAAUAAUCUGACAAACAAAUUGAUAAAUAAUAUAAAAAAUAAUAUAAAUAAACUGAUAAAUAACCAGAUAAAUUAAUCGAUGGAUAAUCUGAAAAUAUCCUGAAAAUUAUCUGAUAAAAAUUAGAAAAAAAAUGGUGGAUGAAUUGAAAAAUUAACUGAAAAAUAAACUGUCAAGUAAUCAGAUAUAUAAACUGAUAGAUCAUCUGAUAAAUAAUCUGAAAAUAAACUAUAAAUAAAUGUAUAAAUAAUCUGAUAAAUAAACUGAUAGAUAUACAAAUAAUCAUCUUUAUAAUCUGAUUUGUCUGAAAUAAGAGAGUAUUCACAUGGCAAUGGAUGUCAGUUUUUACAUCCUCAGAGAAGCCCUGUAUGUCUACCUGAUAAUGAAACCUGAUUUAACCCUGUCACCCGGCUUCACUCUGUUGCACUCUGCUGUUGCACUCCCUCACCUCGUUUGGACUGUGGUUUCCUGGCAUGUAACGCUGGCUCGACUCUCUGCAGUGACUGUGCAAACCCUCCUGGUUUAACAACUUUUCCAUGCUGAACAUCUAAAAUCUAAAGCGAAUCUUCUGAUCACAACGGGAAGCAGAAAUUGAAGUGGAAAGCAAAUGAAUAAAACAUGACAGCUGGCGUUUUCUUUCAACGCGAAUUAUCUUGACUGGCUGUGCUGAGAUAAUGGAGUGGAGGACGAGACAUUGCUGAUUAGCAUGCAUGUUAAAACUAACAGUACAGCUUGACUCCACAAAAGCCUGGGAACUUGCAACCGAAUGCUGCCGGCCAGUUACAGUAACAUCAUAUGUGGUGAAAUCUGCAGGAUGCACAUAGUAAUGAGCUCCAGCUACGAACAUGGCCAUGAGGAGCCGCAGAGAUAUUACCCUUUUAAAUGCUGGGCUGCAGACUUUGCAGAAUAAUGGCUCUUAAUACUGAGUGUUUGAGAUGGGGCUGUGGCCCACAAGCAGUGCCUGAACUCACCAACAUAUGUAAAUAAAUUAGCAUAAUGUGGAUCACACUCAGACUCAUGCUUAUGGCAGCAGCAGACGUCUGCAUGAGCGUGGAGUGCGUUCAAAAGCUGCUUAACGAAACGGAGAGAUCAGAGUUUCUGCAGGACAAAGAAAACAGUAGCCACACCAACUUCCCUGCACAUGUUUAUCAUGUCAUUUACAUGUUUACUUCAAUACAGACUUUUGUCUGUUUUCUAAGUCACUUAAUCUGUUCAUUACCUUCAAUAAUAAAAGAUAGAUAUGAUCUUAACGACUCAGAUAUUUUAGUUUUUUAGUAACAUCAUGCAGAGGUCAUUCUAAUGGCUGCAUUGUAAAUCAGGGUCCUUUGUUGGUAUUUUUUGCAAUACUGGUAAUGACUUAUUAUUUCUUGGACUUUCUUUGAAUGAUUUACGUCCUUAAAAUCUGUGAAACCCUUAAGCAUUUGAAGCUUUUGUGAGUUUUUCCUCUAGCUGUUUUUAUUUCAUAGCUCUGCGAACAGACUGAUGCAAAGACGGUCUGCACCUGUUUCCUGUUGCCUUGCAAGUUUUUAUCAUGCUUCAGACUAAUGCAAUAAAAUAUCAAGGUGUCAUUUAAAACAUGCAAAAUAGUAACAGGAAAGUCAAGCUAUGUGUGCAACCAGACUGUCUUAGUUGAGAUGGAUUUAAACUGGAUGAUGUGUCGAAUCAUCUCAACCUCCUUUUGUGGCAUUUGUAUUUACAGCCUGACUUUCAGUAAAUAUACAGCACUGUACAUGUAAAUGUACAGGGAGACCACAAACUUCAGUUUUUGUCGCAGAUCCUGCAGAUUUGUGCCAGACUCACGGUUUUUACAAUGAGAUGAUGUGAUGUGAUCACAGCUGAAAAACCUCAUCUGCUGUUUUCUAAAUUAUUUUUAAAGACAGAAAAAGAAAUUGGGAUGUGUUAGAAAAGUGUGAACAGAGUAAUUCAUUCCAAAUUGAAGAGUCAAGCUGAGAAAAGGCUCCCUCACCUGAGAAAUCCCAUGAUGCUCUGUGCUGACACCCAUCUGGAAAAACUCCCAGAGGGAUUAUUGACAGACAGACAGACAGGCAGGAGUCCUCUUUACCUCCAUUCAUCCUGCAUCACUGCGGCUGUGAGUUCAACAUGAAGCUAUAAGAGAAGUUCGACCUGCUCAGAUUUCAACAGCAUGUGAACAGGCAGCUUUUGUUGUUUUUCACAGGCAGUGUACAUUUACACAGAAAUUUGGAUCAUUUUCUCUCCUCCUUUCUGAUCCUUUUUUCCUCCAUUUCAAUCCAAGACAAUCUUUCAAAGCAACCCAAGAAUGUUCUUUUUCCUGUUUGUCCUGUAGAAGAACCUCAGAAGAUUUUUAAAUAAAGAGUAGAUUAAAAAAAGAUACACACUGUAAAGAAGUAAAAUCUGCAGAGAAGAGAAAAGACAGGAAAUCUGGAAAGUUCAAAAACAGAACAGAAUUUCAUCCUUCAGACUGCUUGUGUGUGUUUUUGAUUCUCUGCCUUAUCUUUUCUUCAUAGUUUUUUUCUGACUGUUAAAAAGACACUGCUGUGUGUUUGUUCUUGCACUAAACUCAGUUUUCAAGUUCAAAUUUUCAUUCAGAUGAGUUAUCAGGAAACAGCCUCUUCUUUUCCACCUCUCUUCAGGAUACUUUAUGUUGGGGUUUGUCAUGCUGUGAUUUUGCAGAAGCGUAAACUUUAAAUCAUCUUUUGUCUAUAAAACUGGAUUUUUCUACAAUGAGCACCAUCUCCAACUACAGCUCUGGUUCAAAACAAAAUGGAGGAUAAACAUAGAAUAGAAUAGAAUAGAACAGAAUAGAAUAGAAUAGAAUAUUCCUUUAUUGAUCUCCCAUGGGGGAAUUUUUUUUUGUCACAGCAGCAUCACAGACAAAGUGCAAAAAUGCAGUUAUAAAAAUAAAGAUCGUAAACAUGAGCACGUGGACUCAAACAUGCAGAACACUUCUCCACCAGCCACCUCUAAGCUGCUAAAUCUUGCCCUCAAACACGCCGUAGUUCAUCGGUGUGAGCGUCUGAGCCCAGCCAUGAACUCCUGCCUAAAUGUGACACGCAGGCUCUGGCCAUAUGCAGACAGUUCACCCCUCCCUGCUAACUCACACACACUGGUGUUUUGAGCACAGAGUCAUGAGUGUUGGCGGCGGAGCUCUGACUCACAUAACCCCUCGCUUCAGAUUGGGCCAAGCUCCCUGAGCCGGGCCGAGCCAGGCCGUCGCUGCUCGGGGCUCUAAUUGAUUUGAAGGACCCGAGCUGUGUUCACACCCCAUCCCCAAACAAACAGCACGCCCAGCCCGGCUCCAUUCAGACAAAGACACCAUCCCGCCCUCCUCCAGCAGAGAUGCUCAGAGAGAACAGAGCCGGCCUGCCAAAGCUGCUAAUCUCAGACCGAGCCCCAGGGAGCGAUUCAGACAAUUCUUCAAAUGAAAGCUCCACCCCCUUUCUGCUGCAACCUCCAGGUCAAACACCACCAGCACAAGUGCGCAGUCAGUUUAUUCAUAGUCAUGAGAACAGUGAGACUGUGGCGCCUUGAACAAGAGCCGCAGAGAGACGCUGCAGAUGUCUGUGAAACACUUUGACGGCCUCCACUCAAAUCAGGUUCUAUCCGGUUCUGGAACUAAACUCUGAUAUCUCACAGAGUCUUCAGCAGGUCAGGAGAAAACUGAAGGCUUGAUUAGAAAUAAAAGAAUCAAGGCCGACUGUAGAAACAUGGCUGGAAACACAUCUGCAGUUCAAACACAGACAAACACACAUCAAGAUCAAAUUUGAUCAGAACUUAAAGCAGGCAUUUGAUAGUCUUUUGAAUUCACUAUAUUUGAUUGAUGUAUUUUACUUUGCACCUGCAUGAGUCUAAAAUCAACUAUUGAUCCCACCUUUAUGCCUGAAUUCCCUCAGUCUGCCUGUGUUUUAACAACACAGGAGUCCCAGUGAUAACAUGCUAAAUGGGUCAUUUCUUAAAAAUGUGUGUAUUCCAGUUCAAAUGCAUGUGCCUAAAUGCUGAAAUUUGCACGGUGCAUGUUUGUUAUGAUGCAAAACCUUUUGUUCCUGUGAUAAAAAUCAUCUUGAACUGUCUCAAAACCCUCCUGCAUGAAUUUGAACCAUAUUUAAAGUGAAUAAAUAAUGAGGAAUUAGAAUAAAUGAUGUGGAUAGUAGUCAAAAAGGAUCCCUGCAGAGAUAAGGAGAUGAUGAAGCUUCCUAAAAGGCAUCCUCCUGCAGACGUGGAGGAUCAAAUCUGUCACCUCCUGUGUUCCCGCAGAGCAGAGAGGAUUUUCAGACUUAAAAAGAGAAGAUGCAAAAAUAAUUUGGUGAAAGCGCUUGGCAUGAGGAUGCAGACAUACAGACCUACCACCUGUGUGUCUUUACUGUUCAUGAGCACUUUGAAGAGCGUUUAAGGAGCUCAGAGGAAAGCGGAUUGUUCACAGCGGGUAUUUACCUGCCGUAUUCGAUUUGUUGAUUUCUUUUAAUGAAAACUAAAGAGCUCCGGUCUGUUCCUUUGUUUUCUGUUCCUUCUCUCUGUCACUCUGUGUGGUUUUUCCUGUUUAGUGAGACUUUCGGGAAAUCUGUGAGGAAGCUGACGGCAUGAUGAAAAACACACUGAGAAGGAAAAGUUUUUUAAGUCAGGAUUUUCUGUGCUGUCAAUAGGGAUGUGUGGUUGAAGAAACAGAGAUCAAGCCUUAUUCAGCUCCUCUGACCAUCUGUACUGAUUGCACUCAUGCUGCAGAGCAUGCUGAAGAGCAGCUACAGAGGACGCAACAGAGCCCCUGUAAAAUUCUGCAGGUUGAGAGGGGAACUUAAAGCACAGCUAAGCAUUACUGAAUCUCAAACACGUCGGCUUUAACAGCUUCUGUCUGUUUUUGAUUCAACUCCAUCCUCAGAACUUUUAAAGGAUUUUCUGCUUCACAGUUGUGUUUUAUCCAUCGACUGUAUAUAGAAUGGAGGCUGUCUGUGUCCUCGCUGGCUGAAGCCUCCAUGAGAACAGCACCCCCUGGUUACAGGGUUGCAGUAUAGGUCAUAAAUCCUGCCUCCUCCAGCAAAUUCAAUGGAGCUGUGGACAAACUUUAGAAAUUUAUUACACAGAAUAUACAUUUUUCUCCCCCCUGGCUACGAUGUUGACAUGUAGUUAUUGUAAGACUGGUUUGUGCUCAAGUCCUCUUUUUUCUGAACAGCUCUGUUUUUAAAAGUUAUUAGGGGGUUCAUGUUUUCUAUGAGUGACGCUUGAUACGAAGAUAUGCAUAGCUUACCUGGAGGAUACGCUAUUUGAGCCGAGCAUCAUCACAGCAACACUCCAGCCGGAUGUGUAGAACGCUGCUGUGCAAGUGAUGGUUCCAGGAAGUGGAGAAAAUCCUGGAAAUACUAAGAGCAAUUUAACUUCAAAUUCAUGAAAUGACAGAAGGCGGAGCCAAGUUGUCCAUAGUAUAUAUAGUCUAUGGUUUUAUUACCUUUUUCAAAAUUGGGACACCUCAGACAAACUAUCACAGCAGAGAGGAAGAACAUCAUCUGUGAUGUCAAAGUGUGAGUCUACAUCAGGAAAUUAUACUAUUACAUUAAGUCACAUGGAGGGUUUUUUAGGACUCAUAUAUACUGUAUAUAUACUCAUAAAUACUGUAUACACUACCGUUCGAAAGUUUGGGGUCACUUAUAAAUUACCUUAUUUUUGAAAGAAAGCCCGAUUAGGUUUGGGGUCACUCCGAAAUUUCUUUAUUUUGGAGAGGAGAGCACUGUUUUUUUAAUGAAGAUAAUAUUAAACUAAUCAGAAAUACACUCCAUGCCUUGUUAAAGUGGUAAAUUACUAUUCUAGCCACAAACAUCGAUCAGUCCUGUGUUCUGAUGGUACAUUGUGUUUGCUAAUUGAGUUAGAAGGCUAAUGGAUGAUUAGAAAACCCUUGUGCAAUUAUGUUAGCACAGGUGAAAACAGUUUUGCUAGUUAGAGAAACUAUAAAACUGACCUUCUUUUGAGCUAGUUGAGAAUCUGGAACGUUGCAUUUUUGGGUUUGAUUAAACUCUCAAAAUGUCCAGAAAAAGAGAACCUUCAUCUGAAACUUGACAAUCUAUUCUUGUUCUCAGAAAUUAAGGCUAUUCCAUGCAAGAAAUUGCCAAGAAAAUGAAGAUUUCCUACUACUCCCUUCAGGGAACAGCACAAACAGGCUCUAACCAGAGUAAAAAGAGAAGUGGGAGGCCCCGCUGCACAAAUAAGCAAGAGAACAAAUACAGGGAAGGGUGACAAAGAAAAAGCCAUAUCUGAGACUGGCUUAUAAAAGCAAAAGAUUAAUAUGGGCAAAAGAACACAGACAUUGGACAGAGGAAGAUUGGAAAAAAAGUGUUAUGGAUGAACAAAUUGAAGUUUGAGGUGUUUGGAUCACACAGAAGAACAUUUGUGAGACACAGAACAACUGAAAAGAUGCUGGAAGAGUGCCUGAUGCCAUCUGACAAGCAUGGUGAAGGUCAUGUGAUGGUCUCGGGUUGCUUUGGUGCUGGUAAAGUGGGAGAUUUGUACAAGUAUAGAGGGAUUUUGAAUAAGGAAGGCUAUCGCUCCAUUUUGGAAAGCCAUGCCAUACCCUGUGGACAGCGCUCAAUUGGAGCCAGGUUCCUUGUACUACAGGACAAUGACCCAAAGCACACCUCCAAAUUAUGCAAGGACUAUUUAAGAUAUAUAUAUAUGUAUAAAUAUAUAUUCAUAUAUGUAUGUAUAUAUAUAUAUAUAUAUAUAUAUAUAUAUAUGAUAUACAUAUAUAUAUAUAUAUAUAUAUAUAUAUAUAUACGUAUAUGUAUAUGUGUAUAUAUAUAUAUAUAUAUAUAUGUAUAUGUAUAUAUAUAUAUAUAUAUAUAUAUAUAUAUAUAUAUAUAUAUAUAUAUAUAUAUAUAUAUAUAUUUAUACAUAUAUCAUGCAGCCCUGAUUUUGAUUCUAUGACUAUUUUGAAAAAGACCAUUGGCCUCUCACUAUGGGGUCAAAGAGCGCCCCAAUAAUCCAUUUUCAACAGACAGAUAUUUGAAAUCCAUAAUUGUAGCGCUUUAAUUAUAGAAAUAUCUGGUUGAUCCUCAAUUUCAUAACUCAGUGUAAAUGCUACAAUUUGAGGAACUGCCGACAGAAACUGGAUUUUACAGAAAUGUGUUUAUUUCACUAAAUGAUUAUAACGCUGUCAAACUGAAAAAACUGUAAAGACUAAAAUAAUCAAAAAAUUUUGGCAGAAAAAAAAAAAAUUCGGUGAAGAUUGAAGAUGUGUUUCUGUUACCUUUUUCAUCGUAAUACAUUUGUUUAUAGUCGUGUGUGUGUGUGUGUGUGUGCGUGUGUGUGUGUGUGUGUGUGUGUGUGUGUGUGUGUGUGUUUGUGUGUGUAUGUUUGUGUUAAAAUGUCUGUUGUGGUUCCACUCAGUGUAAGUUGCUGCUAAUGUCCGCACUGCUCAGGUCACAUUAACCCAGUUCUCACAGUUUGUAGUCUAAACACACACACACACUCACUCUCUCUGUCUGUCUGUCUCUUUCUCUUUUACACAGACACACGUACACGCACUGCCACACACACGUUCAUGCACAGACACACACACACAGAGACACACACACUCCUCCCUGCAGGCUCCUUCCUGCUGGGAUAUUUGCAGCCUCUCUGCAGCUCCUCGCUGUAUUUACAGCUCUUAUUAACAUGUAGCUUGAUAAGCAUAUUCUCUUCUGUCGUCUUAACUUUGUGUUUUAUUGCCAAGUAUUUCUGCACCGCCGAGCAGGAAGUCACCACAUCACAGCGGGCAGGCACUCACCUCUGUUUCCUCAGUGUUAGUUUACAGCCUCGUAAAUCAGAAACUUUUCUCCUGCUGAGAUUUAGAGCUACAGUUUCUGCUGUAAAAUCAGAUUUUAGUUUGAACAUGAAGACAAAUUUCACUUUGAAUUAUGCACCAAAACCUGUGGAGUAAAUCAGCUGUUAGCUCUGCUUACCAAGUACAGAAAAUUUAGGGUAUUAACCACCGAGUUAGGGUAAAAAAAAAAAAAAAAGAGGUAUGAUUUUAUUCUGACUAUGCUCCUGUUUUGCACCUUUAUUGCCUUUUUUUGCAGGAUUAAGAGAAGCAUACAUUUUUACCAGUGAACAGAUCCUUUUUUUAUCCUCCUUUUCACCCCAUAAUGAGCCUGAUUUUCUUCCAGAUAUUAUUAUUUCAGUCAAACUGAGUCAGACUCAGAGUUUAUAUCCACAGGCCUGAAAAUUCUAAUUAUUUGAACCAGGGAUGAAAAAUAACUUCAUGUAUUUUAAAAAGAAGAAAUAAGAAGUGGUUUUUUUUUUUUUGUCCUAUCAAAAAGAAGACAAAUAAUGAAGAAUGACUGAGAUUGCGGAUUUAAUGCUGUCUGAUUGUAGCAACAGUCAGAGAUUAACUCUGAAACCGCAGCUGCAGAUGUUCAGAUGUUGGUUCAAAAUUAGGGAAAGUGUUUAGAGAAAAAAGAAAAUUACUGAUGCACUAACCCAAACACUGAAAUGAUCUUUUUUUCUGCCUGAUUAGAAACAAUCUUCAUCAACUUUUCUGUUUAUUAGCCGUGAUCAUCGUUAGGGCCACAGGAGAGAUAUGAACUUUUCUGCAGAAAUACAAAUCUGCGUCUUUACUGAGUUUAUGAACCUAGAGAUAUCAUAGUAACAGGGUGUGCGGUCAUGUUAUUAUUCAUGUCUGAGUGACCAAAGACUCGGAGAUAAAGCAGGUAUUUCAGAAAGACAACAUGUUUAAGAUGAAAAAAAAUCUCAUCAUUGAAAUUUGAUGCAGCAGAAACUAGAAAAUUCCCUCUGGGAAAUUUUGAAAGGGCCACUGGAGCUACUGGUGGGGCGUGUACAUGAUGAUGAGAUUCUUCAAAGAUUUCAAAUAAUUCAUACACGUAGCAUUGUUAUAUUACAAACAAGGAGCACACCUACAACAUACAUUUCCUAUUCAAACAGGUAUUUAUACAACAGAAAAAAAAAAACACACAGAGCUGUAGACCUUUCAAAAGCUCCAAUAUUUGCUGCUUUUUUGGCGUCUCCAAAAAAAGUACACACUUUUCUGCAGUAUUAAUAAUACCACACCAAUCCCGAUCAAACCACACAUUGUGAUAUAUACUUUGGGGUACAACCCUUCGAGCUGUAGUACUAGUUGCAAAUUGAAAAUUAUCCAGAGGACAAAAAAGAAAAAAUCCACAAUAUAACAAUAGUCCUGAUCCCUAUACUUUUGUAUAGGGGGUCUAAAAAGAGAAACAACAAAAGUUCAUACUUUUUUGAGUUUUUGUUAUAUUUGCAUUUUUAUGAGCAGCGUAGUGGCUGAUGGAUGCAGCCUGUCCAUCACCUUUAUGGUGAUGUCAUCAUCCAGCCUGCCGGCUCAUUGGUUGAGAGACAGAUGAUCUAACAUUCAGCUGCAGAGAGGUGAAGCAGCUCAUUUUUAGAGUUAUUUGCUAACUACCUAUGAGCAAGCUGAUCACAUGACCCCAUCCUGCACACUGCCACUGCAAGAGAUAGGAAGACACACACACACACACACACACGCCGCACGGAUCAACACUCAUACACUUUCCACAGGUUCACACACUCUGCAGGGACACACUCCAGCAAAUGAGGCCAAUCAAAGAGUUUCAUCCAAACAGAGGUCUGAAAAUCUGAUGAGUCAUGUUUAAAUCUUUGUUUACUGAGCACUGAGUCAUCCAUGGAUCUGAAACAUCCUCUGAGUGUUUGAGAGCUACAAAGUUUAGACCAUCAGGAUACUCAACAUAUUUUAUUUCACAGUCAAACUGUUUUUAUUUUUUCUGUUUAGCAAAAAAGAAAAGCAGUGAUUCAUGUUAAAACUAUGUGAAGAUGAUUUGGGAGCAGCAGACAGUAAAAACACACAGAGGCUUUUAAACUGAACCUGCUGUGUGAACUCGAAGGAAACUGGAGGAGUACAGUAUGUGACAGUGAAGCAGCUUGAUUACAGCUGAUAAGCAUUCAUUUAUUGAAUAUUUCAGCCUUGUUUUCACAUCAGAAAUAAGUCUAAUCAAAAUAACAUGUUUGUGUAUUUUGGUUAGUUUUAAAAUUAUUUACCUAAAACUUAUCAAACUUCAUUCAAUUCAAAUUGAACCUUUUAAACUUUAAUAAACUAAAAUAGACUUAUUGCACUUAAUUAAAUUUGAUUAAACAAUUAAUACUUAAUUUAACUAAUGAAACUUGCUAAAUUGAACAUAGUCAAACUUGAUUGAACUUCAUUUUACUUAAUUUAAAUCUAACUAAAGGCUGGGACAUUGAGCCUUUGAAAUAAAAUCUCAGAAAAAUCUCCUCACCAGCAUUUCAUAAGACUAAAAGUGCAGACUCUGUACCAUGCAAAAAUGUAUAAACUGUAAAUUUUUAGUUCAUUGGUGAUAAAAUAAAAACUGAACUUGGACCAAAAUGUUGCUCCUUCUCUUAGUGCUUGUUUGACCGUGUGCAGCAGUUUUGGGUUUUUUGAUCGCUGCAAAAACUCUGAAAAAUCUACACAGCUGUAUUUGAGGGCUAGGUGCAGGCUCUGUAACAGGUAAAAAUCACAUUUGUACAUUUCCACCUUGGACCCUCGUCAAAGGAAAUAAAUGUCAUCACUAAUGCAGAUCUCUGACGAAAUUGUUGUUCAUUGAAUGAUUUGAACAAAGAUGGACAGUGUGCAGAUUGAAAAAACUCAAAUAUUUGAGGUGAUCUGCAUGUUUGUGUCACAAAAACAAUCUUUUCAGAGUCUCAGUGAUUUUUAAACUGUUAUCAAAAUGUUUGUCUUCCAUCCUUGUUGCUUAUGUGACAAAAUAUGAAUUUAAAACCGAACUGAUAUUUGAAGUUUGGAUUCAGACUUUAAUAUUUAAAUGACUUCAUUGACCUGCAGGGUCUCUAAAAUGGCUCAAUGAAAUUAGGUCUAUAGAAGCAGAAAUACAAACACGGGGACGCGUCUGUGAGUGUUUUCAGACGUGUCCAUGCUGUAGUCAUUUCUCUGAACAAACUCUGACCUGUUUUUAAUCAUGCUCAGUGUGACUUUUGAAUGCAUUUCUUCAUGUCUUCCAUCCUGUGAUCAUUUAUAGUACUCUGUUUUUAUUAGAACUGCAUGAUGAAAAGCGGCGUCACGUUACGACAUUACUGCAAAUAUUUUAAAUUAUCGCAAGUAAUGAGGAAGUGAUAUCAUGUAAACAACCAGUGUCUGUUCACUCAGCGUGCAGGUUCGUCCUGUUCAUUGAUAUUAUUAUUAUUAUUAUUCUCAUGGUUUGACUCCUCAUCAGAUGAAUCUGUAAUCGUUCAGAGACAAAGGUGAUGAGUGAGAAACCAAGAACAGCAGACAGACAUUCAAAACGGAGAGAGAGCUUUCAGCAGAUAAUCACUCCUGAAUACUUUUGUCACCUCUUUUUCCACUAAACCAUGUUUCGGCUUUGUUUCCAUCACUUGGUGCAGUCCGAGUGUCGGACCAAGCUUUAAAAAACUGCCUUAAAGUUCCAGAUUAUAACAGAGAUAAAUAAUUAUUAUUUAAUGCAUAUUUCUGCAUGACACACUACAUUUCUGCUUGAUUUCUUUUUUUUUUUUCAUACAUGCAGACCUGCUCUUUGUGCAUAUAUCAGAUUCCAAAUCAAACUACAUUAGUGCGACAAAAUUAAAAAAUACUCAAUUUAAAUCAGAGUUUCAGCGGUUUAACAGAAGCAAGUUUAAAAAGCAUUAAACCUCUAUGAUUUCUUUAAUGACCACAUUUGCCUCUUUUCCAGAAACUGUGCCAGAAAGAUACUGUUUAGUGUUUCUGCACCUCAGCUAUGUCUGCAGAGUCUGAAAAGUUCAGAGAAAAUAUGUUUCUGUAUAAGUCCAAAUAUAUUUUCAUAAUUCAAAUGUCAUGUUAGAAUGUAAAGAUAUUCUUAUCAAUCAAACCACUGACGCUGCGCAGCCUGCGAGUCAGUAAAUACGCUCUCGUGUGUGUUUGUGUGUGUGUGUGUGUGUGUGUGUGUGUAUGUGUGUGUGAGUGAGUGUCACAGGCCUGCAGACACGGUUUGAGCUUGUGUUCUGGGCUCUGCAGGUCUGAGUGUUUGUGGCGUCUCUCGUGGCAUCUCUGCUGCAAUGACACGUUAAUGUAAAAGCAGAGAUGAGACUGGCGGCGGCGUGCGGACACUGAUACUCUGUGGCACCAUGAAGGAAAAUUACCAAACAGCAACCACUUUAGUUUUUACUCUGGGAUCUUGUUGGGAAGGGUUGCACAUGUUGUCUGAGUGAGUGGGAAGACAGAUGUGAGCGUUUGGGACAUUGAGCAGCUGUGUGACGCUGCGAUACUCUUUUCCCUUUUCAGACGCCUCUGCUGCGCUUGUGGGAACUGUAUCUGAGGGUCUCAACUCACUUAAUCUUUUUAUUUCAGUGAAACUUGAAACUGGGGGUGGGUUUGCAGAUUUGAAAAUGUCACACUACAAUCUUCUGCUUCUUCCCACCUUUCUGAUUGUCCUCUCAGCUUGGAGAGUCACACUCAUUUUUAGAAAACACACAGAUGGUUGAUGGAGGCUGAAGCUUAAGGCUGAGUGACCCUUAGAAGUAUCUAAAGUUUUCUCUGCAGAACUCCGCACUCCUCACAGGUUUCCACUGAACUCCUAACGGCCACUAAAAGCUGUGACGCGUCCUUCCUACAAGCAUCUGCUCAGCACUAUGAGCUCGGAGAGAGGCAAGCCUGCAAGUAAAUGCUUUGCACAACAAAUGUUCGAAUCUGCAGCACGUGGGAAAAGCAGGGAAGAAAGCUGGGCAACAAAGAUGGUCCAAAUGUAAAUCUGUCGUAUGGCGGGUCGUGAGGCAGGCUAUCAGCUGGCUUGCACGUUUACAGAAGUAGCAUUGUGACGAGGAAGGUGCAGGAUGUAAAGUGUCUCUUCUUUGACAGACAGAGUCUUAGUCAGUUUAUUAGCCCUCCACCCAGUUGUCUGAGUGUGGACUUGGACGAGCUGGAGAACAAUCUCUCCUCUGUCUGAUCUUCCUGGCAGCGCUCCACGCCGAUCCUCCCACGAUCCCCCUCUCUAUGAUUAUUUUAUCCUUUUAAAUUCUUUAUACUGCUUCCCCGCCCGAGCAGAGUGCCGUAUUGGCCUCGCAGCACAUUCACACUACAGUUAUUUGGACGCCGCUCCGGUGUGGCUCUGUCCCGCUCCCUCGGUUGGAUUCUGCUCGUCCAUUAGUGCCAUCUGUGCCUUCCUGCGCCGUCUGUGAGGCCCUGUCGACGCCAAAGCGAUUGGCAUUUCUCUGGAACAACCAGAGGGAUGGUGCCCAGAGCUUUUAGCUGCCAAUGAUGUGCACUUACUCUGACAAAACCAGAGAGGCUGGGGGAGGCAGGGGGUGGGGAGGUGAGGGGGUGGGUGGGGCAGCUGCACCUACAGAACUGCAGCCUCCAUGUUGGAGCUUCAUGAGGAAGCAGAUCUCCCUGCAGCAGACAGCUGAUUUAGAGUCAAGAAGUGCUUCAGAUCAGGCGCUCGGCUGGCACAGGGACACAGACACACACGCAUGCACGCACGCACACACAUACACAUAAACACACAGGUAGGCAGACUCACAGUCAGUCCUGUAAACCAGCAGCUCAUCCUGCAUCAGGAGAGAAAACUGAGUUCAGACCCUGACAGUCCCAGCCCGGGCUCUGGCUCCCCUGUAUGUUGGUGUCUUUGUAGUCCUAAAGUGUGAGUGUUGGAGGUCUCUGCAGCAGAAGUAACAGAGCAUCACCAUCAUGGAGAGUGAUGGUACGAGUCAUGCUGGCUGCAGUCACUCUGAGUGAAGCUGAUCUUUUCAAAUCACCUGAAAACCUCAGUCGAUCUGAAAUCACUGAAUCAAAAUUCUCACGGUCUCACUAACGUACACCUGAGUCAGACUGUUUUGGAUCAGCUCAGACUCUGCUCCUGUAUGAUGGUGAUGUCACUUUAUCUGACCCCUGACUUGAACCAUGGACCUGACACUACAUAGCUGAUAGUCACUGCUGUUACCUGGAACACUCUGAAAAAUGAGAUCAGCUCUUAGAUAGUCUUGAAACUAAAGACCUGCACAAGUCCAGAGAAAGGAUCACAAAAUCAGAGGUAUGAGUUACUGCCACAUUGAGCCCCACACCAGUUUCCUUUUUGAAAACCUCUUAUGAGAAAAAUACUGUUCUAACUCAUAAAGCGACAGUCUGAAAUCUGUGAGUAAAACUCAAACAGAGAAACUGCAGUUACAUGAAAUCAGCUGUUUUUUUACCCUUCUUAAGACCCCAGUCCGGUCCGGUCUGAGUGAACGCUGUAGACUAGCACCGCACUUUGCUGCUCACUUUGCUGUAGCUUCACUUAACUUUCUCGGGCGGCUCUUCACCCGCAGGGCUAAAGUUGAAUAAAGAUGAAAGUGAUUGUAUCAGUGAAGAGGAUCAUUGAGAUGAUCACUGAGAGAUGAUUAGAGACAGAAAAACUGGUUUGCAUCAGAUUUUUUUUUAUAGCACCUUAUCAGAGACCCUCAAAGCGCUUUACAUUGGAUACACCAUUCAUUUGCUCACACAGUCAAACCCUGGGGGUGGUAAACUACCUUCGUACUCACAGCUGCCCUGGGGCAGACUGAAGGAAACAUGGCUGCCCGUUUUGCGCCUACGGCCUCUCCGACCACCACCACACAACACUCACAUUCAUACACCAAUGGGGGAAACACAUACUGGGAGCAAGGUGGGUUAAGUGUCUUGCCCAAGGACACAACGGACAGACUUGGGAUAGGACGGGGCUCAAACUGCCAACCUUCCAAUUAUUGUCAGACUGCUCUACCUCCUGAGCUACUGCUGCCCUGAGUUUGUGUUUAAGAGAGGUGAAUACAGAGAUUCUGCAGGGAUAAGACAGGCAUGUCCAAACUAUUCCACAAAGGGCUGGUGUUGCUGCAGGUUUUUCUUCCAAUCAAGCAGCAGCACACCAGACUUGAUUCAUUUCAUUAGCUGAUCUCAGUCUUCAGACAGCUGAUUGGUCAGACUGGGUGCUCUUGAUUGGUUGGAAGAAAAACCUGCAACCACACCGGCCCUUUGUGGAAUAGUUUGGACAUGCCUGCACCAAGAGGACAGGCUGGACAGAAUGGACUAUCCAAGGGUUCAUGACCUGCAAUCCAUGCAGCCAAUCCUCUAAACAGUCACUCUGAACCAAGACAGUCAGAGGGUUGAUGCUAGUCCACUAUUUACUUGUGUUUGACACAGGUCACUUAGAGGUCUUAGAGAAUUUUUGACCAUCUUCUUCAACCUUGACCUAAUAUUACACUAUAAAGAUGUAUUUACAAAAGGAGACUGUGCACAGGCCGGUGAGGAACCAGGAUCCUGCUUGUGCAGGGUACCUGGGUCCAUUGUAAGUGCAGUCAGGUGUCUGGGGUAUCUCAGAGUUUAGAAUAAUCCCCUGUUGAGGUUGUUUUGACCCACAGCCUUGUUUAAAAGUGCAUUCAUGUCUGUGUUACAUCCCUGUUUUAAAGGGUGCACACAUGACUCUAAUGCAUGAAAAAAAGGAUCUGGACUGCAGACAGAAACUCUCUUCUGUUCAUGUACAGCCAGAAAAACAGAUCCUAAAUGCAGCUCCUCUUCCUGAAUCUUAAGAUAUCUGCUCAACUUUACAGCAGAGAACAGAUCAGCUAUUCAUUUUCAAUAUUGUUAUAUUCCUAAUCCUUAGUGCAUAUUUCAUCUGCGUUUGCCUCUUUACAAUGAGCAGAAAGGCCCGAGUUUUCAGCGAGCAUCAUGUAUUUGGCCGAGUCUCAGGUGGCUCUGAUUUCCCAGCAGGCCAGAUGGCAGUGCUGUGUGGGCAGUGUGUGUGUGUGUGUGUGUGUGUGUGUGUGUGUGUGUGUGUGUGUGUGUGUGUGUGUGUGUGUGUGUGUGUGUGUGUGUGUGUGUCCUGCAGCCUGGUGGAGGGAGGAUUGCUCACACCCUGGCUCUCUCCUCUGUCCUUGUGCAGCUGUGCCUCUCCCUCAUACUUGAACUUUUAAUGUGUUCAAUAUGUGGACAAGGACUCAGAGGGAAACUCGGCACAUGUCAGCUGACCGAGGACCGGACAGACCGCGCUCUUCAUCUCUCUGUACCUUUAUUCAGAGAGGAUGUCUUUUUUUGAGCAGGGGCAGUCUAAAAGGUGAUCUCUGGAUAAAGUAUGAUUGCAGCUUCCAGGAGGACUUGGUGUUUAGUCUGCUUUUUGAAGUGACCACACUGAGAUCAGACAGUAUUCAGCAGCAUUCACUUUGGUUCAUAAUCAUCAUAUCUCCUCUCUUUCUCAUUUUACUCACUUUAUUAUUGUUCUGGUUCAAAUCCAUAAACUCUGCCUCAUAUUAACGACAUAAUUUCAGGCUCUGUCUAUGUAAUUUUUGAUAAAAAACCCAAACUUUCCAAACCUUUCCAGGUCCCAAUUCUGCAGUAAAAUGAGACACAUUCAGACAAACUCAGUGAGGACUUCUUGAGCCGAAACUUAUAAAUGUUUAAUCACUGUAACAAAGUGGAGCUGGAAUAACUUGGUGUGAGCUGCAGACGUCCUGUCACUGUUGGAUUAGGUAAUCCCAGGAUUAACGGAGUGACUGUAUAGGCUGCAGAGUUUGAAUGUGGAACAAAAAAAAGUCUUGUUCUGGUGAUAAAAUCUUUCAAAUCCUGCAGCUUAUCACUGCAAAAUAAACAUCUUGCAACUGGAUUACAACUCUGAUACUUGCAAGUGUUUUCACACUGCGGUCCAGAUGGGAGCUUGCUUUUGUAACCUAAAUGGAUAUCUGCUUUUCUCUCUGCUGUUAAUGUUGUUAAUGUGACAAACUAUAGAUUCAAUUAAUUCCACAAUCCAGCUCAAACAUUUUUGAGGGAGGAAAACUCCUCUUCAGCUGUGUUUAUUCCUGAUAUUUGUCUCCAAAAACUAUGCUGGAGAAUCUUCCCAAACUAACUAAGCAGCAAACACAUGGAAAAAUGAGUAUUUACACCAACUUUUGUUGAAUAUAUAGAUGACAGAAGAUUUCUUCGUUACUUUGACACUAACAGAAGGAAGUCUGUAACACUGUAAGUGUAUCCUUUGCAGCUUCACUCACACUUAUUCUGAUCCUCACAGAAUAAAACUACAGUCACAGAGUAAAACUGUCACAACAAAGCCACCCCUCAAAAUACCUUCAAAUUUAACAGCUACACCAAAAGAUGUGAAUGCAUGUACUAUAUGAAGACACCAAACCAAAAUAGGGUGACUUUCCUCAAAUCAGUAUCAGCACUGCCCAAUAAAACUAGUUCCUAUAACCGUCUUGAAGAUAAAAGAUGCUGACAAGAAAUAAUCCAACAGCUUUUCUUCCAUUGUUUUAAUCUGAAUGAUAAAAAUGUGGAUGCUGCUGAGAUGAUGUGUCAGAAGUUAUGAAGAAAAAUGAGUUCUAAAGUGUUGCAGACCAACGCCAGCCUCAUUAUUCAUAGUCACUGUUAUUUCUGCAGAUUAAACCAGGUGUCAAAAAAAUUUAAAAAAUGAUGGUGAAUUUACAUAAAAAGAUGAUGCCCACUAACAGCCCUAAGGAUGGAGCUUUACUUGACUCACUACCCGAACAAUUGCAAGAUCUAAUUUGCAGCGAGUAUUGAGUAAAUGACUUCAACGAGCUGAGCUGUGAGCUCAGAUCCAUUCACAUACAUGAUGGUGGACUGGACGCAGUCCUCAAAUGACAGCUGGGACACACAUUUUAACGUUCACAAUGAAGUGGAAAAAGAAACAGACUUCUGCAGGCUCAACAGUACAGCUCAUGUGAGCCAGGUUCAAGCCUGAGACAGUCCAGGACUGCUUUAACCCCCAAAUUAACAGUAAUGAUAACACAGGAAGAGUACUGACUGACGUAACACACAGAUAUAUUUUUUUUCGGUGAUCUGGAGGUGAUCGCUCAAUAGUCCUCACCCACCCACAAGUUCUUUCUUACUGCACACAGCUUGAAGUCCCAGGAUUUAGGAAGUAAUUGUUUGUUUGUAUUUUCCCUAAUGAGGCUCAUUUGCACUAAAACAGGCACAUUUCACCUAAACUACAUGCAUAAAGGCAAAUUUAGAUGUAGACAACACCGUGCAAAGAAAUACAGUCUGCUCUACAGCACAGUGUUGGGAACAUUUAGUCCUUUGUCCAUGCUUAAAGUUAGGGUAGUGUCUGUUUAUCUCAUUUACCCAGGUUUAGGGAGUAAAAAAGACAUGCAGUCCUCAAAUGAAUCUGGCCUUGAGUCCCAGGGUGGGAAUUUUAUUUUAAUUUUGCAUCCGGGUAGUAACAAGCUGUGGAUAGUGUCACCUCACAAUCCUUAUUUAUUCACCAUGAGUCUUUCCUGAAACUUUCUUAACACAUGAAACAACCACAAAGAUCACCACAGAAGGAAGAGUCUCACCAUCUCAGAGUCUCACUAUCCCACCUUCUCAGUCUCAUCCUCUCAGAGUCUCACUGUCUCAGAGUCUCACCUUCUCAGAGUCUCACUAUCUCACCUUCUCAGUCUCAUCCUCUCAUUGUCUCACUGUUUCAGAGUCUCACCUUCUCAGAGUCUCACCCUCUCAGAGUCUCACUAUCUCAGUCAAUUUUCAAUUUCAAUGAGCUUUAUAUGCACGACUGUUACUACAAUAUUGCCAAAGCAACAAUACCACCACCACCACCAAUUAUUAUUAUUAUUAUUAUUAUUAUUAUUAUUAUUAUUAUUAUUAGUAGUAGUAGUAGUAGUAGUAGUAGUAGUAGUAGUAGUAGUAGUAGUAUUGGUAUUAUUAGUAUUAUUAGUACUAUUAGUAUUAUUAUUGUGAAUAAACAGAGUCAGUAGUAUCAUGUUUCAGUUAAAAAAAACAACAACCUAGAAGCAGUUGUUCAGGUUAUUUUGAGCAGCUCAUCUUCUCUAUUUUGUGGCAUAUUUUGACAUAUUUUGCUGCUUCCAAAGCAAUGGCCCUUUGUUCUCCUGAGAGAACUUUUCAUGGUCCAUGAGUUGGGUGAAGUUGGGUGUUAUGUGUGUGAGUUUAGUGUAUGUGUGUGUCCUGAUGUGUGUUUAUGUGUCACAGUGUAACACGAAGUGCUGCUCUGUCUCCAGCUGUGUGUGAGGACAGAGCUGACACAGCCGCUCCUCUCUUGGCAGGCUGUGGUUGCUGAGUCUGUAUACAGUCAAGUUUCUCCUCAGUCUGGGGUCAGUUACUGCACUCAGGUAAUCUGCUUUGGAGUAUUGUCUGUUUAGGGCCAGAUAGCAUUGAAGAUUGCUUUGGGUUUGGGUUGUAGAUGUCCAAUAGUUGAUGUAGUUGUCUUUUUGUUUUUGUAUUAUUUGGUGGGGGGGGCGGAUUGCGUGAGGGCGGUCUUGGUGCUCGGUGCUGGUGGAGCUGAGCUUGUGGACCAGCUGGCUGGGGGGCUCCUGUCUCUGCACUCCUCUUGGCUCUGCAGGACUUUGUAGUGGUAGGAGUCAGUCUCACCAUCUCAGAGCCUCAUUGUCCCUAAGUCUCACGGUUUCAGAGCCUCACUGUCUCAGAGUUUCACCUACUCAGUCCCACCGUCUCAGAGUCUCAUCAUCUCAGUCUUACUGUCCCUGAGCCUCAAAGCUCCUCAGAGAGUGUCCUGACUGGGACAGUUGGAUCCUAUCACUGUACGGCACUGUAGCAGUGAGAAGAGGAUAAAACCAAACACUCUCUCUGCUUCACUGGAGUGCUGCCUCAGUUACAAGCCAGCAGUCCAAGGGACAAACAUGUUUUCUGAGGACAAACGUGGACCUCUGCAGCUCCUGUCAACAUGGAGCGUGGACCGCCAACAGAAGGAUGGAGGAAACUCCAAUAGGAAGAAACAAGCUCCACUACAGGGAGAUUUUUUUUGGACCAAACUUUGUAUAAUCAGCGUGAGAGUCCUGAAAUGUUGGCAGCACUAAAGCUCUUUGUUGUUUUCUGAUGUAUUGAAAAAUUGUCUUAUUUAAACAGUGAGCUGCCAAAACAUUGAUGAGAGGAUUAAUCUGCAGAUUUCAUAAUUUAUUCAUAAUUUCAAUGAGUUCUGACAAUCCCAAAGAAAUGUCAUGUGUUUCAUGUGAAAUUCAGAAACAGGAAUGUGGACUCUGUAGACAGGAGGCUGUAUUUAGGUCUAAAGGGGGGGGGGGGUGACCAAUCAGGUAUCAGCUGCAGCUCUUUCCAGUGAAACAGAAAAAUAAACAGCUAAAGUAAAACCUGUGGGUAGCAUUUAUGACUCCUAUGUACAGAUCUUAUCUUGUCCAAAAUGAUCCUGUCCACCCCUGUCCACCUUUAAUCUAACAAAGUUCUAACAAAAGUUAGAUUAAAGCGGCAACCUGAAGCUGAUGCUGUCGUGCUGAAGUUUAACGUACACUGAUGUUUGUCUGAAAGAUUCAGAGCUAGGUAUUAAGGUGAUAAGACAGACGAAUCAGAGGAGAAGUUGACUUGGCUGACAGCGGGUACAUGGUCCCUGUUUGGGAGGAGGUUUAGGACCCACCUCUGGUGGGUUGACUAAAAGGCUGAGACCACAGCUGAUCAGUUCCAUCUCUUCAUCAUAGCCCCAUUACAAGGCACCGUUCACUGCCAAAUCGGGCCCUGCUCAUUGGGGAACAGGGGAGCUGGAAUGGGUUUGACCGUAUUGUGCUGCACCUGCUUCGCUCUCACAGCAGAUCCCCCCACUCUUCCUACUCAACCCGCCAUCCUGUCACCCCCCACCCCAAACCCCCACCCUCCCACUCGCCGUAAAACCCGUAAAAUCCACUGAACUUAGCCGCUCUGAUGGCCACGGCCAAAACAGCAUCUGAUGUGCCUUAUUUGUUGACUGUGUGAGAUUAGCUGCAGAGGGUACACGUCGAGGGGCUUACCAUGCAGAGACGGAGUGAAGCCCCCACCCCUCCACUAAACAGCCUCCACCCUGCCAAAUAAUGAGGAAGGAAAGAUUCUCCAGCUUGUCUAAAGCCCCCAUCACAGUCGGUCCAUGCACACUCCUACUCCCGAGCCAGACUGUAGAGAGUUUACUGUACGAGCUGCUGCAGAGAGAGGCUGCUGCUGCUGUCAGCCUGCAGAUCAGCAGACACACUCUCAGUCAACACUGACCGAAUUACCUGAAUGAGAGGGAAACACCUGGACAGGAAGCCAGAAGGGUGCUUCUGUUUCUCAGAGACAGAAGGAGAGACACGUGCAGACAUCCAACGUGUGCACAUUCUCAUGCUAAUUCACUCCUUCAGGUCUUUAGACUCAGUGUCUUUGCUUAUUUGAGACCGUUCCAGUCACAGAUUUCUGAAAUUUAAGCCAAAUAUGGAAAUCAAAAUUUGAUUUUUAGACAAAAACCUUUCAGCUGCAGCUGCCAUCGAUUAUAGACAUCUUCAGUUGGUUCAUAAAUGCAGAAUUCUCCAAAAACACUCAUCGUAAGUGUGAUUCUGUGUUUGCAGAUGAGGCAAGUUGCAUAAUAAAACUUUUCAAACUUUAAAUCCUCAUUUAGUUUCCUAAUAAAGAACAAUAAGACAAACUUCACAUCUGUCACUGUGCAAAGUCCUUUGGGUUUGGGUUCAAAAUACACGAGUGCAAAGCUUUUACAUGGACUGUGAAAUAAAUUAACAUGAAACCUCAAGGGCCUGUGUCCACUAAUGCAAAUUCAAUCAGGAUCACUUGAGUCCAAAAUAAUUAUCAUAAACUUUCAUGCAGUAAGUUAGAUUUGGUGGUCAAAAUAUUGGCUGAAAAGUAAUGUGCAGUAAGGAGGAACCCAUGAAACUCCUAUAGAUCUUCUGACAUGGUCUAAAGUGGGUCCUCUUCUCACUGCUCUUAAACAAUAUUCCUCACCUGUGUUUCAUGUCAUAUUUCCUUACUGCUUCCAUUGCUCUAAAUGUCCUAAUGGCAAAGCUGGAGGCAGGGAGAGCCGCCCCUCUCUGUUUCACAUGUAUACAUGAAAAGCCAAGGCAAAGCGAGCAGCAGCAAAGAGCCAGGGCAGCAGUAUGAAAAGGAGCAGCUGGGGUGGAGGGUCACAGGGUGGUUGGAAGAGGAAGCAGGAAGAGUGGGCAGGCUGAAGACUUUUAAUAGAACAAACAUUUUCACAUUUGAUGGUUCGAUGUAAGUAGGUGAUCAGCUGUGCUGUCAGCUGACAGGGGUCAAUCUCAGCUGGUAUGCUGUGAACAGAGAUUGACUAACACUACACUCUUUCUGUUUACACUGGCAGUGCCUGUUUUCUCUGUGAACUAGACACCCAUCAGGGUUGUUGGUGCAAACACCCUCAGCAUCAUCCCCUUUCCCUUCCAGCUAAGAGUAGUUCAACUUCUGAGGCACUGCUGCACUCUUUAGAGUCAGUUCUAGACGGCCAUUAGCUGCUGCUGCUGAUGCCAGCACAUGAUUUCCAUCUACUGUCUGAAGCUGAGACAUGUCUAAAGUUCAUUAUGGAGGAACGUUUCAGCACUUCGUUCCCUUAAAAAUGUCAUAACUUUGAAACAUCCUGCUCAUCUCAGUCUGAAGCACCUCAAUACAAAGCUGAUAGGAAACUAAUGUAUAAGAAAGCUGCACACCAAAUGUAUGUGUGUUUAAUUAGGAACAUUAUAACAAUGCAAUAUUAAUGAUAAACUGUACUAAUGCCGCGACAGAAUCGACACUAAUCAGAGCUGCAAAGGUCAAAAUCUGUGAAAACGCAGAAUCCUCCAAUCACAGAUUUCUUAAGUUUGCUCUAAAUAUUAAUCCAUGAUUGUCUUUAAUGGGAUAAACUCAUAGACUGUAUAUAAAAUGGACAGCAUCUGCCUCCUUGCUGGGUGAAGCCACUCCGAGAACAGCACCCUCUGUUGAUGGGCUGCAGUAUAGUUCAUAAAUCCCGCCUCCGCCAGCAAAGCUUAUGGAGCUGUGGACAAACUUUAGAAAUUUAUUACACAGAUCAUAAAUUUUUCUUCCCCCUGCUUGUGAUGUUGACAUGUAGUAACAGUAAGACUGGUUUGUGCUCAAUUCUUUUUUCUGUGAAGCUCUGUUUUCAAAAGUUAUUAGGGGUUUAUGUUUUCUAUGAUUGACACCUGAUACAGCCUAUGGGCGUUCAAGGAUUGUGUCGCUGUCCGAGGGGAUUUGCUGUUUGAGCCGAGCGUCAUCACAGCGACUCUCGGCGACUGCGCGCCCGAAUGCGUGCAUUGCUACUGCGCAGCGCUGGUUUCAGGAAAUGAAGAAAAAUCCCGGAAAUACUGAGAGCUAUUUGGCUUCAAAUCCGUAUACAAGCGGUAGGCGGAACCAAGUUGUCCAUAGUAUAUACAGUCUAUGGCUAAACUAGCUAAUGGGCUCCACUAGCUCCACUACGUCCUGAACUUCAGGCAGCUCCUUAUUUCCUGUCUUACAUUAUUGGACAAACUGAUUAAUCCAGGUGUGUCUGAUCAUUGUGACUACUCAGACACACCCGAAUCAAAAUAGAAGCUGCUUUAAGUUCAGGAAGUACUGGAGCUGUGCAGAAAGCCCAUUCAGCUACAGCUGGGAUUACUUCAACGGUAUGGAUUCACUGAUAAUGAUCAGAUUUGUGCGUCAGAUCAGUCUGAACUUCGCUCUACAGAGGAUUUCAUCACACAGAAGGAUCCUGUGAUAUCGAGGCUAUGGAAAACUUUAUCAACAAACAACUCUUAGUCACUCCUUCUUUAAAACAGACACAGAGGGCUCUAUUUUCGUGCCUCGCCGGAGACGUGCCACAGGCGCAGCGUAAGUCAGGUCCGCUGUGCCGACAAGGCGUUCCCAAGCACAAUUUGGUAUUUUGGUAAGCGGCGCAGCCCGGCGUAAGUAUCCCCCCUCCCUAACUCAGCUUCCCCCAGCGGCGUAAUACGAGGGAGGAGAGAGGGCGUGGAGUGGGUUUAACACAGCCAAGACCUGUAUUGACCAAUAACAUAAGCUCCUCUCCUCGCCUUUAAAUCCGCCACCGGCGAGGCAUAUUACUAUUUUCGUGAAGUAGUCAAAGAGAUCAAGAGAUGUCUGAAGACAGCAAUGCCACACGAUGGUGACAGAAGGCAGCCCCUCAACAAGUGUCGCUGUAAACGCUGCAGAGGGCGUCCUCCACACUCUCUCAUAGAAGCACAUAUGAAUUUGGUGUGUGUAAUGUUGGACCCACUAGUAAGACAAACACCCUUUCCACAAAUAAAGACACUCACAUAAAGUUGAAUAUAUUCAAACCUCAUGUGACAAAGGUGGGUUUUGCGCACAGAUCACAUCAUAAAUUCCAAUAAUUAAAAUUGAAACCAUCUGUGCAUAAAGGAUGCAUCGCGAGACAAAAUAAAUAUCUCGUUCACUUCAUCAUGUGUGUCUAUUUACUAGAUAUUUAAUUUAAUUUAAUGCGGUUUCAGCUGUGUUUAUUCGGUCAGGUUGUGUGUCCAAGCGUGUGCCAAAUGCGCUCAUCAGACUAGAUAUAGAUAUAUCUAAAUAUUUAUCUUUGUAGAUCUAAAUGUAUGUGCUGACUCAGAUUAUUAGUUGUUGAUGAUUAUUUAUUGCACUGAAAUGUGUCUGACACUGGGGAAACCUGCUGGUGAGGCAGCGGUGAAGUAUGCCGAUAUGCCGUCGGUCUACCAAAAAACCACUAGACCAGCUGCGCUCCGCCUGCACUGAAAGCUGACCAGGUUUGAAUCUGCGAGCUUUCAGUGCACUUUGAACGCCACCGGCGAGCACGAAAAUGUCACUGUGCCUGCUGAUUCUGUCAACACCUCCCCCUGCCACGCCACCACACCCAGCUUGGCGGACCGCAGUGCGCCUCAGUCCACGAAAAUACCAAACUGGCUGUACGCCAGGCUCCGCCAGACGAAAAUACAACUGCGCGGGGUCCGCCACCCUCCACUGCCUCACCGGCAGACACGAAAAUAGAGCCCAGAGAGACAAACAAACUUAAAAUGCAGUAGAAGUACAGGUACAGGUAUGUGAAGUUUUUAUUUUUAUUUAGUGCUUUAUCGUGUCUCCUGCAGUAAACGUUUUUGCUGCAGGAGACUUUGUGAUCCAGGUCUUCUCAGCUACAACUGCGUUAUUCUCAAAGCAGUUCUAUACCCUCAAUUUUCCAGGAUUCAACAAGAGGAAAGAUUUUUUAUGAACUGAAAAAAUUAGGAAGGAUGAGUCCUGCAGAUGCUUUUGAGCAAGGCAUCGUUCUUUGAUAUGAAGUGAUGCUGCUAAAAAAUCUGAAUGUUUGUUUCAAGGAUGUAGGAAAAACACACACACCUGCAUUAACAUCAACACAAGAGAGGGCAGUUAACAGAGAGUCAGAGGUGUGUGUGUGUGUGUGUGUGUGUGUGUGUGUGUGUGUGUGUGUGUGUGUGUGUGUGUGUGUGUGUGUGUGUGUGUGUGUUAUAUACAGUGGGUGCACGUGUAUGUUAGAGUGUGUGUGUAGAGAGAGAGAGAGAGAAAGAGAGAGUUUGUGUGUGUGUUUGUUUCAGACAGGGAAGCAAAAAGAAAGAUGGCGUAAGGUCAGAGAUUCGUGGUGUGAGAGCUCCCUCUUGGUGCCGGUCGCUCUACUGUUAGUGAAUAAGCUGCUGCACACACACACACACACACACACACACACACACACAAACACACACACACAAAUAGAUGUUAUGCUGGGUUUAGUCUAAAGGCUUCACAGAUUUAGAUUUAAUUUUCCUGAUUAAUCCUGAUAUAUUUUGUGUGAAUUUGUCCGUUAAACUCUGAAUGUUUUAGUUUGUGUGACCUUGUCAGGAUAAAUAAACUGUAAUUAUCCUGACGUCUUUGGUCUGUUUGUGAAAGGAACCUUUAAUCUGCUUUUUUUCUCCUGAUUCACGUAUUAAACAAAAAACAAAGCGUGUCAAUGAUUGAUAUUUUGCAUGUUAAAAUUUUUUAUUGUGGGAAAUUAAAGUUAUUAAGCUGAAGUGAUAAAAUCAAACUGAUGAUACUGAAAAGCUGCAUUAAUAAAUUUAAGUCAUGAGUUUUAGCAUAAAUUAUCUUUUUAAUAGUAUUUUUAAUUUCACUUCUUAUUAUGACUUUUACAAAAAAGUAUAUCUCUGACAGCAUCAGAAAUUAACGGUAUUAUAUUUUCAGGACUUAUAAGUAAAAACGUAAUCAUGUUUAAAAAAUACUAAAAUAAAAGUUUAGAAUUGAAUAUUAUGAAGAUUAAUGCCAUUUACAUAUAUCUGUUGUUGAAUGAGAUGUGUUGAUGAAGAUUUGCAGUAACAAUGUCGACAUGUAUAUAAAACCUACAGCCCCGUCAGCGUUGACAGUGUGAAGAUAUAAUCCUCUUUCAUUCUCUGUGUUUGUGUGUUUUCAGGGCCGCUGUAUAAAUUUCAGCCGUGUGCAGCAGCAGUAGAAGAGACGGAGCUCUAAGUGAAAGGGAAACGUGCUGAUGGCUGCAGACAAAGGAAGAAACCCGGUUGUAUUUCAGAGAUUUGUGUCCCUGCAGUUAAGCUACGAUCUGUUCACUCUGCUCUGCACAAACCUUCCACCCAUCAGUGCAGCUCCUGAUUUUUCUGUAACUCUGAUUCUUAAAGUUAUUUUCUCACAUUUCAUCACAAUCAAAUAUGUUUCUAAGGUCAAUAAGAAAGCUGCAGCAGGAGCAGAGGGUGCCCUGAACCCCAGCCCUCAAAGCCGGUUAGCUUCUUGUGCGCUUCAAAGGCCUGACAGAUUCUGACCAUAUUGCGCCGUCUGUGAAAAAACUCAUUUCAUGGACGCAGACGGAGGCAAUCUGAAAAAAAAAAAAAAAAAAGAAGAGUGCAGGGUGGAGGCUGUUUGCCGACAGCGUGGCAGUGGGAAUAAUCCCAGUGGGCCCCACAGUGCUGAAGUGGGCUGCCUUGUGGCGAUGUCUCAUCACAAAGACACUCCAACUUCAGCAGGGCUCGUGGCCGGCGGCUGGCCUCUGACCGCGGCGUCCUGUCAUUUUAACACUGAGAAGUGCACACGCAUGACAAACUGGAGACAGGAUGGCCCCGAGUGCUGCAGAAACCAAGACUUCGCCUGUAGUUUCUUUUUUUUUUUUUUUUUAGAGACACCUUCCCGUCAUUAUGCACUCGGGACAGAAAAUUAAUAGAGCGUUAUUGGACCGCAGGACAGCCUCCUGACCACGCUGAUCCUGGCCCCAUUUGAGGGAUUGAUGCCUUUAAGACCUUGACACGGCGCGUGGUGUUUGCAGCACAGUCUGCUCUCUGCUUAGCAGGGCAUAGUACACAAACAACUAAAAUUUUAGCAUCAGAUACAACCACACAAUCCUCUGAGGGGUCCCCAAGUACGUCACGGCCCGCCUGCUGCCCGCCGCCCGCUCUCUGGGCACCAGAAUAUCAAAGUUUAAUUAAAAUAAUUAAAGGCAACAGCAAGCAGCAGCCUGUGAAGACCUGGCUGUCUGUUUUUUAUGCCUCCUGACAUCCAAUGACCUAUUACUGCUGUCUUCUCCGCUAAAAAGAGGACACGGCGCCAUGGUGAUGCCGCAACACGUCCAAAACACAAACCCAAAGGAGCGGAUGCGACGGACGGAUAAGUAUUGUUCAUUUCCAGAAAUUAUGCCCCCCCCACCCCUCCUCCACCUCCAAAAAGCUGAUCUAUAUUUCUUUAUAUAGCGAGGGUCCUCCAUGGCAGCGUGGUAAUGCCAAUCCCUAGUGAUGUUAGGGUGAGCGGAAACACUGUGGGGGAGGAACGGGGGGAAAGCAGCUGAAGAAAAAGGCUCGAAUGAUCCAGUCACUUCAGAUCCUGGACUUCAGAUGUGAAAUGGAUAUUCGAGUGGAAACCUGACAAAGCGCGCCGGCUUUGACGGGAAACGGUAUAGACAAUGACCAGUGGCUGGGUCAGUGGGAUGUCUCUGUGCAGGCAGGGAAGCUUAUCAAAUGACACUAAAAAUAAGUUCAACAACCAUCAAGUUUGAGGGCAAGCGGCUGAGCGGCUCACACUCAGGACAGCAGGCAGGACAGACAGCCAAACACGCCACGCUAAUUAUUCCUUUGUUUCUUGUUCGAGCCGAUCGGACGACAGGAACAAAUCAGUUUGAGUCCUCAGGGCACACUGGUGUUUUUGUGGGACAGAAACAGCUCUGAUUUUAGUCAGGGUUUAAUUCGCUCCCAGAACAGGACAAUAUUGAAACCAACCACAUAUGAUUUUUUAACGUAUCCAUGCUACAUAUCCUGCUAAAACAUGCCACAUGUUCCCCCUGCCUCCUCUGCAUGCACCAGUACUCACCAAAUCCAGCUCUGACUGAUAUAUAUAUGCGUUUAAUGAUUUUGUGCCUUUUUUGUACAUUGAUGCUUUUUGAUGGAAAAGAUAUAUUUUUUGUAUUCCUGCACUUCUUUGAUUUGGUUGUUUUGAAUAGGAUUUAUGAACCAAAGUGUAAUAAAACAGGUUUUUAUUCAGAGUGUCGAACUUUGACAUAGUUUAAGUUGAAAACAGAUUAAAAACCAAACAUGCAGAUUUAUUUUAAAGAUAAACUAAAACACAUUUUCGUAUUAGUGCCUCAUAAUUUCACCUCGACAUGUAAAACUUUACAAAAACCUUUCUUCGCUCACAUUGCUGUUAUUCCUGACUUUAUCCAAACUCAUCAGGAUCUCUUAAGCUUUAAAAAAUGACUUAUCUACUUAAAAAAAAAUCUUUAUGUUGUUCUUUUUUUGAAAAUAUUUGUGGAAUAUAUUUGGAUGUAGUCUGUUUCUGUCUUUAUUUUGUGUUUCAAAGAGUAGGGGAUUUUAGGGUCAAAAGGACUCAAAAGCAAAAGGGGGAGAUUUAUUUGAAAAAUUCAAAGAAGGAAAAAGCUGUUCUGUUUUCAGCUAAGUUGUGUGAUCAAUUAAAUCUCCUCAUCUCAUUCUCUGUGAUUUUCCUGACUCUUAAACUCCCACAGUUUAAUUCAUUUAUUUACUUUGACCAAAAUAUCUGAUCAGCUUAAACAAAGCUGAUCACCACUUAAAAAAAAAAAAGAAAAACAUUAAUCUGUUUCUGUGUUCAUGUUUUCUUUUAAACAUUUCUGGGAUUUUUUGGAUGUAGUCUGAUUUGCAUGCUGAAGUUUCUGUUCAGUGUAUUAUUGUCAUCAGCUCAUUUAAGGUCCAAAAUAAUAAUUUAUCCUUGUGUUUUAUUUAAUACUUUACAGUUUGUUGUCUCACUUACUACCUUUUUAUAUAUUGCACCUUUAAGACAACAUUCAGGGCACACUACACCUGUGUGUGAACUGAAUCACCAAAAUCACCUUUUUGGCAAGUUUGACACUGUUUCUAUUCUCUUAUUGUUCCACACUGUUGUGCCAAAUAUAAACUCAGUGAAAGGCC